AAAAGUCGCUUCUGAGCAUGCUCCGCCCAGUUCCAAAAUGGCGGCAGCGCUACUUCCGGUCUGCUACUUCCGCCCGAUUCCUUAUUUCUCUGACAGGAACUUGGCAGGUAUGGUCCUGAGGCGUUUCAGAACCUUAAAUAGUGUAGUUCUAAUUCACCCAGGGCAAGAGAUGGGUAACCAUAGACGUGCUCUUGGACUCUUAAUUCCCGUCAAACCGCAUGGCCUAAUUUUCAGGACUUUUGAGGUCUGCAUUUUAGCAGGACCUAGGAUUAUAAACAAAGCAUCUCAUUGGUACCAAGGGGCCUUAUGCCUAGAUGAGAACCCUCAGCGAAGAAUGGGCAUGUGGCAGUUCGAGAAACCCCCCCCCCCCGACAUGUUUUGCGCUUGACAGGUCCAGUUGCGACCAUGUGGAGAUCUCUGUCUGACAGGCUCCUUCUCUUGAAGAUAUCCCACAAGGCAGUGAAAGAUUAGGACCAGGGUUUUCCUUCUCUUCUGUAUGCUACCUUCCCUGGUUGGUGAGCCCCAUCUGAACCCCUAGUCAACUAGGUAUAUCUUAUCUAGACAAAUGUUUAACAAUGCACUCAAAACAGCCAGGAAAUCUGAAUGGCACGAGUGCCAAAGACCACAUUUUGGUUUUGGGGUUUCCUUUAAUUUUGCACCUGAGCAGCUUCCCCUCUUCACCCUGCCCUCUGAACCCCACUUCAUCCACAAUAUGGGAAAUAAUAAUAUUGCUUACCUUACAUGGUGAGCACGUAAAAGUGCUAUAAAACUGUGCCGUAUUUUCUGGUUUUUGCACCCAGUCCUGGGUUUUCUAUAUCAGGGACGUCCAACUUCCAAGGGACUGCGAUCUACUCCUGGGGGGGGGGGUGAUCUACCCAUGGGGGGGUGGAGUUCAGAGUGAUUGAGCUUUUUUUAGGAGGAGAGACCGAAGUUGUUCACCUUUUAUUAAACAGUAAGUAUGCAGAAUUAAAAUAAAAUGCUCACCAACAACGCAGACGCUAACACACGAACGCAGCGCUACAGCAGACAACAGAGGAACACACACUAAACGCGACGCAGGGAAAGACCAAGGGGGGAGGGGGGCGGAGACAUUAUUCUAAACAACGCGAGUGAUCGUGAUCCCGCGAUCAACCACAAUCAUACAGGGAUCGACCUGUCAAUCACGGUCGACCGGUUGGACACCCCUGUUCUAUAUGAUCUGGGUGCCGCUUGGUUCAGGUGCAGCAAUACUUUUGGAGGCCGUUGUUUGCCUUGCUGGAAAGAGGCUUAACGCAUCGGACUAGGAAAUGCUAGGUGAGAUUUUCUCUCUAGCUUUCUAGCUAAACAGAGCACCUUUUCUGUGCCACAAAGAAGGGAGGGGGAGCUGGAAAGCCCAGCUCUGACCCAUCAGCUUGUGAUUAAUGGCAGGUUUGCCAGUAAUGAGAGUAUUGUUAGUUAGCAUCUUGGCACCAUGUUAUUUCUUUAUUUGAACUCAUGUCUGUGGCUGUGCAUGAAAGCUGUGAUGGAUAUUGACUAGGCUAAUCUUGACUGUAUGCUUAAUCACAGCGAGGCAAGCGGAUAGUAUUUUGGAGACGGGCUCCGGGGGAAGAGUAUAGCGACACGGGUGUAAACUGAGCCUGCGUAAUUCUUUGGGGACGCUGCGGAGGAUUGUUAUUGCAUUAGAGUGGGAGGCACUGCCAAGGAAAUACUGUUGUACAAUUAAAUGGGGCUGUUAACAGCAUGACUGAGUCAAUUCAUUAAUGACAACAGAUUAUUCUUGUUCUUGCUUUUUGCUUCGCAGUUCCCCCCUGGGUGAGGAUCUGCGAAGGAGACAAGCAAGUGGGAAAGGGUUUGAUGUGGAUUUAGGGAGGGAUCCCAAGGUCAGCCAUGGGAGAUCUUGCAUGCAGACGAUGGUGGGAAUAUCUGAUGGUACUACUUAACACCUUCCUUUGUAGUUUUAAACCUGCACAACCUGUGAUCAACCAGGAUAAACAAGAGCCAGUGCACCCUACCUGGUCCCUGACAACUCUUGCUAGGUUUGCAGUACCAUGCAGUCUGUUUGAGACAUACAGUACAUAGCAGUCCAGCGUGCAAUGUUUUUCUUGUUGAGUUGUGUGUAUGCGCUGCUGAAGCCAUUGCAUUGCUUCCCCUCGCUUAUUCUCUUGCAUUGAAUUUUAGAUUGUAAGCUUCCUGUGGAGAGUGACCUGCCUCUCUUACUUUUUAAAGCACCUUUCCAAGCACAAUUCAAAAUGUUGCUGCUGACCUUUAAAGCCAUUCAGCCCGGACACUGAGAUCCAGCACCGAGGGUCUUCCGGCUGUUCCUUCACUGCAAGUAGUGAAGUUACAGGAAACCAGGCAGAGGGCCUUCUCAGUCGUGGCACCCACCCUGUGGAACACCCUCCCAUCAGAUGUCAAGGAGGUGAGUAACUAUAUAACCUUUAGAAAACAUCUGAAGGCUGUAUAGGGAAGCUUUUUAAGCUUUAAUGUUUAAUUAUGUUUUUAUAUUUGUUGGAAACCUCCCAGAGUGGCUGGGGCAACCCAGUCAGAUGGCAGGGGUACAAAUAAAAUAAAAAUAAUUAAACCUGACGGUGCUCUAUUUCUUAAAAAAAUUAUUUAGGCUGGCUAUUGCCAAUUCCUUUGGCGCAUGUGUGACGGUAACUACAACAGGACAGCCAGUGCUCAGGUAGUGGGUUGUAGCGUGGAAGUGAGGAACCCUUUCCGCCUGAGGGUCACAUUCCCUUCUGGGGGCCACAUGCCAGAGUCACAAGUAGAAGAAGUGACUGAGGACAUUGUCAAGCACUGGGCAUGUUAUGUGACCGGCCAGCUGUGCUUGGCUUGGGGUGUGUGUGUGUCACCAGUUGUGUAGGUGUGUUCUAGUGCGAUCAGAUUUCUUUUAUCCUGAGAGCUUUUGGAGGUCUCGCAACAAACAGGGGGAGUUUCCACAGAAGCUGCUGCGGCCUUCAAAAAAUCCAAUGCAAAGGGCUGUUGAAGCUCGUAAACAAAUACAGUCUCAUUGUCUUUCUCUCCUUUGUUAAAAUUUGCUUUUUGGUGCUCCAGGCUGUUUAGUGCUAGGGAGGAAUCGUAAACAAAGCAUAAAUAAGGCCAAUUUUCAAACUGCAGAAUUCCAUAGCCAGUAGUCCUUUAAUUAUUACUGCUAAUAGCCACCAUGAAAACAGUAGUAAAUUGCAUCAAAGGUUUAUUGAGGAUAUAAAAAUGAGUAAAUAAAACAGCGUGCCUCAGAGGCUUUUUUUUGCAGAGUUGAGGCUGAAGCAGAGUUCGAACCCAAUGUGCUGUAUUUCAAAUAGGUAUUAAUUGCAAGGUUUCCUCGGAGGCAAAUAUGCUUUCCGACAAAAAAGCCAAGCUUUUCUUUAGAUGGAGGUCAUGUUGCAUGCCUGGGAGAUAUGUAUCUAGUUUUAUUCAGAAAGUUAUUUUUUAAAGGAAAAUUGCUAUAUGGAGGAAUCGAUAGUGUUUGUACAAGGAAUAGCAGCUGAGGCUCAUAGUCGGCCCCAAUGCAUACUACAUGAAGGAACGCUUUGAACAUGGGACGUGCAAAUGUGCAAUUCACCCGGAGAGUAAAAGGUAAAGGUAAAGGACCCCUGGAUGGUUAAGUCCAGUUAAAAGCGACUAUGGGGUUGUGGCACUCAUCUCACUUUCAGGCCAAGGGAGCCGGCAUUUGUCCACAGACAGCUUUCCAGGUCAUGUGGCCAGCAUGGUGCAACGGGACACCGUGACGGAAACCAGAGCGCACAGAAAUGCCGUUUACCUUCCCGCAGCAGCGGUACCUAUUUAUCUACUUGCACUGGCGUGCUUUUGAACUGCUAGGUUGGCAGGAGCUGGGACAGAGCAAUGGGAGCUCACCCUGUCAUGGGGAUUCGAACCACCAAGCAUUUGAUCAUCAAGCCCAAGAGGCUCAGUGGUUUAGACCACUGCGCCACCCACAUCGCUGUUUCCAGGCGAGUACUGGGGAACGGUACCACACUCCUGGCCUCACCCUUGGCGAUGCGCAUGCUGGCUGGCUUUGCCUCUAAACAUCCACACAUUAGUGUGGCCAACUGCAAAGGAAAGCAUCCGUGCAGCGAACUUUCUUUGGUGAUGGCCAAGUGGAUGCUGAGAGGUGGGACCAGGCAGUGUGCAUGAAGAAGAAGAAGAAGUGUUCUUUAUCACUACCCGAAGGAGUCUCAAAGCGGCUAACAUUCUCCUUUCCCUUCCUCCCCCACAACAAACCCUCUGUGAGGUGAGUGGGGCUGAGAGACUUCAGAGAAGUGUGACUAGCCCAAGGUCACCCAGCAGCUGCAUGUGGAGAAGCGGAGACGCGAACCCAGUUCCCCAGAUUACAAGUCUACUGCUCUUAACCACUACACCACACUGGCAUGACUUCAGCAGGACAUCUCCAUUGAAAAGCGUAUCUAGUAACUAGGAGAAGACCUUUCCCUGCCAUCUUGGAGAACUGUUGGUCCAAGUAGACAGUCCCGGGACAUAUGUAUUUGCUCAAUAGUCUUACACUGCCGUAUGAUUUGCCAAGGCCCUUCUGGGAGUCUGAAAACAAAGGCAAUAACUUUGCAAUGGCUUCCAGCCGCCAUGGCUGAGAUCUCCCUUCAUGGUUGGAAACAGAAUGCCAGUUCUGUGGAUCGCAAGUGGAGAGGGUUACUCUUGUAAAGUCCUGCUUUCGUCCUCCCACUGGUCUGAUCCAGCAAAGUUCCUCUUAUGUUCCUCCCCCCUGGCCCCCCGCUGCUACUUCUCCAGCUAAUGUCUUUUGGGAGGAGGAAGCGAAACACCACAACUUGCUGUCUUUUGGAUUUUUCCUUUUUAACAGAGUAAUUUUGCCUUCACUGGCUCUGUUCGUGUAGCAUUUAUCCAUAUGUGUCAAGCCUGUUAGGUUAAAACUAUUUUGCUAAAAUGGUCCCAUUUAUUGUCAUCUUAGCUAGUGUUAUGCAUAUAUAUAUAUAUAUAUAUAUAAUGCUUUUUUAUUGUGCGAGGCUUCCCCCCUACUCCUUCCCCCCCCCCGGCUCGGUGAGAGUAACACACUUGCCGCAGGUCAAUUUAAGAACAGGUUUUUCGAUAACGGCUUUUGUGCGGCACACAAAGCAAAUUCGCUGAAAAAUAUAUCCUAGGAGAGAAGACAACACCAUUUCCCUUUGUUUAAAAAACCUGAAGAGCUGCGGAAGAUUGGUGCCCCUCCCCCACCCACCCAAUGAGAAAAGCCCAAACAAUGGAAGCCGUUUCCUCUGGUGAUGAGGUAGGUUUUGUUGCUGGGUGUGAAUAAAUCCUUCAGGAUGCCACUAAAGUUUGCUGUGUUAAACAAUUAACGGUAGUAAAGAUGUCGCCAUAAAGUGAUGCAUUCGAUUGUGAGAGGGCUCCUAAAAUGAAGAAUUUCCGUAUUGAAUCUUCAUGUGUAACAACAAAUUAGGUGGCGGUCUGACCUUUUGAAUUUCCUGGGCUCUGAGCAUCAAGAGGUUUUCUUAAUGGUUUUUUGAAAUGCAGUUCAUCCCAAGUAUCGUGACACAGACUUUUCAUGGCCACAGAGACACAGAGGGUUAUUCUCGGGGCGCUCGUGUUUUGCUUUGCUCUACAGUGUUGUGCAUAUUUAGAAAAAGUGAUACAUAAACAUUAAGCACUACUGUACUAGCUUUCUGUUAGCGAAGAGAGAAACUGAGAGAAAUCUCAACAAAUACCACACACACACACACACACACACACACACACGCACCUGGCUCAGAUACAAUGAGAAGCAUAGUUCUGCUUUCUCCUCCCUGCUCUUCUCUACAUGUGGGGAGAGUUGAAAGCAUCUGCUUUCAAACAAACCACCGUUUCCUGUGAUGUCCAAACUGAGCUGUGAUUUGUUUAAGCUAUGGUUAGUGAAAACAAGCUGGAAACAAACCAUGACAUGGUUUAUUUCGAAACUACAAUUUCAACAAACCACAGUUCCCUAUUGUUAGAAAAUGUGGGGAACAUUGGCUUGUUGAAAAGUAGAAAUGGUCUCCUUCCAAAAGAGGAAGGCUAAGUACACCAGCCCAAUGUUUGUGCUGGUUGUUUAUUUACCAGGAAACCAACAUUUCCCAUUUAGGGUCAUGUUCCGUAUCAGCUUUCUGUAUCUCAGUGACCUAAUAAGAUGAUGUUUAUUACUGUAGCUUUUCAUUGAGUUCACCUUAAUUCUUUUGCAGUGCAAUCCUAUGCAUAACUAUUCAGAAGUAAGUCCACACAUACUCUCGGGUGAGUGUGUAGAGGACAUACUGCAACCUUGGUGGUUUUUGAUGUGCUCAAAAGGGCUGAUAUUUCAGUGCAGUGCAGACUUAGGCCAAAAACCUCCAAGAAUUUCUGACAUACAGGUUGCAUUUGUAAUUAUUUUUCCUACACUGUUCUUGCUACCAGGGAGUGAGCGCCCAUUGCUCUGUCCCAGCUACUGCCAACCUAGUUGUUCGAAAGCAUGCCAGUGCAAGUAGAUAAAUAGGUACCACUUUGGUCGGAAGGUAAACGGCGGUUCCUUGCACUCUGGCACUCAUCACUGUUGUGCCAGAAGCUGUUUAGUCAUGCUGGCCACAUGUCCCAGAAAGCUGUCUGUAGACAAACGCCGGCUCCCUCGUUUGAAAAGCAAGAUGAGUGCCACACUCCAUAGUCACCUUUGACUGAAUUUAACCAUCCAGAGGUCCUUACCUUAAAAAUAAAUAAAUUACUAGGUGAUUGGCAAGGGCAGCUAGCUACAGCAGUAUUCCCUGCACUUCCUUGGUACAUAUUUAUUGGCUACUCUCGAAUCGGAGUUCCAAAGGGAGCCCUUUGGAUGCUCCAACUUGGCUGGCGAAAUUCCUCCCUUGCUAGCAUGGAACUAUUGAGUGACCAGCAUGUUUUGUUCAGGGAUAGAAAAAAAAUAUCAAGUUACUAAUACCGAGCAUCAAGUUUCCAGGUGCCUGGGAUACCAAGCAUCUGAGACGUUUCCCUGUCUGUUCAUGACCUGGAUUCUUUUGCUUUUGCUGCGAUAUACUUAAGGGUCCACAAACUUCAUUUAGUGUCCAAAACUAAAUGAAACAGACCCUCUCCUGUAGUUCAAGUCUGACAGAAGAAAAGUAAGGAGGCUUCCAGGUUCCCCCCAAAACGUCAUGUUUCCAACGGAAACCAAGUAAACAGAUUGGUGAAUUCUAGGUGUAGAACCCUUUCAGGAUUUUGUUUCUGAAGGGAAAAAAAAGGAGCAAGAAAUUCAGGCAACUCCCUGUGAAAGGCGAUGGUAGAACUGUCCAGUUUGCUUGGCUUUUUUGUGUGAAUUACUUGACCUAGCUCUCUCCGCGCUGCUUUGUACAGAGUGUUUAAGACCAUCAGGAAUACCAGGCGGUGGUGUCUAGCCUUGAAAAGAUUCUUGGCUCAUUUAUAAGCGUGCUGUCUCCAAAUGUAAACAGUGUGAAAGGUUGAACAUGCAGAAGGUUAUUAGUGCCCCAGGUGAAAAUCCAUUGGUGACCUCCCUUCUCGGUGCAAAAUGAGGUUUAGGAAGGCUAUUCGUGUUAACAUAAAAAGGCUUUUGUGGCUCCCCCGCUAACGGUUGUUAGCUUUUUCAGAAAACGUUCUCGGAGAAAGCGUUCAUUCUCUGCCUUAUAUUGCUCAGGUUUUUUUUGUGUGUGUUCCAUGCAGCCUCCUGAAAAUUUGCCCCCCCCCCCCCCGCUUUCACUCAUGGAUGGAGGGUCCUUAGCUCAGUGGGAGAGGACAUGCUUUGCCUGCGAAAGGUCCCAGUGUUCUAGUCCCGGCAUAUCCACUUAAAUACCCUCUCUGCUUGAGACUCUAUAGAGCCACUGCCUUUUACAGCAGACUGGACUAGGCAGGCCUGACUCUUAUAAUCCUUUGGCUUCUCAUAGGUGUCUAGUUGCGCAUGUGAGAAAAGGACGCUGGAGCAGGUGGGCCUUUGGCCAGACCCAGCAAGGCUCUUUUUCUUACAGUGCACAGAUCUUCAGGCAGUGCAGAAUUUGGCUGCUUGUACUCCCGUGGGAGAGAGAAUCACACCAUUUUGGUUUUUGAGCUCAGCCGCAGUCGUCAGCAGUCAGUUUCCAAGCCCAACUCAAAAUGAAGAUAUCCCCCCCCCCACUUUUACCCCAAGCCUUAAAUGCCCUGUGGGAAAAUUUGUAUAUAUUUCUCUCCCCACCCUUGGAGAUGUUCUGGAGAGGCCACAUUGGAGUGCCAACUUCCCUGUUUAUGGAAUAUAGUAUUUGCCUCCCUGCUUCUCUUAGAAAUUUGAAUUGGAAGAAGCUUCUGAUGUGUUGCUGAUGAUAUAUAAAGAACUAUACCACUUUUAGAAGACACCUGAAGACAGCCCUGUAUUGGGGCAUUUUUAAUGCUUGAUGUUUUUGCUAUGUGCUGUAAGCUGUCCAGAGUGGCUGGGAAAACCCAACCAAUAAUUAAUUAAUUAAUUAAUUAAUUAACUAUGUAUUAUUGUUUAAGUUUUCCAGCUGCUACUAACUAACUAACUAUAAUAGUUUUAGAAUGUUAUCCAUUGAGGUUUUUAAAUUAUAUUUUAAAAGGCAUGCUUUUGGGUGUGUUUUUUAGUGGCUAAAAAGUGCAGUACUUUUUGUGUAAUCUAUUGCACACUAUGCAUUAGUGGCUGAUUGUCCUGUUUGUUGCCUGGGCCCUGCCAACUUCCUAAAACACCCAUUCAAUAUCUGCAGCUUAAAAUCUGCUUGGGAAACUAGAACCGGUGUUCUCUAAUUCGGGGAGACCUGUGUUCAAAUGUCAGGGGAAGCCGCCAAAUUGCGGUCCAUCUAGCUCAGUAUUGUCUACAUGGACUGGCAGCAACUGUUUCAGGCAUGGGCCUCCCUACCAGUCCUUCCCUGGAGAUGCUGGGGAUUGAACCAGGAACCUUCUGAAGAUGAAGCGGAUGCUUUGCCACUGAGCUAUAGCGGCACAGCUAUGGAACUCGCCGCGUGCCUUAGCUUAACCUGCCCCCGAAAGAUAAAGUGGGAAAGCUAAGUGUGAUGUCUGCCUUCCUCACAGCUCCUUGGAGGAAGGGUGGAAUUAAAAUGUAAUGGGCAACAGCAGAAGGUAUCGUGUAAGUGAAUUAAGAGUGACUUUGCCAUCCUUCUCUUUGUAUUAAGAUCUCCCCACCCACUUUUAAUAUACAGUGGUACCUCGACAUCCGAAUGACUCGACUUCCGAAGGUUUCGAUUUACGAGGUUGGCAAACCCGGAAGUCUUUUCACCACACACGUGUUCUGCGCAGAAGCGGCAUGCGUGUUCGGCGCAUGUGCAGAAGCGCAAAAUCGUGCUUCGCACAUGCGCAAAAAUGGACGCUUUGACAGCCGAAGGAUUCGACUUACGAAGAGCGCGGUGGAACGGAUCACCUUCGUAAGUCGAGGUACCACUGUAAUCUCAGGAACAGGCUCUUCUGUGGAGAUCCCUUGAGGCGAUUCCCUACAUUGGUCUCCUCUUGCAUUGCAUGAUUUUUAUAAUUUUGCUGCAUGACCUUGGGUUUCCAAAGGAAGUUAAUUGGCUCCCACUCUUGGCCUCUGCAUUCACAUCCAACUUUUGUGAAAAAAAUUAUAGAACAGGAGGUAUAUACUGGUGGGUUUUUUGUUUUUUGUUUGCUUUUUAACGUGAUGGUCUAGAGGAGUAAAAAGAUUGAUAACUUGGGCAGCAGCUUGCAAACUCAAAAGCCAAAAUGUACAGUACAGUUGUACCUGGGUUUAAGUACACAAUUUGUUCCGGAAGUCUGUACUUAACCUGAAGCGUACUUAACCUGAAGCAAACUUUCUCAUUGAAAGUAAUGGAAAGUGGAUUAAUCUGUUCUAGAUGGAUCCUCGGAGUACUUAAACUGAAAGUACUCAAACUGAAGCGUACUUAAACCGAGGUAUGACUGUAUGUUGUAAAGGGAGCUAGGCAUGCAGGUCUGUGUGAUAUUGGAGAUGGGGAAAAAGUGAUUAGUUUGUCACCGUGUGCCAUAACACCUAAAACCACAGGCCUGCUAGGGUGGUCAGAAUUCAAUAGAUGCAUACUGUGACUUUUAAUUGCUUUUGAGUGUGUUGGCGAUACUCUGUCUUCCUUAUUAUUAUUAUUAUUAUUAUUAUUAUUAUUAUUAGUUAUAUUUAAUUUGGCAUGCCGUAGGCUUUAGGGGUUCGAGUUAGAAUGGAAACCUCUUUUGUGUAGAACUGCUGAUUACGAACCUCAUCUUCAUUCCCAAGGAAUAGGCGGUUGGAGUUAAUAAGAAAGAGAAUUCAUCUGUGCCACCCUACAGAGAAGAGGAGACAAGGGGUACAUUUUUCAAAAAGAUAUCUAUAUAUUUAAAGUAGCAGUGAUUGCAGCCUAACUUCCACCUGCAUUAUUUUAUGCCAACAGGCCUAUGCCGUUGUUUAAUAUGUCCCCUGAGCAGACAGUUGUUUCAUUGAUUGCUUGGCACGGCUUCUGAAUGUUUUUAUGUCCCUGUAUACUGCCCUGAACUUUUGUGAGACGGCAGCAUAGAAAUACCUUUAUAAAUAAAUAUUUCAAAUUCAAAGCUAGGUUCAAUCAUUCUCUCCCUGCCCUCCCCUCCCCCCCCCAAAUGCUGCUGUCAGUAUGAUUAGAUUACAGGUAGGUAGCCGUGUUGGCCUGCCAUCGAAACAAAAUAAAAAUAAAACAGAAAAAUUCCUUCCAGUAGCACCUUAGAGACCAACUCAGUUUGUUAUUGGUAUGAGCUUCCGUGUGCAUGCACACUUCUUCAGAUACACUGAAACAGAAGUCACCAGACCCUUAUAUAUAGUGAGAGGGUGGGGAGGGGUAUUACUCAGAAGGGUGGAGGAAUGAGCUGGAAGGCACUGUUGGCAUUUGAUGGCAUACACAAUGUUAGAAGACAUUCUAUACAAGGACAUUCUAUACAAGAUCUCAAAGUAGCUGUCUUAUUACAAAAGAAUUUCAGAAUCCUAGGCAGUCCAUCAUUUGAAAAAUAAGACUUGUCCCCAAAAUGGCCACUAGACAUACCAUUUUGGCGACUGCAACCUUGAUUUAAGGAGCCAUUUGGCUCCUAGUUUAUAUUGCUGAGUUUCUAACACUGCCCUGGUCCAGAAAUGGCUCUUCAGGUUUCCCAAUCCGGCACCUGCAGCUCUUCCCCCCCUGCCGCAUCCCUCACCUACCCUGAAUUUCACCCCUGAAUGUUUCUGCCUGGCUGGACCAUGUCCUUGGCUCUGACCAGGCCUCUUGCUUGUCGAUGAGUAGAGGAUAGAGAGAAGUAUUUUAGUGUGUGUGCAGAAACCAGCCUUUUGUAUAUAGGUGAAAUGUUCGUUAGUUGCUCUGCCUACUUUUCCUGGCAUGCGCCCCCUGGAAGGCUGCCCACAAGUGAACGUGGCCCUCAGACGGGAAAAAAUACACCCCCUCCUCAAUAAGGCUAUGCCAAGGAAUGCUUUUGCUGACGAUUUCAUUCCCUGCAGCAACACCCAGUGCUGUUUCUUUGUUUACCGUGUGUGGGGUGGAACAGAUGGGCAUGGAGGCCUGCAUUUGGACUCCUCUCUUGGCUUCACGUAGUUUUAAUGCAACAGACGGCCACACAUUAAGGUCCUUCUGGGAGGGGUGGCGGCAAAGGGGGGGGGGAGAGGACUACUGAACAGCUUCAGUUAGCGUCAUCCUUAAAAUUGCUCAUGACUUCCCCAAAGCAUACUGUGACCUCUACCAGCCUCCGUCCAUUAACAAAGUUGUUCAUGGCUCUAGGAACACUUUUCCCAUUAGCCUACUGUAGCUGCUGGUAUGAAUAUUUAACACGGCAAGCCGUUCUUUUUAAAUUUCUCUCCUUCUCUUCCUUUCCCCUCAACCCGCAGAACCUAGAUGCUGAUCUAGGGUGGGAUAUUGUUUAGGGGUGGUCAGUAGCGUGGGGGUUCCCCCCCAAUAUUUAGUUUUGGAGAUUCAUUAUUUUUGCCCCAGUUAGUUCUUAUUAUGAAUACAUUGUUUCAAUGUAUACUUGCCAAUCUGCACCACCUGGCAAUGUAUACAUUGCCUGGCAACAGACACCGCUAUAUUGCAAAAUCUGAACUUUUGGCCAAAGUUUUAGAGCUCAUUUUAAAGAAGUUUGCCAAAUUCUACACUUCUGACGUGGGUUGCUAUACGCCCCAGGCAUUUCAGCGUUUUCCUCCUGGACACUGUUUCCAACAGCCGAAUCCCGGCGAUGUCUAGGAAAUUCUGUACAUAUGGCAACCCUAGUUUUACUUACUUUUAUGUCUUUAUCCUGUAAUUUGCUCUGUGAGCCUCCCUAACAUUUUAGGAUGAAGGGCGGUGUAGAAAUCUAAUAAAAUAGAUAGAUAGAUGAUAGAUAGAUAGAUAGAUAGAUAGAUAGAUAGAUAGAUAGAGGUGUUUCCACUAGCCUGUUGUUUAUAGGACUCUUUAAAUAUCGCUAGGUCUUAUAUUCCUUAGGGAAUUUCGUGCUCUGAGCAGCCUUGAGUGCGGUUUGCUUCAGAAAGUUGGUGUGCAAAUGCUAGACUUUUCCACCUGCCAAACUCUGGGGGGAAAAGAGCCAUGUUAUAAAUUAGCGAUGGCUCAAAUUACGAUCCCACAACUCCCACCAGCUGGCGCAUUCUGGCUGGGGCUGAUGGGAGUUGUAGUCCAAAACCCUUGCAAGGACCUAGGUUUGCCUUUUCCCACUACCCAAAACCUCUCCCCCCCCCCCGCUAGGACUGUGAGAACGUUUGCCUUUAAAAAACCAUUCCUCUUUCUCCGCUUUUCAUCUCUGGUUUUGCAAAAAGGCCUCUUACUUUCCAGCCUCCCCUCCCCCAUCCUUUCCUCUCCCCCCCCCCCCGAAAAAAAUCCCCCUUUGCUACCAAGGGACCAAUGAGCGGCAUCAUUUCUGACAGGAUUUGCGUUUGAACUUCACUUGAGCACAAUAGAUUCCCUGCGACUUUGCCUGAGCUCUGUUUAAAUGAAUUCCGGACAUUUCAUGGGUCGCUGGCCUCUUUUUCAUCUGCGGGGGGGGUGGGGGGUAAUGGAAUGUCUAGAAGGCAGAAUGACUUUUGAGGGCACUAAAAGAUUUACCAUGUCUGGGGCAACCCCUGAACUUCUCUUUAAAAAAGGGGGUGCUAAAAAACACACACACACCAAAAGGCAUCCUAUUAGUGGCAAUAAUAAUAAGUGGCAAAAUUAUUAAUUUCACCUUUCUGCCGGUAGCUUAGGAGGAUUCUUAAAAGAGCGAUACAACAGCAGCAGCUGCUGUAAACCACCCUGUGAUCCUCGGGUGACGGAUAUAUAAAUUUAAUAAAUAAAUAGAUGAAGCUUUCAUAUGGUAAAUCAAAUUAUUAAAAUGCCAAGCGAAUCAGGUGAUUUUUGUGUUUCAGUGAAGCAAGGAAUAACUAAUGCAGCUAUGUGGGAUGUGUGCAUGUGGUUUUUCUUUAAAUAAAACUGUGCAUCUCAUAAGUGCGUCUCGAUGAAGCGAAUGCAGUCUAAUUUCUGCAGUCUUAAUUUCCAGCUGCUUGUUUCCCUGCUAGCUAGAAACUCGUGACUUCAGCAUUGGCAGAAAAGCGAUUGUCAACAGGAGUGUUGGAUAACGUCUUUGUAACGGAUGAAGCGGGCUUUGGAGUUGCGUUUUGUAACCCAGGAAUAUAGCCAAAGCGGGGGUCCUUCAUAUGUUAAUUGGACUCCAACUCCCAUCAGCCUCAGUUAGCAUGGUCUGUGGUCAAGGGGUGCUGGGAGUUGGAGUCCCCACAACAUCUGGGAGGGGCACCACAUUGGAUACCCUUGUUGCAGCCUCUUGGGUUGACUACUGAAGUCAGAGACCAGAUCUAGGUUUGAGGCAAAACGCAGGACACAUAACUUCUGGUGUGUCUGCUCAUCUCCUGAUGGACUUAACCGGCAGCAAUGGCAAGAAUCAUUCGCAUUCCAAGCAGUGGCAGGCGACCGCCAUUUUAACUUCCCACAAUGCCCUAGAGAUGUUCGGCUGUUGAAAUGGCAAAACCAGCUGCUCAUGGAUGCCUGAUGUUGGCCUUGUUUUAGACUUCCAAGGACAGAGCCACACAAAGUAAGGCCAACAUCAGACAUCCAUGAGCAGCUGGUUUUGCCAUUUCAACAGCCGAACAUCACUAGGGCAUUGUGGGAAGUUAAAAUGGCGGAUUGAGUGGUGUCCUGUCUGCUUUUCAAUACAGAGAGUUGGGAGCAUAUUGAGCCAUAAAUCUAGCAGAAGUACCGUAGCUAUGUCUGAAAAUCUAUACUGGUUUACAAUCGGCACCUAAGUCCUUUCUUGACUUAUUUUUCAGAAACCGCCUCCUUCUCCAGAUGGGCUACCUUCCCAGGUUGAAGAGCCUCAUCACUUCCCUCUCCAACACAUGCAGAAACUGCUUACUUGACCACUGAACCCACUGUUGGUCUUGUCCACUCAAUCUGCCAUGGGCCUGUAUUCAUAUGCAGGGGAAGUCCCUAACUCUCUGCGGGUUUAGUUACAGGUAGGUAGCCGUGUUGGUCUGACGUAGUCGGGGAAAAAAAAUAUUGCUUCCAGUAGCACCUUAGAGACCAACAAAGAAGAAGUGUGCAUGCACACGAAAGCUCAUACCUAUGACAAACUUAGUUGGUUUCUAAGGUGCUACUGGAAGCAUUCCCCCCCCUCCUCUGAGGGUUUGAGAGACCCAUCGGCUACCCUCACCUAGUUUAGCCAGCCAGUUAAAGCAGGGGUAGGAAAACUCCGGUGCUCCAGAUGUUUGGGACUACAAUUCCCAUCAUCCCUGACCACUGGUCCUGUUAGCUAGGGAUGAUGGGAAUUGUAGGCCGGAGUUUGCCUAUGCCUGGGUUAAAGCCUUUCCCAGGAUGUGGCUGCUGUCGCAUGCUGACAGCCUCGAGGAGCCACAGGUGGGGACCAAAGGUGAACAAACUACCUCAGAAGGAGCACAAUGUGUACCUCCCCUCCCCUAAAAAAAGGAGAAAGGUAUAGUAGUAAAAAAAUAAAUGGGGAGACUAAUAAUUUUGUGGUCUCAUGUGCAUUUGAAAAAUAAAUAGGGAUUGUUUGUUGGUGUUGGUGUGUGUUUGAGUGUUCUAAUGGUGGAGAAUUGUAGCAAAUGAAAAACAGCGUGUUUUACCUGAGCAACAAAAGUGUUCAAAAUAUCAUUUUUUUUCCUGAGAGGUCCAGAAAUGCCCCUUAGCUGCUUGUUCCUGCAAUUUCAUUUGUAAUGCUCUGUGUUCCGUACGUUUGCUAAGCCUGACCACCACCACCGCUGCUUGCUGCCUUCCACACUAUUUUUGGAAUGUGUUUGUUGAGGCCAGAUGUACAAGAUAAAAGGAUCUCCCGGGAGAUCCUGUGCAGAGCUGACACCCGUAGGCAAAUCUGCACAGGAUGCUGGGAGCAGAAGGGAUGUUCCCAGGAGCUGGAAUCUGCCCACAGUUUGCAGGGAGCAAAGAAGGGAGCGAGGCCGUGGCUCAGUUGCACAGCACAUGCUUUGAAUGCAAUAAAGUCUUGGGUUUGAUCCCUGGCUUUUUCAAAUUAAAAGGAACUCAGGUGGAAGUGCAGCUCAACACCUCCCACCGAAGGCCUUGGAGAGCUGCUGGUUACACACUUGAUCUGGCAGUUUCCUAUUCGCAGAUAUAUUUGAAGUGCCUUUAAGCAGUGCUGCUUUCCCCACCCCAUGGGCUCUGUCUUGUCACAGCUGCAAGACUGAAGCAUUGUCUGUGAAGUGUAUCCCACGGGGUGGGGAGGGGGAGGAAUUAACCACAGAGUAAGGACGCCCACCCGCGUGCCUAACUUGUCUUGAUCAAGCAGGUACCUGAAAUAACCAGUAAUUACUCUCGCGCUUUUAAAAUUUCUCCUUCGGAAAUGUCAAAAUGUUGCCCUUUAAUUUUAAAGCACACAAAAUAUACCGAAACAUAAAGAUUUCAUAUGGUGGCACCUGAUAGGAAUUGGCACACAGCAGAUUUCAAAGUGUGCACCCAAAUAUUCCCUCCCCCCCACAUGCAACUAAUGUAAACGGAAUCUGUGCCACCUUCCGAGAUUCAAAACUAGCGGAAUGUGACAUUUCAUUGGAACAACUUUUAUGUAGAUUAAUUAUGACCUUACGAGGGAUCAUGGUGCUCAGUGAGAGAGCUAGAUAAAGCCCUGUUCAGAGGUUAACUGCUCCAACAAAACUAGAGUUGAUGCUAACCAUGGUUUCAUCAUAACCAUGGUUUCGCGGUUCCCUCAUAACCAUGGUUUGUGAGCAUGCUUCAAACUUUAUAGCUUCAGUCUCUGAUUUAAUAGGGAGCUGCAGUUAAUAAUAAGCAUAGUUUCUUUUGGUGCAGGUGUCGUAUGAAAUUCAAGGCACAAAGUGGAGUGGAAUCUGCUCCAGAAAGGGAAAAGGAAGGAGCACACAUUCAAAUGUUUAGAAAGCAUGAGCUCUUUUGCAUGUUCUUCUCCUUCUAAUUUAAUCCCGACAACAACCCUGUGAGGUAGGUUAGGCUGAGAGGCAGUGACUGGCCCAACGUCACGCAGUGAGCUUUGUGGCUGAGUAGAGAUUUGAACCGUGGUCUCCCUGGUCCUAAUCCAACAGUCUAACCACUACACCACUCUGGCAGAGGAGGGAAGUUUGUGUCCAUUUUAGGAAUGCAAUAGGUUGCAGGAGAAGGGAUGGAACUGUCUUCUUCCGGCCCCCUUUUGCAGGCCAGUGGCUUUUCUGGACAUGUUCCAUGAGAAUUUCCUGAAGGGCUUUGAAGGUCAAAACCAUAACAUUGAACUAAGUCCCACCUGAUUCAGCGGUAAUUGCUUCCAAAUAAGUGUGCACAGGGUUGAAGUAAAUGAACUUGCUCAGUAUCCUUGCAUAUGUAGAAUUCUGUUUCCUGUGUCUAAGCUAGUGGUUCUAAAAAAAAUUCUUCUGGGGCCACACUUUCAGAAUACAAAUUUGCUUGCGCCAGUUUUUUUUUUACUGAUAAGAAAUACAUUGGAAAAGGAAAAGAAACAACUCUUAGCGGUGCUUGAUUUAUAACAUAGAACACAACUACUGUGUCAUAUGAUCAUGGGCAAAAUAAAUAAAUAAAUAAAUCCUUCCAGUAGCACCUUAGAGACCAACUAAGUUUGUCAUUGGUAUGAGCUUUCAUGUGCAUGCACACUUCUUCAGAUACCAGUCAAAACAAGCAUACAAAAGCUCAUACCAAUGACAAACUUAGUUGGUCUCUAAGGUGCCACUGGAAGGAAUUUUUUUUAAUUUUGUUUUGAGUACGUCAGACCAACACGGCUACCUACCUGUAACUAGAACUAUGGAAAUAUGAUCAUGAGACAUCUGAAACAAUGCAGCUACAUAAGAACAGGAACCAUUCUCAGAAUAUAAUUAUAAACGAAACUUUUAUGUAUGCACCGUAAACAUGUAUACAGACUCGAUGAGGUGUGAGCUUGCUUUUCCCGGGUAAUCUCCUUUAUGUUAGGUCUGAUUUGAGGCAAACAAACUCUCAUCUCCUCUGCAAUACAAAGAAGCCUUUCUCUUCUCUGAUCUUGCAUAUUUGUCAGAGUCGAAAAUCCCUGUGGAUUGGAGAGAGAUGUGGAUACUGAUUGUGCCACGCCCUUUGAGAAACCCUGGUCUAAGCAGAUAUAAUUCCUAAAGUAUGGUCCAUGGAGGUUAAUCCAUGGUUUUGAACAUCCCUCCUAGAUUGUAGAUAAAAAAGUAUCUUUAGUUGCAAACCAGUUGCUUAUAAUAUCAACUGGCUAGCUUGUUUUUUUGUUCUCGUUCAGGAAACACACGCACUUCAAAAUGGGAAUCUUGGUUUUAAAUCAGCACUUUAAAUUGCCUUGAUUUUUAAAUUAAUCCCUCCCGAUCGGUACCUGUCAUCCUCGUUACAAUACAGUCUGAAGGAAUAUUGAGUGACAUCGCAACAUGAAUGUGUCAGGGAGCAAACAAUGAAGUAUGUAAUUCUAUCUCGCGUUAAUUCAGAGUGUCACAGAUGGUGUGAUGGUUAUAGAGCAAUCUAUAAAAAACGACCCAGGAGGGACAGAGAGCGCUGGCACAAUGACUUAUUCCCCAGUUAUUUAGCCCUUUAGGAUCUGAUACGAAAACAGAUAGUCUACUCUGCACGAUCUACCCACUGGCAAACCUUGACUGACUGUCCGAAUUCCUUGACCUCAGACAUACAAACUUAGAUGUGUGUUUUUCUUUUGCAAAGCAAUCCUAAUAUUUAUUGCCCCCGCCCCACUCCAGCUUCUUUUUGUGUCUCUAACUUUACUUUUCUCCCUAUUAUUCCAGUUCACUGUAUGGACAGGUGUGUGUGUGUGUGUGUGUGUGUGUGUGUGUGUGUGUGUGUGUGUGUGUAAGCCCUUCGCUCCUCAGGAAGAGCAGGUUCAAAUCCCAACAGAGAUAAUGUCAGCCCUUCAGAUUUCCAAGGUAGACUAAUUGGACUCAAUGAUACUCCGUCCUUAUGCUUCUUGUCAAUCCGUAGACAACUCCCAUCAUGCCCCUGGAUUAAUGAGCGGAGAGUGAAGGCUGUGGAUCGGAGAAUGAAGAGUGAUGCGUUCUUAGGUUUUGCUUUCACUAAAGCUUUCAUAAUAAAACAGGUUGUUUCUGUUGUCUAUGCCUCCUGCAGACGGCGUAAAAAUAAGAGGGGCAUAUCGGACCCACUGGUGCUUAGCAUUUUAAUGCCCUGAAUGGCUUGGGGCUUGCAUGCUUAAGAGAUAGCCUCUCCUCCUAUGAGCUCCUUUGCCAGUUAAGGUUCUCAUUUUAGGCUCUCCCCAGUGUGAUUGAGCUUUGCAAGGUUAGUUCAUCACUGGGUAGAAGGAAGGCCUUGUAGGAAAAGGUUAUCCACUGCUUAUCUAGCAAAAUAUCCUCCUUUCCACAGUAACCAAGCAGAUGCUUCCCUUUCCCCACUUCCAGAUAACAGUUAUUCUAUAGCGCAGGCCAUAUUUUGCCUACCUGGCCUACAAGGUCUUCCGAACCCAAGCCACAAUCAUGUCACAUUUGACAUCAGGUGUUGAGUGUCUGGAACUUGCACAGCCAAUCACCAAAGGAAGCGGGGUUGAAUUCCCUGCAUCAGUUGAGUCCUGCUUGGUCACUAUCCCCCACCCAACCCCGUCCUCAACUUUGACAAGUGGACAGGGCCGCCUACCUGCCAAUCACCUGAUGUCAUCAUGAUGCCAGAUAAUUGACAAGUAGUUGUUCCUUUGGGGUGGGGUGAGAUAAAGAUCUGGUCUGCUGAACCUGAAAGGUUGCCCAUCCCUGCUAUAAAGGUAUAGGGACCCCUGACCAUUAGGUCCAGUCGUGACCGACUCUGGGGUUGCGUGCUCAUCUCGCAUUAUUGGCCGAGGGAGCCGGUGUAUAGCUUCCAGGUCAUGUGGCCAGCAUGACAAAGCCACUUCUGGCGAACCAGAGCAGCACACGGAAACGCCAUUUGCCUUCCCGCUUGGAGCGGUUUCUAUUUAUCUACUUGCACCUUGAGGUGCUUUCGAACUGCUAGGUUGGCAGGAGCUGGGACCGAGCAACGGCAAGCCCUAGGCUCAGUGGUUUAACCCACAGUGCCACCCACUAUGGGGUUGCGGCGCUCAUCUCGCUUUCAGGCCGAGGGAGCCGGCGUUUGUCCACAGACAGCUUUCCGCAUCAUGUGGCCAGCAUGACUAAACCGCUUCUGGCGCAAUGGAACACUGUGACGGAAAUCAGAGCACACGGAAACACCAUUUACUUUCCCGCCACAGCGGUACCUCGGUUUAUGAACACCUCGAUUUACGAAUUUUCGGUUUACGAAUGCCGCGGACCCAUCUGGAACGGAUUAAUUCACUUUCCAUUACUUUCAAUGGGAAAGUUCGCUUCAGUUUAUGAAUGCUUCAGUUUAUGAACAGACUUCCAGAACCAAUUGCACCCAUGCUUUGGGUUAAGUAUGCUUCAGGUUGAGUACUCGGCGGACCCGUCUGGAACGGAUUCAUCCACUUUCCAUUACUUUCAAUGGGAAAGUUCGCUUCAGUUUAUGAACAGACUUCCGGAACCAAUUGUGUUCAUAAACCGAGGUACCACUGUACCUAUUUUGAACUGCUAGGUUGGCAGGAGCUGGGACAGAGCAAUGGGAGCUCACCCCAUCGGGGGGAUUCAAACCGCCAACCUUCUGAUUGGCAAGUUCAAGAAGCUCAGUGGUUUAGACCACAGCGCUACCUGCAUCCCUAUUCAAAGGUAUACUGCCUCUUGAACAUGGAGGAUCUAUUUAGCUAAUAUGAUGGCUAAGAGCCAUUGAAUUUGCAUAAUUCCCUCUUAAUGUCAUAUUCAAAUAGUGCAUUUAUACUUAAUGCAAAAAAAUAUUUUAAACAGCUUUUUAAAAAACUACUAGUGAUACUGGGUUGAUGUUGAUCUGAACUGGCAAGUCUUCAAGUGCAAAAGCAUUAAUUUCUUUGCCAAAAUAAGUGAUCCUCCUUUCCCCUAUAGAUGCAAAUUUGACAGUUAAAUAUUUAGCACUUGCAAUUGACGAGACAGAAGCUCCUAAUUACAUCAGUUAUUAGUUUUUGAAAUUCUUAACCCAGCGAUUAGCUAAUCCAGUUCUUCUGGAAUUAAAUUCUCUGGACAUGUCACUUCAUAAUUUCAGUAUUUUUUCCUCCCUAAUUUUGCAGCUGUGCUUGGACUGAUUUUCUUUUUGGUUUUGGUUUUUUUUUUUAAAAAAAAGGCUUACUUGGAGCACAUUGACACCACACAUUUAAAGCACUAUGAUACCACUUUAAACAGCCAUGACAUUUCCAAAGAAUUAUGGGAGCUGUAGUUUGUUGGAAGGGUGCCGAGAGUUGCUAGGAGACCCCUGUUUCUCUCAUAGAGCUGUAAUUUCCAGAGUUGCCUUUGAAGAUUGUCAAACCAUUCUGGGAAUCUACCAAAAAAGAGAGCAUUGUGUAAAUUAAAAAAAAUCUAUUUAUAUACAGUUCACGUGCAUUGACAGGAUUGUGCAAAAAGAACAGGCAGAGGAUAUAUUGCUUUCCCCUUACCGAAGGCCUACCAUUGUUCUGAUUCAACAUCCUAGUGAUUAUCUGGUUGGUUUUUCCUUUUUCCUUUUUAAGUCUUGCCCUGAAUCCAUCCAGUCUGCCUUAUUUUAUGCAUGAACUCUCUCUCUCUCUGUGUGUGUGUGUGUGUGUGUGCGUGCGCGCGCGCGCACACACAUACACACCCUUAUGUUUUACCACGUGAGAUCAAAGCUUUAAAAUAUAUAGGGAUAAAUCACAACAGCACGAUCAACUGAUGAUAAUAAAAUGAUCCUGACUUUGCUAAGGAAUGGGAAACUGUUAUUUCUAUUUAUUCCUUAGCAGAUCAAAUCAAACUUGUUUGGUUGGUUCCAGUUUGGCAGUUCUGCGCUGGAGAGCCCCUCCGGCCCUUGAAAUUUAUUUCUAGGGGAAAUGCCAUUUUCAAAAUACAAAUGUUAUAGUUACUUUCUUUUUUUCUUUCUCUGUCCCCGCUUCCCUGCCACUUUUCAGUGGGAGGAGAGGCCACUUCUUUAGACUUGACACCCCUCUGUGAAAAUUUGAUUGCCAUGGCUACCCUGUUUGUUGGUGCCAUUCAGCCAUUUACGGUACUAAAUCUGGCUUUGGGUCCCUUUUAGCAGAAUAGCUUGGGAUCUUACAAGUUUGCUAAUGCAGAAUUCAUGGUGGUGGUUGGUGUGGGUGGUUUUUUUUUGGGGGGGGGAAGUGUGAUAUAUAUUCUAUAUCACUUGUGUGCAGCUACAAGUGUAAGAGGGGUGUGUUUCUGUUUGUAUUCACCCGCACAUACGUGGUGUGUAUCAACGCACACAGCUUUCCUACGUCUAAUACCAGCGUCGGAGAGCUCUGUCUGGCUGACAUUAAAGAACUUCAAGGUGAAGCUUGCAAAUCUUAGCUGACACCCCAGCCUUGAUUCUGCCAGUCCUGCCAAAAGGCUUAAUGGUGGGAGAGAAUGCUGGCGUGUCAGCACUAAUUUUCAGCAUUAACUGUGAAUUUCCUGGCUUUUGUGUGUAUCUGAGUCGAGACUCUUAUCUUACCCUUGCCUCUUCCCCCACAAAACACCAGUUUCUCCAAAGGAGCUCUGCAGGACAAUAGUCAGGAAUUAACUCCCUGCAGCUUAAGGUCCAAGGCACUAAUUUCUUUUUCUUUUUUCUUUUUAAAUUUUCAAAAUAACGACCAGGAGCUAUUGGAGUUGACGAGACCCACUGUGUAGAAGUGCUUCUUCUUCUUCUUGUUGUUGUUACAGUUAAUCUAUAUCUUCUUCCAAACCACCAUUUGAAGGUGACUUAAACACAAGGUAAUUAAGAAAAGUUUUAAAAAGAACCACAAAAAAAGGAACAAAAAAGCUGUAAAAACCCAUUUUUCCAGCUGGGAAAACCUGCUUGAACAAAAAUGUCUGCAGCGGUUUCUAGAAAAUGUAGAGAGUGUGUGCCUGUUGCAUGUCAGCAGAAAUGCUAUUUCACCAAACAAGGGCCUUCUGAGAUGUUUGGAGGGGCAACCACACUAAAAAAAGCCCUCCUCCGAGUUAACUGUGGAACAGCCUCCUGAGAUCUUUGGAACCUGCAGGAGAUACUCUCUCCUGCUGCACAGCAAUCCAGCCACUUUCUACCAACCAGUGCCUGGUUUCCUUGUGCCUGUGGAUAAACAUCCAGAGUGAAUGAUCUGCUAGAGUCCAAAUAUGACUGUAAUGAGAUAAUGGUUCCAUUUUCAUUGGCGAAAUAUAUGCAUGCUCUAAUUAACCAUUGAUACGCCAGACAUUUUUUCCAAAAUCAAUCCUCCCUCCCCACUUUUGGGGAUGGGUGGGGACGUUCGCCUAUAUUUCCAAACCCUAAUUUCUCUGCACUUUGCUGCACCCCUCAACCACAUGAAGCAGAAUGUUUGUGCUUGCUAAUGUGCUAUAAUGAGCAAUCAUCUUCCAUUCCCUCCCUCACCCCCAUAUCUUACUUUUUAACUUUCUUUUAUGGCCAGGAAAUUAAAUGCCCUGAGUAGGUAUGAGCCAUAAAAAGUAAAGGUAAAGGUUAAGGACCCCUGGACGGUGAAGUCCAGUCAAAGGCGACUAUGGGGUUGUGGCGCUCAUCUCGCUUUUCAGGCCGAGGGAGCCGGCGUUUGUCCCCAGACAGCUUUCUGAGUCAUGUGGCCAGCAUGACUCAACCGCUUCUGGCGCAACGCAACACCGUGAUGGAAACCAGAGUGCACGGAAAAGCUGUUUACCUUCCCGCUGCAGUGGUACCUAUUUGUCUACUUGUAGUGGUAUGCUUUUGAACUGCUAGGUUGGCAGGAGCUGGGGUAGAGCAACAGGAGCUCACCCCGUCACGGGGAUUCGAACUGCCGUCCUUUUGAUCGGCAAGCCCAAGAGGCUCAAUGGUUUAGACCACAGUGCCACCCGCGUCCCCAUAUAAAAUAACUUCUGUAGGAAGGUCUGUACUGAGCUGUGUAUGGCCCACGUCACAAGUUGCCUGGAUGGCUUAAAACCUGCUUUCUGUGGCUUCCAUAAACAUGCCACAGUAACGUUGGGUCAGUGUGAGUCCUUCCUCCUAAAUUGCUCUCCAGCAGGGACGGAGGCUGACUAUCAGGUACGAAGGUAGGACACAGCUUGCCCUGCCUGUUGGAGGCUAAACUAAACACGUUGCAGGAGAUGCGGCGGGGCUUGGAUCGGGACCCUGUUGAUGUGGGGAAGCAAAAGUCUAACCCUUUCCUCUUGUGCCACAACACCGAGUCCAGAUCACUCUCUCCAAGCGGCUAUUAGUUGUGGGCGAGGAAAACCUCCCGGAAUCACGUUCAGAGAAUGCUUACUAACAUUUUCACAACCGACUCUUUUCUUUGUUGCAUGGAUUAGAAGCACGGAGCUGUAUUUUGGGAUAUGGCUGCGUUAACCCCAUGGGAAUCGGUAUGCCUUUGGAAUACCACUUGCUGGGAAUUGCAGUUGGGGAGGGUUGCUGUUGCACCCGGGGCCCGCUGGCAAACUUCCUAUAAGCAUCCGACUGGCCACUGUGAGUGCAGGAUUCUGGACCAGAUCAUAGAAUUGUAGAGUCGGAAGGGACUACGAGGGUCAUCUAGCCCAACCCCCGUCAAUGCACGAAUCUUUUGUCCACAUGGGGCUCGAACCCAUGACCCCGGGGUUAAGAUCUCAUGCUUCUACUGACUGAGCUAUCCAGGUCUUUGAUCCAGCAGGACUCUUCUUAUGUAGGCAUACAGAUUUCCAUGGGGGAAGGGGGUGCUGGGAAAACCCGUGGACCCAAUCCCUUUCCCCUUUCUGUUUGCUGCUUGACUCUCCAUGUCGUGGGUGUUGAAAUAAUAACAUUGUCAAAAACUGGGAAGCACAAUCCCCUUGUCUAGACUAGUUGCUGGCUGUUGCUCUUGCCAUCUGUCCUCGGCUUCAAUUAAUUCAGAAUCCUUGUGCUAAAUUCCACCACCCACUUUAUGGCUACGAUCAUCUUCUCUCUGGCCUUGCGUUCCGUGCUUUGGUUCUUUCUUUCCUCCGGAGGCAUCAGCUCCUUGUUCUCGCAGGGGAGGCGGGGAAUCUGCUGGGCUGCAACUCCUAUCAUUCCUGGUGGUUAGCCAUGAUGGCUGGUGCUUGUGUGAGUUGGGAGUUCCCAAAAAGCACCAAAGGUGCUUGUGUGAGUUGGGAGUUUCCUGCUUCUUUCCCUGCAAGCCUUGCUGUUCCUGCUCUGCACAACCUCAUUUCUUACCAGCUCCCAUGUUGGGGCAUCAUUCAGCCAGUUUGUAGGAAGGAAGGGACUCAAGCCCAGGGUGAACAGUGGAGAGGCAGCCAUGGCCUUGAAGGAACAAGGGGUUGUCUCUGUCUAAGUUGUGCUCAGAGUAGACCCAUUGAAAUGGAUUUCGUUUCAGUGGGUCUACUCUGAGAAGGGCUAGCAUUGGAAACAACCGAAGGUGCUUGGUCUAGCAGGCUAUGCCAGGGACCAAGAACCCAGGCAAGCGCUGAGCAGUUUGCUUUGGACGAGGCAACAUGAGCAAUGGGGAAGGGCUCAGUGGUAGACAGGGUGGGUAAAAAACCAAUGAUUUAAAAAUGAAAAAUGAAAAAAUCAGAUAUUUUUUAUUUAAAUCAGAUUUUUAAAUUAUUUUUUUCUGCUUUGCUUCUGCAGAAUGGCUUGCUCAUCUGCCCACAUGGCCCGAUUUGGGAAGCUCAGACUUUCCCCAUGUAAUAGCCAUCCAGAUGUUGAAAGAUCAAAGGAGACUUUGCUUGACCCAUGUAACAGCACUCCUCUUUUGUGUCUGCAUGCAGAGUUCAAUUUGCUUAAAGCUUCUUUUGACUUCAUGGAGCCCGCAAAAAGUGCUAUAAACCUUUAACACCUUGCGGGGAGGGGGGAAGGAGAGGAAACAGCUAAAUGGAUCCCCCCCACCUGCACACCCUUUUUAAAAAUAGCCUCACUGUAAACAACUGUUUCCUUUAAAAAAAAACCAACAACAUUGGAGGUGUCAAUCGUUAGAUGGAAAUUCUCGGGUUUGGAAUAACAAAACAAGGAAGUUCUUAUGGAAGAGAUGGGCCCUCCCUGUAUAAUUUUAGCAUAAAUUGGCAGACAAGGAAGUGUUGUCUUUUCCAGCUCUUCUUUGUUGUUCAGGAGGUGGAAAAUAAGUGGCAUCUCUCUAAAUACAAAUUCAUUUAGUUAAUUCUCCUAACAGCUAGUUUCUGGGGUUUUUUUCCUGGUAGUUUGUUCCUCUAGAUCAGGGAACUCCCAAUAGACCGCAAUCUACUCACAGUAUUAAAAAACCGGCAGUGAUCUACCCAUUGUCGUAAAAAAGAAAACAACUGGCAGUGAUCUACCCAAAGUUUUUGAGCUUUUUGGGGGAAGCAAAAGUUGUUGAGCUUUUUUAGGAAACCAAAGUUGUGGAGCUUUUUGGAGAAAGGCAAAGUUGUGGAGCUUUCUUACCGUAGAAAGCCAAAGUUGUUGUUGUUGUUGUUGUUUUGCUUUUUUUGCUUUUUUCUAAGGAGAUCGCUGGGAGGCCAGAGAUCAACCAGGAACACCCUGUGAUCUACCAGUAGAUCACGAUCUACCUUACCUGUUGGACAUGCCUGCUCUAGAUAAUUCAUUGGCAUAUGGAUGGUCCAUUAGAGUGGCCUAAUAUGUGAAAUUUCAACUAACAAUUAUAAAGAAAAUGUUUUCAGAAUCUGAUAAUAUGUCAUGCGUGACUCUUAAGUGUUAGCUUACAAAAUGUACAGAUUGUAGGGGGAAAAAACAUCCCUUGCCAGUGCUGGAAUAAGGGAUUCAAGGAUGUUUUAAAUGUACUUACGAUAUGCUUUUGAAGGCUAAGCAAUUCUGAACCCUGGUUUAUGGAGCAGGUGGGAAGAGUCGGUGGGUGAACCAACUAAUACAGUACUGUAUAUGGAACCAGAGUUGCAAAGGGAUAGUUUGGCAUGUUUAUUUCAAAGCCCUUCCUGUGCUUGGUGGUGCUAGACCUACGACCAAAGCAUGGGCACUGGGAAGUAGAGGUGCCACCCCCCUUCUCACAAAAUCAGAUUUUUAAAUGAAUUUUUGGCUGUACAAAUGCAGCUCCUACAGGAAAGUCCCCCCUCUUCAAAUAAAGUCAUCUCUCGACCUUGGGGGCAGCGCGGCGCGGCGGGGCAUCAUGCCGUACGUCCUCAUCAGUACUCAGAUCCGCAUGGAGGUUGGGCCCACCAUGGUUGGCGAUGAGCAUUCUGACCCAAACCUGAUGCAAUACCUUGGGGCCACGAAAAGAAACAUGUUGGGGAACCAUUUCUGGGAAUACUAUGUGCAGGAUGCCCCUCGGAUCGUCUUGGACAAGCUGGAGAAGCGUGGUUAUCGCGUGAUCAGCAUGACGGGAGUGGGCCAGACACUGGUGUGGUGCCUCCACAAAGAAAGUACAGAGAACUCAGAUUUUCUCUCUGACCAAGAUAUUGCUGUAAAUCGCCCAGCAUAGUCCUGCCUUCAUUUUCCAGCGUGUUACUCGUUUUAAGGCAUUAUGAAAAAUAGGUACCACUACCACAAGCACAUCAUAGGAAGGUGGCCCAGUUAGGGCUGGCGUUGGCCUGAAGAGAUCAAUCCUUUUUGAGCAUUAAUUGGAAUGCCAGUCCAGAAUUGCCAAUAUAGCAGCAUUAUCCUAAUUUGUUCCUGUUGAAUGAUGAAAAGCUGGCAUUAAAGUAGCUCUCUCAGGCUAGAGUGGCUGGAGGGAGAAAAGGGCCAAGCUUAUAAGAUGGUUACUUUGCUGAGAAAGGGGCGGAUGCUGCUGCAGAACAAGUUGAUUAUCAGUAAGCACAGCAUAUCUCCAAGCUUAAAAUAAUCUAGGGUGUACUCAUUCAAGUUAAAGAGUAUGAACAGAAUCCUGAAUGUGGUUUUUUUUUUAGCUACCCCUUCUAUACGCAAACUGGAAAAUGUAGGCAAAAGGUCCUGUAAAUAUUUGAACAUCAGUUUUGUAAUUGUACCAGUCCGCUCAUUGCUGGCAUUAUUUGGAACUGUGUUUAUGCAGUAAGCUGUUCUUAAAAUAGCUGGCAAAAUAAAAUAAUUUAACAAACAGAAAAAAAAUAAAAUAAAGUCAUCUCUCCCAUUGUUUGCGAUGGCAUCUGAAAUGAUGACUGCUUAUUCUCUUUUCAAGCCAACUCUGCAGGGCUCUGCCAGAUUCCUAGGUUUGAUGAAAAGACAGAACUUGGAGCCUUAGAAGUCUUCCCGACUGUAAACCGAUGGCUUCAAAAUAGCCUUUCUGCUGUGCUAGUACAACACGGGGGAACCGCAAUUUCCCUUUGUGUGGCUCUGGAAAUAAUGCUGUUAUUGAUAUUGUUGUGUUUGCAAAUGGGGUAAUGUAAUAUAGUUGAGUUUUGCGGUAUUCAGAAUAUGCAUGUUAUCAAAUGUAGCCAGCCUUUGCCAACCUGGUGUUUUCAUGUGCUGUAGAUCUACAGCCCCCAUCAUCCCAGAUCGCUGGCCAUGCCUUUGGGAAUUGUAAUCGUCCAGAGUGCAGUAGGUUGGGGAAGAGGGAGCAAUAUCCUCUCUCUCAUGGUUUCCCUUCCUUUUGAGUCUUGCCUUUUUAUUGUCAUGCAUUAAAUGCCAGCACUGUCCACUCUGUGGGUUGGCGUCGGGAACUGGCAUCAUCAGCUGCUGCUGGGGUGUGCAUGUGCCAGUGCCUGUCCUUAGAUCAGUGGUUCUCAAAGUCCAGAAUCAGAGGCAGAAGCUGAAGCAGGAGAGUCGGAGAAGGGAGGCCAAGAGGCAGAGAUGGGUUAGGCUGGUUAAGAGUCAAGCGUGUCUCUCCUUCCUGCUGCAACAGGCUCCCCUCCUCCCUUGUCUCCCAGAACCAGAAGAGGCAUGAAAAGGGCAGAGGAGAGGUUGGCUUGCACACUGGCACAGUCUCUGAUUGCUUGAAAAAAAGCCCUGGAAAGGAGGGGACUUGCUGUGAGGCAACAGGGACUUCCAGUCUCGGCAACUGAUCUUCAUGGAGGAAGACCACCAGGAAUGAGCUACUCUUUUCAUUAGGCCGGACACUCAGCCAAGUCUGUGGAGAUCACUUCUUUCCUUAUAAUAAAGAAUAAACUUUGAACUGUGUGAUUACUGACCAGCAUGCUUCUGUGACAGCAGCCCUGUUCUUUGCAGAAAUAAAAAGGGAAGGCUCAAAGGGAGUGAGAGCCUUGAGAUGGUGUUACUCAGCAUGCAAGCCAGGCUUAGUACUUUUCUCUCUGCUUAGCUGUGUGGAUUGGGCCAGCUGGAAGAUGGCAAGUGGAUAGACAGGAGGAAAAGUGUUGAUCGCAGGGGAAGAUGAGGAUAACUGCAGGCAACUUGUCCAAGGGAUUCCUGGAAUUGGCACUGGGGAGGAUAGAAGUACUGAGUCAAAUCCAGACAUCCCCAAACUUCGGCCCUCCAGAUGUUUUGGACUACAAUUCCCAUCUUCCCCAGCCACUGGUCCUGUUAGCUAGGGAUCAUGGGAGUUGUAGGCCAAAACAUCUGGAGGGCCGCAGUUUGGGGAUGCCUGGUCAAACCCAUCAGUCCCCCAUGGUCAGUAUUGUUUACACUGACCAGUAGCAGCCCUGCAGGGUUUCAGGCAGAGAGUAUCUCCCAGUCCUAACUGGGAAUGCCAGGGAUUGAACCGGAGACCUUUGGUGUGCAAGGCGGGUUCUCUGCCACUGAACCAUGGCCUGGUGGGUGGGCAUCUCCCCACUGUCCAAAAGGUGAUGCUUCAGUGCUUUGUGCCUUUCCCUGCCCACCUACCUGCCCCAGUUAGUGGACGUGGAAUGAAUUAUGCAAAUGAUUUACAUUUAUAGAGUUGUCCUUGAAUUGCCAGAACCAGAAUGUGGAUUGCUUUGGUGCUAGAUUUAGUGGAAUCCUCCCCCCCCCCCCCGCCCAGGAAUACAAGUACAGAACACUUAAAUGCUGCCCAUAAUUGCCACCUAUAAUCUAUAGCCUAAAUUAUGCCGGAAGUGUAACCAUGUCCAUUUUAAGACUGUGUUCUAGCUGGAGCUGCUGGGUGCCUGGUGUAAUUAGCCGUGCCGUUUUUCUCCCCUUCGUACUUUGGCUUGCCAGGGAUCUGAUGUAACUAAGGUUGGCACGCUAUCCUAUUACUUGAGCGCCGAGAGAGGCCAAAGGCUGAUUCAUAGGCUGUCCCCUAGUGCCAGAGCAGCGGCUGCGGUUCUCCAGCUGGUUAUUGGCCAAGCAGCUGACUCUUCUAGGUUAGGAGAAAAUAAGAAUAAUCCACAGCAGUAGCAGCAGCAAGACUUAACCAAGCAAACAGCAACAGCAAAAGUCCACAUCCCGUGAACUCCUGGGGCUGCGCCGAGAGCUUGCCUCCGGCCCACCCUCAUUUUUGCUGCGAUGCUCGUGAGGAGGCAGGCUUUGAGUCAGAAUCGCCGGGACGCAGCAUGUAAAGAAUAUAUAGCAGAAAAUAGCAGGUCAGCCGUGUGGAGAAAUAAGAGCAGAAAAGAGAGUAUAUUUUCAGUAGCAAUUUAGUGCAUGAUUGAUCUCUUUGAUGCUGUUAGUGGUGUGUUCAUAGCUGAGUGAGCCCACCAGCAGCGGCUUGUCUGUACUGUGUGUUUGCGGGGAGACCCACAAGGAUGGAAAGUGAACUCAUAAGGGUGUUGCUCCUAUAAGUAGAUUUUCGCUCGCGCCUUAAGGAAGGCAACCCAUUGGACCCCAUGUGAACACACUUCUGGGCUUUUACUGGACCCCUUUCCAAUGAAAACAAUUGGUGAGCAAAUGACAGGUGAAGCUGAUAAAGUAGGUUCAGGGACCAUGAUGUUGGCCCAAACCUUCACUUUGUAGUCUUCUCUACACCCCCUUCUUUAUAUGGCAGGAUGAGUCAUGGGAUGAAUCGUCUUUCUGGUGCCAACCAUUGCAAACACCUUGGUUCCUGAAGAAGACAGCUUGUUGUGGGGUGCUAAUACUCAAGCGUUUCCCGAAGGCUAACGUUAACAUAAAAGCAACAUGGGGUUGGGCUAGAUGACUCUUGUGGUCCCUUCUGACUCUACAUUUCUGUGAUUCUAUGGCUGCUAGCUUCCCUUUGUUUCUGCGGCAGAUCUGCUUUCUGUCCCAUUCCAGGCAGAAGUAACCCCCUUCCAGAGUUUCACAGCCCUUGGUCUUUUCACCCACUUCCAUUCUGGAUCCAUUAAUUGAAUAUUUUGGUGGUGCCUGGUCUCUCCUCCGCAGCCUCUUAAUAUUCCCAGCCUUUAUUGCUGGCACCCGCUGCUGGAGGAGACUGGGGUGGCUGCUUGGUUGCCCAAGACGGUUGCCAAUUGUGCUAAAUCACGAGUCAGAUGCUGGGUUGCCAUUUGAGUCUUGGCGCGGCUGGGGCUUUUAUAGUCUCUGGGUGCUUGCUAGGCAUAACAUGCCUCUCUUUUUUAAAUAAAAAGUGAGCUAUUCAGGUUUUAUUUCCAUUUCAGCAGUCCAGGUCUUUGAAAGCAGCUUUGACAAUGAAGCAGGAUUGGGUAGGUGGGUCUCCUACACCCAAAUGUACACCCUUAUGUUUGCUAGGUGUUGUGUAAGAGUAGCUACCUCCUCCAAGCCGUUAAUUGAAUAUUAAUCUGAUCAUCUGCUGGAUCCUCUGAACGAGUCCCCACCCACCACCAAAAGUUAGCACUGAGGAUAUUUUGUAGGGUGGUCUCCUUGCCUUAUCUGGGUCAGACAAAAGCCUCCUGUGUCGCUUAGUUUCCUGCCUCUCUCUCCCCCCCUCCAGUUAAUCACUUGUAAAGUAAAGGUACCCCUAGGCCGAGGGAGCCAGGUGUUUGUCCGCAGACAGCUUCCGGGUCAUGUGGCCAGCAUGACUAGGCUAAGCUGCUUCUGGCGAACCAGAGCAGCGCAUGGAAACACCAUUUACCUUCCCGCCACAGGGGUACCUAUUUAUCUACUUGCACUUUGAUGUGCUUUCGAACUGCUAGGUGGGCAGGAGCAGGGAUUGAACAACGGGAGCUCACCCCAUCGUGGGGAUUCAAACUGCCGACCUUCUGACUGGCAAACCUAGGAGGCUCUGUGGUUUCGACCAGUGCACCACACGAGUCCCUUAAUCACUUGUAUUCGAAUACAAAUAUAUUUUAGUGGACUGAGGCUUAUAUCAUGAAUGGAUGUGGGGUUAAAGCAAUCUCUCUUUUAGAACUUUCGUUACUUUUAUAAAUUAAAAGAAAUGAUUGUGUUGAAAACCUCAAAUCUCUUUGUAACGAAUAGUAUGCCUUUAAUAUUUAUAUAUUUACAGACAGAUGAAAUUAAUCUGUCGUUUCUUUAAAAGAUAUUUAGAAAGUUUGAUAAUAAAAGCAAAGUUUAGCAAAUGUUGUGUAAUUGGGCACUUUAAAGGCUCUGCUGCUUUCCAGUCCCUUUUACUUUUAACCCUUUAUUUAUAGGGACUCUCCCCACCCUAGUUGGUCUCUUCCCUGCCCCCUUCAGCAAUUUAGCAUAAUCCAGCAUUCUUUAGAGCUCAGCAAGAAUUCCCCAACCUGCCAGCAAAUUGCUGUCAGAAGCUCCUUGCUUUUAAGUAGACCAAAGGGGAAAUGUGGAAAGCAAAUUAUUCAGCAUAUGUAGCACAAAACUCUUUCCAUGGAAGUUAUUAGUUCUUGGAAACUUUAUGUAAUUAUGACAUAUUCUGGUUUCUUAAAUCAUUUGGGCCUCCUAAAAGCGGGCCGGGGGUGGGUGGGAAAAUCUUGGCGUCGCUUUUAUUUUCCGUGAAUAAGAAAGCUGUUGUAUACAGUAUUCAUGAUUUGGGCAGGGAGUCCCCCAGCCCUACCCCUUUCUUUUCCAAAGAGUUGAGUUUUGCAAUAUCCCAGUUAAGCCCUAGUUUUAAGAAGUGGCAUAUAUCACGCACGAUAUAGUGGUAUCUUGGUUCUCAAACUUAAUCCCUUCCGGAAGUCUGUUCCAAAACCAAAGCGUUCCAAAACCAAGGCUCACCUUCCCAUAGAAAGUAAUGCAAAAUGGAUUAGUCCGUUCCAGACUUUUAAAAACAACCCCUAAAACAGCAAUUUUAACAUGAAUUUUACUAUCUAACGAGACCAUUGAUCCAUAAAAUGAAAGCAAUAAACACUGUACUGCAGCCACACAAUCAAUCCAUCAGUAGCUGAAUGGUGUGACCUGGGUUCCACACAGUGACAAAAACAAAACAGAAAGAGCCGCAGAAACAAAAAAUGCAAAAAUAAAUAGCAAAAACAGACAGACCUCAGCGUAACACUCAAAUGGAAGUGUAGCACUCAAAUCAGAAGCGUAACACUCAAAUCGGAAACGUGGCACGCAAAUCGGAGCACGUUCGGCUUCCAAAAAAAGUUCGCAAACUGGAACACUUACUUCCGGGUUUGCAGUGUUUGGGUUCCAAGUUGUUUGAGUGCCAAGGUGUUUGAGAUCAACCCCUUAGGCGGAUCAACACCUAAGGCGGCAGUCGUAACCCCAUUUACCCGGGAGCAAGCCUCAUUGAGCUCAGCAGAGCUUGUUACGAUGCCACAUUGAACCGCCAUGGCCUCCCACGAAUAAUUCUGGGAACUGUAGUUUGUUAAGGGGGCCGAGAAUUUUUGGAGGCUCCUAUUCCCCUCACACAUCCCAGAGUUCCCUGUCAAGAGGGAUUGACUGUUAAACCACUCUGAGAAUGGUAGCUCUGUGAGAGGAAUAGGCAUCUCCUAAAAACUCUCAUUUAAAACACCAUCAGAUUCUUUUUUUACACCACCUAAAGGAAGUGUUUUAUAAAGGUGCUGGGUCCUUCACAGUACAUCCCUAGAGGUUUCACCUGCAAUGCUGGUUUUCUGGAAAACUUUGAAGGGAAGGUAUGGGAGAAUGUCCUCUCCUUCGCACCCAUCAACUCUAUUCCUCGGUGCAUGGCAAAGUGGGAGAGGAUUCUAGAUAAACCCACACCCCUCUUUGGUAGAAGGAGUGCCUCAACUGCUUCGGUAGCACAGUUGAAGUUGCCGGGCAUUAUAAAUGCUUGAGACAGCUAGGAAGAAAAUCUAAUUAUUUGGCAUUUUCAAGGCAAAGCACAUUCCAGGGUGUCUGCAGUGUGUUCUAAGGUAUGUCUGCAUGUCUCCUAGAGACCACUGAACAGAUAGACAGCCUGCAAGGAAGCUGGCAUGUUUGUUUGUUUCUUUCCUUGUGGCUUGUAUGGCUUGCUAAUUAGGUCUCAUGCUUUGUGUGAAAUGUUACAGAAAAAUUUGUUUUUCAAACAAAACGGUGUAGUCUUCUUUUGGUAACAAGGCAAUAGGUUUCAAAGGUCAAAUAUUGUCUUUGUUUCCCCCCUCCAUUCUUUUCCUCUCUCUCUUUUGCCUUUUCUGGCACAAUUUCAAACACAAAUUGUGCUUUAAAAGUUGCAUGAAAGCUUUGGAAAGUAUGCAAUUAGCAUUUGGAAAUGACGCAUAGUGACCUAGUUUGUAAUGCUGAGCCAUAGUUUAGUGGUGCUACAUGGAUGAAAUCUGGGUGUCGGCCUCAGGCUUGGUGCUUCCCCAGCUGUUCUGCCUCUCUGGCACAACCUACAAGGAGGAAAUUGGAAGCAUUCACUUUCUGGUUUAAAUUAACCACAGUUUGCCUUUACGUUAGUUCAGAAACUAUGGCUAGUUCAAGCUAGGGUUCACUGGAACAAACCAGGAAAAGAAACCACAGUUUGGUUUUGGGUUGUUUUCUGUAAAUCAGGUUUGACCCAUAAAGACCAACUUCAGUGCAUUUAAAGAAGGAAGCUUCCAAUCCCAGAAGGAGAAAGGAGAGGGCAUGAGCUCAAAAAGCACAUCCAUGCUCAUUCAUUAAACUAUGGUUUAGCAUCACACCCAAAUCAGAACAUCAUCAUUAUCCAAGUUCCUUCUGUCUACCUGGUCAAAGUUUGUAUUUAUACCAUUGUGGGUUUUUGUGGGGUGUGGGGCAGCCAAAUGAAGAAAGUAAAGACAUUUUUAGUCCACGUUUUUUUUUAAAAAAACAAACCCAGAAGGAGUAAGCAGCUGCGAGGCUUAGCAGCUUGAUGCAUAUGGAAUUUACAAUCCACUUGUACAGCAGCCUGCAAUUUACUGUGUGGAACAGAAAAUUGUUUGCUUGUUUCUUGUCCUGGUAAGGCAAGAUUUAGAUUAAAAUGGAACGCAAGUGUGUCAUAAACGGCUGAGAAAUUACGCCCGUUCAGUUGUGUUGCCUCUUGGUUAACCUUGCUGAUCGGAAAAUGUGGUGUCUUGUUUCAGAUAAGGCUUCCCCUCCCAUCCUCUCCCCCUUUUUUCCUUCUUCUUUUGAGUGUACCUGUGCUGGAUUUUACUUCAUGUGAAUGACUGGAUUGUACUUCAUCUUAGCAGAAUUUCUAGGGGGGGGAGCACCAUACCAUAAGAAGCAAAUAUUUCAUUAUGCAUCAGAAGAAAUGUGCAAACGUUGAUUUGCUUUUGGUGGUGGUGGAAUGAGUUAGAGCUGCAUAGUGGUUAAGAGUAUGGCCUAUAUAAACUAUUCCUGUUCAAGAUACCAGUUUUUUUGCAAACUUUGUGCAUUGUUUGGGUCGGCUCCUCUCAGCCUCCACCUCACGUCUUAUCAGAGGUAUAGACAUAAUGCUGACCUACCAUACAGGACUGUGAAGGAGGAGGAGGAGGAGUUCAGAUUUGAUAUCCCGCUUUAUCACUACCCUAAGGAGUCUCAAAGUGGCUAACAAUCUUCUUUUCCCUUCCUCCCCCACAACAAACACUCUGUGAGGUGAGUGAGGCUGAGAGACUUCAGAGAAGUGUGACUAGCCCAAGGUCACCCAGCAGCUGCAUGUGGAGGAGCUAGGAAUCGAACCCAGUUCACCAGAUUAUGAGUCCACUGCUCUUGACCACUACACCAUGCUGGAUUUAUUGGGGAAUUUUCCAUGUCCAAACUGUGGUGUUGACGGUCGACAGUUAGUACCUCUGUUGAGUUUGUGGGCUAAACCUUCCAAUAAUUCAUACCUGGCCAUAAUUUGCAAUGCUUGCCACCUGCUCUUGAGCUAGCGCUGAAAUCUACUGCAUGUUCUCAUAGAAUUGUAAUCUAAUCCAGCCCCCUGGAAUGCAGGAAUAUUUUGCCCAAUGUGGGGCUCGAACCCACAACCUUUAGUUUAAGAGUCUCAUGCUCUACCAAUUGAGCUAUCCCAGUUAAACUACCCAGUUAAGCCUUUAUUGCCUUUAAAAACUUUUUACAGUACAGGCAGAUCUUACCCAUAAGUAAAUGAUUUGGACCCGAGUAGCAGCCAACUUUGCUUCAGUGCUUUCUUGGAACUUCCUUCCUCUUGUCUAUUCUGCUCUCUCUCUCUCUCUCUCUCUCUCUCUCUCUCUCUCUCUCUCUCUCUCUCUCUCUCUCUCUCUCUCUCAUAUGCAAUGACCUCAAUAACACGUAACACUAAGCCAAAGGAUGCAAAUGUGUAAGUUUCUGAGAGAUUGCAUCUGCUCUGCUUCCUCCUUCUUGCCACUCUGGUGCUGUGCAGAGCUAAACCAUGGUUUGGCUUAGGGUUUAUUGGCAAAUAUCUGGGGGAAAACACCAUAGUUUGUCCUAUCACUUAUAGCUCGUGAUUUGUCUGGAGAGAAGUAGCCCAUGGACACAGUUUUGGAUGAUACACUAAGCCAAACCAUGGCUAAGCAACAGAACAACGGGAAGUGGUUUCAACCUCUUCUCCAGAAGCCCACAGAUUUGCUCGUCCAUGCUUAACCAUGGUUUAAUGUUAGAAGCAAAUCGGGAUUGCACCUCAUGUUAUCUCUCCUAUGCCAACAUUUUAGACUGAUGUUGAUAUUUUACUUCUAAUUUUCCCCCUUUCCCCCUUAAGAUACUUGAGGAAUCAUAGCCAUCCAGCUCUCAUAGUGCCCCGCAACUUCACCACAGGGGCACCUGUGGGGAGAAGCAGUAACAAAUACUCUAAGUAAAUAAGAAAUAAAUGGAUUUUCUUUUUUUUAAAGAUUCCGUAAUUUACUGAACUCAUUCCUUCGUUCAUUAAAUUUUGUUAAAUGCCCUGUCUAUUUAUGACGACUGUGAUGUUUUGCUCUGAUGCAGUAGUGUGGAUGUUUGGCCCGGACUUGAUUAUAUGGAAAUUGGUUGAAGUCCCAUCUGUUUCAUGUAUAAAUCUUUGCCUAUGAUUGCGGCCACAGAAACAGUUCAGCCCUCUGAAAUGUUUUGGCAUGCAAGUGACUUUAGGUACAAUCACGAAGUUCUCCCGGUAUACAAACUUUUUGUUUCCUGGCGUGAAAAAUAUCAGUCUUUUGAAACACCUUUUGUGUCAAAAGAUGAUGGUUUGUUCGUCUGAUGUAUGGCAGUGAUUGUCAGUAACUUUUGAAGCCCAUCUAAUUUUGGCAGCGAGGCAUUCUUUUCUUGUCACAUAAGACAUACUUGAUAAAUUUUCAUGGUCUGUGGACAUGGCUUGGUAAUUUUCAAACCUUCGAUCCGAGGUGGAAUUUCUGAAGAAUUAUUGAGAGGAGAAAGACAUUGCGCUUCCCCCUACUGCUCUGGGUUGACGCUUGCUUGGCACGCUUUCCAUCUUUUCUCAAAGCCAUCAUGCGAGCCUUUUGGGAGGAGAAAAAGCAAUUCCGUGCUCUUUACUUUGCUUAUUUGAAUAUUGGCCUGUGCUGAAUGGAUUUUCAGAUAGGUAGGAGUGUAUCUAUUGAGUUACACCAUCUGAAUUGUGUUAAGUGUUGUUUUAGACCACUGCAGUUCAUAUGAAAUGUUUUGAGACCAUAAUCAUCAGGUAUUACAUUAUGUUUAAAUAUACAUCCUUCAUAUGGAUGCAGGAAUUCAAACCAUUGUUUUGAGUUCUGGACAAGCAGAAUGCAGGGAAUUUGGGGCAAGCAUUGGACAGGUGUUUAGGAACUGGAAAUGUCAUGGAAAUCCUGCCUCAUGUUUGGAAGGAGCAAUAUUUCUCCAUGUCUUUUUAUUUUGCGUUAAGCUGUCACAUAAUCUACUGCUGACGGUUACCAUCAGAAGUGAUGCACAUUGUAAAAAAAGAACUUUAAACUGUUAGAUAGCAUCCCAGAUCAUUAAAAGCUUCACCCUCCACACCAAUAAGCAGCAAUUUCAGUGUUCCCGGAAAGCGCCCAUGUUCUAGUGGAAAACUGGGGCUCCUAUACCUACCUGCCUGAGAGUAGUUUCCAUUGAAUUCAGUGGGACUUCACUCAUAAUUGUAGGUGGGCCAUAGAGAACACUUAUAUUCACAUUCCAAUUGCUGCCCAAAGGUAGAGCAAAUUUGCAAUUAAAUCAACCAGGUGACCUUCGUAGAUCUAAGGGGUCUGAAUAGGACAGUGAGGACACACCAAAUGAUGUUGUCUCUCCAGUCUCCAGCGCCAACCUCCAUUGUUUGUCUCUUCUUCCAUUGGAUCAUUGGAAAAACAUUAUCCAAAGUCUCUCCUGGCACUCCUGAAAAUGAUGUUGCCUACAGUGAUUUGUCGAAAUCAUUAAAGCCUGUAUUUAAAGAUUACUGGUUGUCCCGGUCUUAAUUUGUUAGACCCCUAAUGACCGACUCUUUACCCUCAAAGCUAACUGCUUGCAAAUCUAAUUGAGGAAGGACUUUUUCAGGCCAAAAGGAGGGGUUCCCCCCCUCCUUUCCUCCACAUCACACAUCUUGUGCGCAUUGGCUGCCAUUAAUUAAGGUUGAUGAAAUGGAAAAGAAAAUGCAGACGAAGCUCAACUCCUUAUUUUGAUGGCUUCAGGAAUGGAUAGGAACGCAGGCAUUCCGAUACAUAGAGUCAUACCUCUUGAGGAUCAGCCAAACAAAGCAAUAACUGAAGGAAGCUGGUGGAGGGCUAAGACACACAAACUAGGGAAUGAAAGCUUGUGUGUUGUUUUUUUGCACGCAGCCGCGGAGGAGAACCACCUGCCCUCCUAGUCUGGCAAAGAAAACUCAGGGGCUGUUGGUUUCCAUAUGGAAAAGUCCUGCUUAGAAGAUGGAACACAUUUCCGUGGUCCUGUUCUACCUUCACUUGGGAACUGCAAGUGUGCAGAGCACCCUUGUGCUCAUGUUCUGCUUGCGGGUUUCCUGUAGCUCAGGCGUCCCCAAACUUCGGCCCUCCAGAUGUUUUGGACUACAAUCCCCAUCUUCCCCAACCACUGGUCCUGUUAACUAGGGAUCAUGGGAGUUGUAGGCCAAAACAUCUGGAGGGCCGCAGUUUGGGGAUGCCUGCUGUAGCUGUUUGGUUGGCCUCUGUAAUAAGAGGAUGCUGGACUAAAUGGGCCAAUGGUCUGAUCCAGCAGGCUCUGCUGAAAAGAUGGGAGGCAAAGUCAACCUGUGACUCAUAUUCUUUUCACCUACAGGAAGGUUUGCACAUGUUGUUCUUGGACAUGUCGCUCAUUUCACCACCACACAUUCCAUAGAAACAACAGGAAUCUGCUUUACACUGAGUCAGGCCACUGGUCCACCCAGCUCAGCAUUGCCUACACAGACUGGCAGCAACUCCCCAGGGUUUCAGGCAAGGUUCUAUCCCAGCUGUACGUUGGAGAUGCCGGGAAUUGGGAUGUUCUGCAAUGAAAGGCGGAUUCUCCACUGCUGAGCUAUGGCCAUUCCCCUUAUAUUGUGGCUACUUCAUUUUAAUUUUUUAAAAAUAUUAUCCUAGAAGAACACCAAGAUGAGAGAGCAAUGCCCUCGUUCAUCCUUCCCAGUUUAUUGUGAAAAUUUGCUCAGGAUGGCUGGUUUCGCCAUGGGAAAGGAGGAUUGGCUGUGCCCAUGAAUUUCCAUUUCUGGAGUUUUCUGGGAGUUAUUGCUUUUGCAAUAGUGGUUCCUACAGAGGAAGCACAUUCAUCGGUGGUUUCUCCAGUGGAAGCACCUUCAUUGCCCAAGAAGAAUGGCAAGGGAAGGUCGCUGCUGAUUUGACGGACCUCCCAAAUGAUCAUAUAAACCAGUCUUUGGUCUCUUUAAGAUUCCACUGCAUUGACUGUCUUGCUGCUACAGACGUAAACACUUUAUUUAUUUAGAUUGUAUUUGUUUUGCUUUCUUUGUGUCCUUGACUCAAGGCCUCCAAGAGGGCUAGAGGUGUAUCCUUCAUCUCAUUUCUUCCCCUCUCCCCCAAACGGUGAGGUAGGUUAAAGCGACCUAGAAAUAACUUGCUCCAAAGGGAUUGGUUGUGUGCAUACAUAGGUGUUAAAAAAAAUGCUUGGCCACAGUGGGAAUGAAAUGUUAGACUAUGAUAAGCGUUUGGCUUAACCUAUCCCAUCGGGGUUGUGGAGAUGGAGAGAAUCAUGAAGACCAGGGGUGGCCAACUCCCAAGAGACUGCGAUCUACUCACAGAGUUAAAAACUGGCAGUGAUCUGCCUCCUUUUUUGGUUUCAGGUCAAAGUUGUUGAGUUUUUUCAGGGAAGUGGUAAAAUGUUGAGCUUUUUUUUAGGGGAGCCACAGUUGUUCAGCUUCUUUGGGGGGAGCCAAUGACCUACCAGUGAUCUACCGGUAGAUCAUGACCUACCUGUUUAACCUGCCUGAUGUAGACCAUUCUCUAAUGGAAGAUGCAGUCUGGCAAAAUCUGGAUGGCCACUCCGGGCCUAGAUCCUUCAUACUAGUUUCCUGCACUGUUUUAAUGUUCAUUCGUUAGCUCUCUCCUGUAGCAGAUUUAAUAAUCAUUGUGGGUGAUCUGAUAGCGACAGUAGUGUCCCAAAUGCAGGAGGCCUCUGAGCCAAGAUAAUCCGUUUGGCAUUAUAUGAAAUAGUUGUAGCCGAAAUAGCAAAGGAUAUGAAGGAGACACAUUGCUCGGCUGAUUGGUGUCCCUGGGAUUUUGUCCUGUACAUAGGUCAAGCCACCUUGUCAAAUGUUGACUGACAAUUCUGUAAGCAAGGGCUGUUUACCUGCUGAAAUACAUACCUUUUGCCACUGCAUUUCUUCAAAGCCAUUCUAUUUGUUCUGCCUCCAAGUUGCCCUAAGGCCAUGGUAGGAGUCUUUCCCCUUUCUAUAGGAAGCCGUCACCCUGGCCUCCUUGCAGGUCAGUCUGUACUGGGAGACAUCAGAGAGAUAUCUUACUGACAGUUGCAUUCCUUUAAUUCCUAAAAAAGUCUGCAAAUCCCUGCAGUUCAUCACUUAAAAUCCUAGCUGAUGGAGGUUGUAAAAACCUGCUCUGCAUAUUUGUUUAUCUUCUGGCAUUCUGGAAUUCUAAAGUAUUUUGGUCUGUGUUUACAUGCAUAUUCCGUCUUCAUUUAGAGAUUGCCUCGCAUGCUUGAAAAGCUUCUUUCCAAAGGGUAAUGGAAAAGGGGGCAAGCAUCCUAUAUUUUACAGUGUCAAUGUUCGCUACUAAUUCAGAAUGAAAAUAAUGUUUAAUGACUCGCACUUGCUCAGGGCUGCAGCUGAUGGUACGAAUUGGUUGGGAGGUAGUAAUUUACUACCGCUAAAGAGAAGUGCGGAGGGAAAAGCUUUUUGGUGCAAUCUCAUGCAUACCAUGGAACUCAGUGGGGCUUACUUCUGAGUAAAUGUGCAUGGGGUCCGGCUGUUUGCUUCUCUCACUUAAAAAUAAAUAAAUACUGCAUUUGGUUUCCUCCUGUUUAGGUCCAUUUGUGCAUUUAAAACCUCCCACUGAUUGCUUGGGUCCCACAAGCCAGACUUUCAUGUAAUAGCAGCUACACCAUCAUUCAUUUUAAAGGGGGUGGGAACUUAGGCAAGAGAAGGAGAAAGCUGAGAGAGAAAGUGGGGGGGGGGGAGAUGGACAUAGGAGGUGGGGAAUACCUUCUUUAGGAUUACAGCAUGUCUCCUCUACAAAGCUGAAGACAGUUGAUAUUAAUCUUUGCAGCAAUCCUUUUAUGGGAGAUUUCUGGUUGAUGUUCCCGUUAGCCUUUAAUGCUCUGGGUCAGUGGAAACAGGCAACAUGAUGCCCUCCAGAUGUUGUCGAACUACAAUUCCCAUCAUUUCUAGGCAAACACAGCCAGUAGUCAGGUAGGAGAGUACUGUAUAUGAAUUCCUAGAGGAUCCUAUUAUAAAUGGAACCUCCAUGUUGGGAUUCCAAUGGAACAACCCAAUUUGUCUCUCUCGAAAGAGUUUUCCACCCUCGCAGUGCUGUGUUCCUGUGUUUUCAUUUGUGAGUCAGCCUUGGAUCACAAGAACCUAUCAAAGGGCAAUUCAUUCCAGAAAUGUCUUGUCGGUGGCAGAAUUUCUUUUUGUUCCUGUCUGGUAUGUUCCCCUGAGGUUCUGAGAAUAGCUUUCAAAGGAAGCUGAAGAUCAGAAGCUUUUGGGUUUGGUUUGGUUUGGGUUUUUUUCUUUUUUAAAAAGUGGUUGAUCACAACACCCUGGGCUGGAGACCAGAUGCUUUGCUGAUUCUUAUAUCAGGGUUAGAUUCAAUUAUGGUCUUCACAUAGUUGCAGACCCACGUCUUUUGCUCUGAAUUGCUGUGUUCUCUGGCUGCUGAUUUCACAGAACCCUGCAGUGCAUUUGAUUGAGCUAUAUGACUUUACGGUAUUUUAUGUAAACUGCCUUCUGCCUGUGAAACGCAGUAUAUAAACACUUUAAAUAAAUACAUUAAAAUGUGUAUAUUUUUUCUUUCGACCAAGAAUGUAUCUUCCAUUACUUCAUAAAACUGUAAUAGUUAGGCACUGGGAUGUUAGAAAAGUUAUAAAUUUUCGGGGUGGUUGUUCUUUUAAUUAAAAAAAAGAGUCCUAUAUCUUCUGCAAAUGGGCAACAACCCAGGCUCAAGAGUUUGAGGGCAAAGAAACAUGUGAUGGGGCAAAUGUUUGGAAAGGGACGGAGAAUAUAAAAAAGAUGCUCUUGUAACAGUUGUACGAAAAAGUGUAUGAGUACACUUUGUUAAGUGUGUACGUAACAUUAUUCCAAAAACGCGGCUGCACAGUUUAGUACAGGACUUAUAGUUUUGGAACUCUGUGGUCAUCCCAUCUGAAAAAGGAUAUCUUGAGGUUGAAAAAGGUGAUCAAAAUGAUCAGGGGGUAGGAACAUCUUUUAAAUAAAUAAGUAAAUGUAACCCUAAAGUAUUUGGGCCAAUUUAAUUUAAUUAAUUUAAUUUAGCGGUUGGCGCUGUGGGUUAAACCACAGAGCCUAGGGCUUGCCGAUCAGAAGGUCGGCGGUUCGAAACCCCGCGACAGGGUGAGCUCCCGUUGCUCGGUACCAGCUCCUGCCAACCUAGCAGUUCGAAAGCACGUCAAAGUGCAAGUAGAUAAAUAGGUACCACUACAGCGGGAAGGUAAACGGCGUUUCCAUGUGCUGCUCUGGUUUGCCAGAAGCGGCUUUGUCAUGCUGGCCACAUGACCUGGAAGCUGUACGCUGGCUCCCUCGGCCAAUAACACGAGAUAAGCGCCGCAACCCCAGAGUCGGCCACUACUGGACCUAAUGGUCAGGGGUCCCUUUACCUUUACCUUUUUAAUUAAGAAAGAAAGAGGUGGGGGACCUGAUAAAAUCUCUGACCCAUGGGCCAAAAUAAGGCCCUGAUGAAACUUCGCUAAGGUAGGCGUGCAUUGGGAUUGCAUGCUUGGCUUCCAACAUUUUCAAUCCUCUGUGUCCCUUUCCUAGUCCAUAAAAAAAAUUUUUUUGAGCUGGAUUUGGAUUCCCAUAGCUGAAUUGUGGAGCUGAAAACACCACCAGCAAGUUUCAGUGUCCAAAGCAAGCAGGGGGGCUAUUCUCAGUAUCUGGGUCAUAGACAUCAGAAUUUACGCCUGGGAGAUGGCUCUGGUCUUAUCAAGUCCGCAAUGUUCAGAGUUGGAACAGUUGGAAGAACCAUCCAUUUGAAGCAAGACAUUAAAGGAUGGUACUCUGAGUAACAGUUUACAGUCUGUGUAUCUAUCUAUCUAUCUAUCAUCUACUGUAUCUGUAUACAGUGGUACCUCUACUUACUAAUGUUUCUACUUACGAAUGGAGCUCCAUCCACCAUCUUGGAUGCAGUUUAGAUAGGAUUUUUUUCUACUUACGAAUUUUUAGAUAGGGUUGCUUCUACUUACGAAUUUUUUCUCCCAAUGCAUUCCUAUGGGAUUCGACUUACAUUUUUCCCCGACUUACGAAUGUGCGUUCGGAACGCAUUAAAUUCAUAAUUAGAGGUACCACUGUAAUUUGCUGGGUUCUUAUUUUAAUGAAACAUUCCCUCUUUGUGUGUGAGGGGAAUGCUUUAUGGGGAGUUUUUUCUUUUUAAUGUAUUGCUUCAAGUAGGCGUCAGAUCUUUGAACAUGCUGCAUAAAAUCCGGGAACCUUUGAAACAAACUCAUAAAUAUUGCUCUACCGUUCGUUGUGGUUGGCUCCUGCAGGAUGUGUUGUGCAGUUUAUCGCCAAGCAGCAACAGGGAGAUAUUUAAAGCAUGUAGACAUUAUAACUUAAAACCCUGUAGUAAUGUAAUUAUUCCAUCAGUCGCAGUGUCCCAAAAUAACCUCGAGCCUUCGGGAUGUGAAGAUAAUGCUACAGGGCAUACGCUGUAUUUAAACAAAGAGAGCUCCUUUUAAGCAAAAGGGAGCUGCUGUUGCGCCCGCCUUUCUUCCAAGGCUCUUGCAGCCAAACAUUUUGAAAGAAUUUUGUAUUUGUUUGAUCAGAUAACGCUGUGAGAUUUCCAUGCUGGGCCUUGAUACCAUAGUGAUGUCUUGCUUGCGUGGCGGAAGAUAACAAAGAAUUCAGAGUUUUCGGCUUUAUUCUGAAUUCCUAGAUAGUUUUGGGGCUGCAGUUAAAUUAGAUAUGCAGGUUUUUGUUUUUUUUAUAAAAAAAGCAGAACAAGCAAGCCAGGAAUGCAAAUAAUGUGGCCUCAUUAACACAGGCAUAGGUAGGAGAAAUUAAGCAAACAAUGACUCCUUUACCUGUCAAGAGGAGCAUUUUCAUAGGUAAGUUGCCAGCAUUUCAAGUGCAAGAUUUAGGAGUGCAAAAUGAUGGAUAAUAUGCACAAACGGAUUUUUCUGCUGUGCUUUUUUCGUGACCUUUGUGGGAUUCUGAAGGCAGGGGAACCCUAUGUGAAUAAGGCUCCAUGCAGACAUGGUGAACAUUGCGUUAGCUUUCCGGAUUAUAAUCCUAGUGCUUCUGUCCUGUUUUCUAACAUUCCUUUCAUACUGCAGUCCCUUACGUGUUACGGAACAGUGACUUUCUGACCGACAUACCGGCACGCCACACCAAAUUCCAUUCACACCAGUGAGUGUGGUCCAUACCCUCCAACAUUUCUCCCAAGAAAAUAGAGACACCCUAAGGGAAAGCGGGACAUUCCGGGAUCAAAUCAGAAACCGGACGGCUUCUGUGAAUCUGGGACUGUUUCUGGAAAAUAGGGACACAGUGGGUGGUGUUAACACAGCAAGGGACAUCACUGGACAACAUUGCUACCCAAGCUACCCUUUCCGCACAUGCAUGCUUCUGUUCCCCUAGGAUUCCCCCAUGGGAAUGGCAGGAAAGAGCUACAUGCCCCAAAUCUCACCACUAAGGGGUUGCAAACAGAUUUUUUUCCCCUGGAAUCAAGUAGCAUGGAAACGAGCACCAAACACCCACUAUACAGUGGUACCUCACAAGACGAAAAUAAUUCGUUCCGCGGGUCAUGCCAUCUUACAAAAAUUUUCGUCUUGCAGAAACAAACGGCAGACCCCCCCCCCAAAAAAAAGCGGCAAAAAAAAAAAUCGUCUUGUGAGAUGCGGCCAUAGAAAGUUUCGUCUUGCGAGGCAACAAAGAAGCAUUCGUCUUGCGAGGUACCACUGUAUUCCGGACGUUUUCCCAAAGGGACUUUCCACGUGAAAGCUCAAAUCUAAACAGUUAGGGAAACGUCAGGGAAAUGGGUGGGAAAAAAGUUGUGUGGAUGUAGCCUAAGAAAAUGAGAAGAAGUGGGAGAGUUAGUAUGUAUUGAUGACCGUGCGUCUCCCCGGUCCUGGCUGAGCAAUUGUAAGAAGCUGCCUUGUACCGAAUCAGACCAUUGGUCCAUCGAGCUCAGCAUUGUUGGGCUACUGCUCCCAUAAUGCCUGACCAUUGGCCGAGCUGGCCAGGGAUGAUGAGAAUUAGUAUAGUCCUGACAAUAUCUGGGGGUGCAAAGCUGAGAAAUGUUGGCUGUCCCAUCCAACCCCAACUUGGUGCUUUACAGAUAUGGCCAUGCCAGAGCCAGUUAGAGGCUACGAGGUUGGGCUCUGCAAGGUUUCAGACAGGGACCUUCCCCCAGCCCUAGCUGGAACUGCCAGAGAUAGGAAAUGGGACUUCCUUCAUGCAUCACUCCCACUGAGUAAUAUUCUUGGGUUGCACAAGAGAUGGCAAAGCUGUUGCCCACGUUAAGAUGCUUGGGAAGUGUUCCAAGGUAGGACUGGCUUUCUCUGAUUAUUAUUUUUUUAGGGAACAAAAUCCAACAACUGUGAGAUAAGAGGAUUUCUUGAAACAGGUGCUUAAUAUAGCUGUUAUUGGCAUAUUUAUGGAGCCGGAUAGUAAUCCAUAAUGAGUUACUUCCCAGUCGUUGUGCCUUUUCGUCGCAAAAACUAAACAGGCUGCUGGGAGCCUCCCCGAAGAGCCUGCUAAAAUCCUCGCGCUGCUAACAAAACUAAUUUUCUCGUGACUUUUUGCACCAAAGCAAUCUGAUGAGCGCUAAUGCUAUAAACCAAUGCAUAGAAAAUCCUUAGGGGGAGCGCUUUCCUUGUACGGGCUUCUUUCCUCCAAGCAUGCACACACACGCCUGGCUGCACAGAACAAACUCCAGAUGCAACAAAUGCCAGGUGGUUGCUUGUAUGCACACGACUGAAGAGCUAAGGCCUGCCUGGAAGUUGCUAGCCACACAGAAGGCGAAUCCCUUUGACUCCCAGAGUUCAGAGAGAUUGAUGCAUUGACUUUUCAGAUCUUGCAUGCAAGUACACUUUGAAAUAUUCUGCGCUGGAGGUGCUUUGAGUGCUGAUCUCUUCCGCGAUUCACCUGCCUCGGCCUUAAAAUCUAUUGCAGCUUUUUCUGAACCGCCAAACCUUUACCUUUCUGCUGCCUAACCCUCCUGAACCCGAUUCCUUAUUGGCUGCAUCGAAAAUUUUAUCCUGCGUUUGCCCCCUGCGUUUGCCGCUUUCCAUCAGAGGGUGAGAAGACAAUUUUGUUUUGAAGAUUGUUUUUUUAAAGGGAGAUAAGAUUUUUGUGAAAAUUAAUAAAUUAUUAUUAUUAAUAAUAAUAUACUCCGCCCAUCUGACUGGGUUUCCCCAGCCACUCUGGGCGGCACCCAACAGAAUUAAUGCUGCUGAUGAUAAUGAUAAUAAUGAUGAUAAUAAUAAUAAUAAUAAUAAUAAUAAUAAUAAUAAUAAUAAUAAUAAAACUACCGAGAAGGCCCUCUGCCUGGUUCCCUGUAACCUCACUUCUCGCAGUGAGAGAACUGCACCCAAAUUCUUGUGGGUGGGGUGCAGAGUUUGUGUAUUGCCAUCUUGCAUACCCUUCAACUUUUCUAUGGUGAAAAUAGGGACAUCCUAAGGGAAAACGGGACAUUCCAGGAUCAAAUCAGAAACUGGGGUGGCUCCUGUAAAUCCGGGACUGUCCCUGGAAAAUACAGACACGUGUAGGAGAGUCUGAUCUUGUCAGUGGUCUGCACCCUUUCCGGGGUGCUCCCUCUCAUUAAAGCCCAAGGGAAUGACAUCAUGACGUAAUUCCACCCCUGGGACUUUUCCACACCAGGAAGUGCAGGCGACGAAAUGCAAUGCCAACUCCCUCAGCCACCAUGCAACAAUAAGGUAGCCGUAAACAUCCCAGCUCGCCUGCGGCAGAAAAACGGAAGCAUCCUUGGCAGAGGAAGAAUAGUUUCUAGGAAUUGGGGGACUGAUAUAAACACUCAAACACACCUUCCAUUAUCAAGUUUUAACCAUGACUAUUACACCGGUGGCAGCUCUACCGAGCUUUCCUCUUAACUAGGCUCUUUAGAACUGCUUCGAACCUGUUUUGAAUUUUGAGAUAAGAAAAAAGAGCCACUCCGAGGGGUUAUUCUCUCUUUCUUGGUCCCCUGUAGGGUUGUUCUGGUGUGCUGUGUGCCUAUUCAUAAUCUGCGCUUUGAGAGGUAGUAAUUAUCGAGCAGAUGUAGAGUACAGUGGUACGGAGGUUCUUAAGCAGCUUACAGAUACAGCAGUUUAGGAAAUGUGUACUGGCUGUAGUAACAUUAUUUCUGGUUGCCUGUCUUAGUUCGUUUCGGAUUAAUCCGUCUUUCGCUCGGGAGGGAAAUGAAUCGAGUCAGUCCCUUCGAGAGUUAUGUAAAAAUCUGUUAACGGUGCUAAAUAAAUGUGCAGAAUUUCAUGUGCGCUGCUGAAAUUGGAAUGUCGAUUUGACACAAAUUCUCCCAAACAGAGUGUUGGAUGAGCUGGUCCUGUUCCGAAAACAAGGGGCUUGACAACUUUUCAUUUAGGUAGGAUUCCAGGCUUGAACUGUCCUGUUUUCUUGCAUAGAAAGCAUAUUUACUGUGCCAUAACGUGCCCGGAUAAAUCUGAUCUAUUGGUGGACACAUCUUUGUUUAUAACUUAAAGCUCUCUUUCUCUCCUUUUCUAGUUGUGUGUCAUUAAAAUAACGUUGGAAGCUGCCUGGCGUCCGCCAUCGGCCAUAGCAAUAAAACAACAAUACGAUAUACAAAGAAUAGAAAUAAAAAGUCAGUUAUAUGAAAUACAUUUUAGGGCUUUGAAUCAAUAUUCAAAUAGCGGAUUCUAAUUCUGAUUGCCCCAGCUAAAAACCUUGCAACUUUUGCUGUCACCUGCUCAUCUUGAUCUGCCAAGAGAAAGGACACUGUGGCAGUGGUUGGGCGACCUGGAAUGGACAAUAAAAGAGGGGCGAUAAUCUCAUUCCUCAAGUCUUUAUAAAGAGUGCAAGCCAGCAGGGCAUGUGCCACCGAUUCGGUACUGCCAUCUCCACAGGGACAUAAGCGUUUUUCGUGUGUUGGAAUCGUCCCUCAAGUACAGCCGAGGGCAAUACAUUCAAUCCUGCGAGAGUAAGAGCGCGUUUAUAUUUUAGAAUUGCUAGGUUAUGCAGAUAGGGUGCCAGAGAGUCGAAAUGGGAAGGUGGAAAAUAGUGCACUGGGCAAAAUUAGUGCACUGCAUCUCGUUCAAUACUGUCCAUAUAGUGACUGCCUUUGGCUCUCCAGGAUUUAGCACAGGGACAUUGCCUAGACUUCCUUGGGGUACCUGGCAUUGAACCUGGGACCUUUGAAGUCUUUUCUACCACUGAGCCCACACCCUUCCCCCUAUAUUGCUUAGCAAUUUAAUGAGCAUGGCAGAGGCCGAAGUACGGCAAGCUGGCACAGUGCGCUUGGUUUGCAGCAGUUUAUGUCACACUGCUUCAUGUUGUGCUUCUAUCUGUUCUGCAUGGAAUUCCUUAUCCGUUCAUCCACCACCCUCCCAGUUGUUCUUCUUGGGGGGGGGGGAGUGUUUAGAAUUGGAUGCAAUAUUGCAUUCUGAUCCGCAAUGCAUUCAUUCUGAUAUGCAAUGCAAUCGUACAAGACAAAGGAGGGAAAUAAUUCGUAAAGAAUGGUUGGUAUGGUUUUUAAAUAAAAGAAGUCUACUCGAGCAAUGCAGAGCCACAGAUCAGUGGAAGAGCAAUAUGUUUUGCAUGCAGAAGCUCCCAAGAUCAAUCCCUCAUGUCUCCAGGCAGGGCUGCAAGAUACUAUCUCAAACCCUGGAGAACUGUUGCCAGUCAUUCUAGAAAACAUGGAUGAAGAGAGAUCAAUAGCAUGGUUCAGUGUGAGGUAAGGUAGCACCCAGUCUUCCUAAGGACAGAGUUAGUUCCUACUGCCUCUCAGCCUAACCUACCUCACAGGGUUGUUGAAAUAAUAUAUUUUUUAUUUUUAUUUUUAUUUUUUGUUUCGACUACGGCAGACCAACACGGCUACCUACCUGUCACAGGGAUGUUGUGUGCAUUAAUUGAGGGUUCCUUGAGAUCCUUGGAGGAAAGGUAGGGUGUAAAUGCAGCAAAUAAUUCAUAAAUAAAUCCAUUAUGGGUUCCAUGGUUGGGUGAUGGGCAGUAGACAGAGGAAGCAAAGCAAGACCGGUUAUUGUUCUCAGGCAAAGUUUAUAACUCUGUGGUCCUUCCUGAGUAGGAGUGGCCAUUCUAGAGCCUGAGAAUACUUUCUGUCCAAGGCAGUUCUGAAGCUAACCACACCAUCACCAUUAGAACCAUUGCGAGAUGCUGAAUUUCUACGCAUUUAUAAAGUGGUUCACAAACACAUUCAAAACGUAUGCACAAAUAUACGAUACGAUAUCCACCGCAGAAAUACAUAAUAAUAUAUAAUAUUUCAUACAAGAUAGAAAGUAAACAAGAUAUUUAAAGAACUGUGUGUGUGUGUGUGUGUGUGUGUGUGUGUGUGUGCGCAGAACAACCUGUAUAAAAUUACAGGUGAUCUAGUUCAGAAAAUGUGAUUGUGUAAAGGUAAAGGGACCCCUGACCAUUAGGUCCAGUUGUGGACAACUCUGGGGUUGCGGCACUCAUCUCGUUUUAUUAGUCGAGGGACCCAGCGUACUGUACAACUUCUGGGUCAUGUGGCCAGCAUGACAAAGCAGCUUCUGGCGAACCAGAGCAACACACGGAAACACCAUUUACCUUCCCGCUGCAGCGAUACUUGUUUAUUUGCUUGCACUUUGAUGUGCUUUCAAACUGCUAGGUUGGCAGGAGCUGGGACUGAGCAACGGGAGCUCACCCCGUCACGGGGAUUCGAACUGCCGACCUUCUGAUCGGCAAGCCCUAGGCUCUGUGGUUUAACCCACAGCGCCACCCGCAUCCCAAUGUGAUUGUGUAGAGAGCACCAAUUUCAAGUCCUAACCCCAUGGUCCAGCUGGUGAGGACUAAAAGCCUCUGUUCCUAGACCAUCCCUACAAUUACUAAUGAUUGCAUCUUAAUGAUUCUCUGUCUCAAGCUGCAUUUUAACCUCCUGCUCUUUGUACUGAUACUAUUUUCCGUGCAAUGAAUCUAAGCUUAUACAGUGGAACCUCGGUUUAUGAACACCUCGGUUUAUGAAUUUUUGGUUUAUGAACGCCGCGGACCCAUCUGGAACGGAUUAAUUCACUUUCCAUUACUUUUAAUGGAAAAGUUCGCUUCAGUUUAUGAACGCUUCAGUUUAUGAACAGACUUCCGGAACCAAUUACACCCAUGUUUCAGUUUAUGAACGCUUCAGUUUAAGUACUUCGCGGACCCGUCUGGAACGGAUUAUUCCACUUUCCAUUACUUUCAAUGGAAAAGUUCGCUUCAGUUUAUGAACGGUUACCCCGCGGACCGUCUGGAAUGGAUUAAUCCACUUUCCAUUACUUUCAAUGGGAAAGUUCGCUUCAGUUUAUGAACGCUUCAGUUUAUGAACAGACUUCCGGAACCAAUUGUGUUCAUAAACCGAGGUACCACUGUAUGCUCAAUAAGAACUGAAUCACAUAUCCUGGUUGGCACACAGCUUCGGCUGCAAUAUACAAUUCCUGCUCUAGGUUCUAGCCCCAGAGAAGCACAGUGAGGUAGACCCAGGACCGCCUUCGGCAAACGUCAAGAACUGGACAGGUUGGUUUUUAUAGCACACCUCCCUGUGCCAAAUCUUCAUAGAAUUGUAGAGUUGGGGGGUCAUGUAGUCCGAGCCCCUGCAAUGCAGGAAUCUUUUGCCCAACGUGGGGCUCAAACCCACAACCCUGAGAUUAGGAGUAUCAUGCUCUACCAACGGAGCUAUCCAAUAGGAUUCUUUUUUGGUUGCUAAAAGUCAGUGCCUCUAGGGCUCGAUACAUUGCUACAGAGUAAUCUUAAGGUUACUACUGGAAUUUUAAAGAUGUCAGCAAAAGUCAUUAGACUAUACAUUGCCUCUCCAAGUUAUAUUUCGUUCUCCUUUUGUCUUGAUUUGUAUUAGGAACAAAGAGCUGUAUGCGUGUCUAACAAGCUCCGGAUGUUUGAAAGUUCACUAUCUUGACUUUUUGAAAAAUUGCCAUAUGCCGCUGUUGUCUGUAGACAGCAGACACACCUAAACAUUUGUUUCUCCUAUUUAAGUGGCCCUUUGGACCAACGAGAGUGUGUUCCAGAUCCAUCCAAUAUCUGUUUUGAGAUGAUAAAAUGCAAGCAAAUCACAACAAAGGAUUUUCUACUCGCCUGCCCAAAAGUGACAUUUGCUCAUGUGUGAAAAACUUGAUUUGCUUAUUGCGGAACUUCCUCCCUGCUUUGUAGGAAAGGGCAGGAAUCUGUUCUGUUUGUUCAUUUUCACAGCGCUGCUUGGUUUUCCCACGUCCUGGGAGAAGGGGAAAAAGACGAGUCUGUUAUGGAGUUAUUCCUUGGGAGGGAAGGGAGGAGGUGCCAUAGCUUAGCACACUACAUAUAGAAAGGUCCCAAGUCCAACCCCUGGAAGCUCCAGGUGAUGGGAAAGACAGAUGCUGGAGAGAACCACUGGCAAAGUAUAGCAGCCGUCCCCAGAUGUUGUUGGACUCAAACUCCCAUCAGACCCAGACAGCGUGACCAGUAGCCAGGAAUGAUGGGAGCUGUGGGCACUGUCUCUUGUCAUUUCUACAGAAGAGCUUCAUUUUUCAACAAACCUUUUAAGUGGAGAUUCUUCUUCCAGUUUGCUUCUUGUUAGAACUACCUUUAGCCUUUUUUAUGUAUGGAAUCGUUUGGAGUGUUUUGAUGUAUUGGAUGUGCAUAUAUAUAGAUAUAUAUAAAUAUAUAUGAAACUGUUUUUAAUUCCUUUUUUACACUUUUCCUUGUUUUAUGGCUGUAAUUCAUUUUUUGGUCCUUUGUUUACAAUUGCAUUCUUUUUGUUAUUAAAAAUCCAUGCUUGAGACCUUACAGGGAUGGAUAGGUAGGUAACCUGAUAAAUAGGUAGGCCAGGUAGGUUAAGGUUGCUUUUUUUAUCUUUUUUUUAAGACUGUGUAACCCUCUGUAGUCAUAGAUCACACAUUCCUUUCCUCUUGGUAUGUUUAAUUAUUGACUCAGUAAAUCACAUAGCUCAAUCCUGUAUUUCCUUAUAGGCAACAAUUGUGACAACUUAUCAUUUAAACCCCCCCCUUUCUUCUGUGACCUGUCUGUUACUUGUCCAUCUGCUUACUGCAUGUUAUUAAAAUUCAAUAAAAAAUAUUUGUAAAUAAAUGAAUAAAUAGUGUAAAUGAAUAAAUUGUCCUCCAGCAACAUCUGGAGGACAUCGGGUUGGAGAAGUUUGGAGCAAAUAGUUUGACCUGGUAUGAAAGCAGUGUCCUGUGUUAAUGGAGGAUGGAUGGCGUUUAGAGGAUGGAUGGCGGCUAACAGAUUGAGUUUGAAUCCCGACAAGACAGAAGUACUGUUUUGGGGGGGACAGGAGGUGGGCAGGUGUGGAGGACUCUCUGGUCCUGAAUGGGUAACUGUGCCCCUGAAGGACCAGGUGCGCAGCCUGGGAGUCAUUUUGGACUCACAGCUGUCCAUGGAGGCGCAGGUCAAUUCUGUGUCCAGGGCAGCUGUCUACCAGCUCCAUCUGGUACGCAGGCUGAGACCCUACCUGUCUCGCCAGAGUGGUGCAUGCUCUAGUUAUCUCUCGCUUGGAUUACUGCAAUGCACUCUAUGUGGCGCUACCUUUGAAGGUGACCUGGAAACUACAAUUAAUCCAGAAUGCGGCAGCUAGACUGUUGUCUGGAAGCGGCUGCCGAUUACACAUAACACCGGUCUUGAAAGAUCUACAUUGGUUCCCAGUACGUUUCUGAGCACAAUUCAAAGUGUUGGUGCUGACUUUAAAAGCCCUAAACGGCCCCGGUCCAGUAUACCUGAAGGAGCGUCUCCACCCCCAUUGGUCUGCUGUGGCACUGAGGUCCAGCGCCGAGGGCCUUCUCGGUAGUGGCACCCGCCCUGUGAAAGGCCCUCCCACCAUAUGUCAAAGAGAAAAACAUCUACCAGACUUUUAGAAGAAAGCUGAAGGCAGCCCUGUUUAGGGAAGCUUUUAAUGUUUAACAGACCAUUGUAUUUUAAUAUUUUGUUGGAAGCCACCCAGAGUGGCUGGGGAAACCCAGCCAGAUGGGUGGUGGGGUAUUAUUAUUAUUAUUAUUAUUAUUAUUAUUAUUAUUAUUAUUAUUAUGUGUGGGAUUUGAAAUAUGCGGUUUUUUUGUCCUAUUGCAAAUCUACCUGUUGUUGUUUUUUAGACCUCCUUUCAAAUUUAUUGCUGGUUGGGUGGCAGUGCAAAAAAAGUUCUCUGUGCAGCUGGCACACUUGCCACAAAACCAUUUUAUAUUGUCUCCAUCUUUGCAUCUUUCCUAGCCUGGGAACAUUCCAACCCCCCCUAAAAUCAUCCUUGUGGAAUCUUGGGAAUUCAAACCACUGUUGCUGAUUGCGGGCCUGUGGUGGACUGUUUUAUAUCAAAGCUACCUUGAUGUUUGAUUUUUCCUGGUCUUCCUUUGUUUUUCAAAGGGGUCAUGGAAACCUCUUGCCAAAGGACUUGCUCUGUCUUAGCCCUGCGUGCUCUUCAACGAGGAAAGAGGGCCUGAAAUGUAGCUUGAAAUCUUUUUCACCCCCUCACAUGCAAACCUGUUGAUUUUUUUUGGGGGGGGGGUUACAUACAUCCUGCUGGAAUGCCGUAUCCAGGUUGCGAGAUCUCAAGGGAACCGCAAUAAACCUUUCUUUAAAUGUGGAACAAGUCGUGGCAAAAUUUCUUUCAAUUUUUUUUUGGCUUUUGAAGUGCGUUCUGCAUAGAAAUAUGACCUUUUAUUAAAAAGCACGAGCUCCUCUGAUCUCCAUUCUUCUCUCUCUCUCUCUCUCUCUUUCCUUAAGAAACUCUCCGCUGUUAUUUAAAGUCUCUUCAUCUAUUAAUGUUUUGUUAUUAUUCACUGAUAAAGAACGGAAAGCCUUGCUGUGGCAUUGCUCAUUGCAUUAAAGCAAUGGAAGCGCCAUUGUAUGAGGUUAUGUACCUUUCCCCGACUAUUUACUGCUCACGAGUGUGUGGUAUGACUGCCAUCCCCCACAUUCGCAGACCUCUUUUAGAAAUCAUAGUGUCUGCAGACAAUGGAUGUCGGGAUGAUGGGAGUUGUAGCCCAAAACAUUUGGAAGGCAACAGGUUCUGGGAAAGGUUAGUAUGGAGGCCAGGGUGUGUUGUAUGCCCUUGGGCAAACUGGGGAUGAAGACAGGCAUGGCUGUAGAGUGGUUUGGAAGCAGCGUCACCACGGAUGAUGGGAUUUGUAGUCUAGCAACAUCUGGAGUGCUGCAGGUUCCCUGUCCCUGCACUAACAGUCUUGGAUCUAUCACAAAUACUGUGCAGAUGGGUUUGUUGUUGUUGUUGUUGUUGUGUUGUUUAGUCGUGUCCGGCUCUUCGUGACCCCAUGGACCAGAGCACGCCAGGCACUCCUGUCUUCCACUGCCUCCCGCAGUUUGGUGAGACUCAUGUUGGCAGGUUCGAGAACACUGUCCAACCAUCUCGUCCUCUGUCGUCUCCUUCUACUUGUGCCCUCCAUCUUUCCCAACAUCAGGGCCUUUUCCAGGGAGUCUUCUCUUCUUAUGAGGUGGCCAAAGUAUUGGAGCCUCAGCUUCAGGAUCUGUCCUUCCAGUGAGCACUCAGGGCUGGUUUCCUUCAGAAUGGAUAGGUUUGAUCUUCUUGCAGUCCAUGGGGCACUCAAGUGUCUCCUCCAGCACCAUAAUUAAAAAGCAUCAAUUCUUCGGCGAUCAGCCUUCUUUAUGGUCCAGCUCUCACUUCUAUACAUCACUACUGGGAAAACCAUAGCUUUAACUAUACGGACCUUUGUCGGCAAGGUGAUGUCUCUGCUUUUUAAGAUGCUGUCUAGGUUUGUCAUUGCUUUUCUCCCAAGAAGCAGGCGUCUUUUAAUUUCGUGACUGCUGUCACCAUCUGCAGUGAUCAUGGAGCCCAAGAAAGUAAAAUCUCUCACUGCCUCCAUUUCUUCCCCUUCUAUUUGCCAAGAGGUGAUGGGACCAGUGGCCAUGAUUUUAGUUUUUUUGAUGUUGAGAAUUGCUGCAAGUCCUCUAUUUAUAUUAACGCCUGUCUAUGUGUUGUCAUUCUAAGGGUUUUGCAAUGAGGAUCAAAUAACAUUGUGCCAGUUUUGGAGCAGCCUCUAGUCCUUAGCAAACAUUGCAAAGAAGGUGUGGAGUGUGGAGCUUAACAUAUAUAUAUAUAUAUAUAUAUAUAUAUAUAUAUAUAUAUAAUUGUACAUAUGGUUGAUUUGAAUAUGUUUUAUUGUUUAUGUAUAUCCAAUGUAUCGGCCGCCUUUGGGGGGGGGUUUACUGUUUGUGUUUGGUUGUUGGUGAUUUAAAUGAAAAAACAUUUUAUAAAAAAAGCAAACAUUGCAAAGAAGGAAGACAACAUGUCUUUUCUGCUUGGCCCCUCCACCCAUUUCAUAUGCUGCUUGUUAGUACUGAAUUAUACUGUAUUCCUGUGCAGCAGAUGCAAAUGUUAAAGGCUUAAACAAAUGGAAUACUGAAGCGAGGUCCUGCAAACAACACAGUUAACAUUGCAGUCGCAACUGCCUAUUGUUGCCACCAAGAAUUAUUUGAUGACACCUUCCAACAGGUAUCUCUGUAACUGUUGGCAUCUACACAACUUUGAAAGCUGGCUUUACCAAGACCCCUUACAUAGCCCCAUGUUGGUUUUUUAAAAUAUCUUGUUACUACAACAUAUUGAGCUAAAAUUUAUGUUGCUAAACUGAGAAACAGAUGGGCCGUGGAAUGCGAUUCAGCAUCUGGCCAGGAUGCCCGAGUUCUCUGAAGGAGGGGUAAAAAAUGGCUGCUAACUCACACAGCUCUUUUUCUCUUUCUUUGUUGGUGAAACUCCAUUUAUUCUUCCCCUACCCUAAAAUGAUUGAUUCAUAACAAAGAACAACUACCCAUUCAUGUUUGUUAAAUGCACAUGGACUUCAUUCAGAAGAGACAAUAAAUGAUGGUUUAUCAUCAUAUGAACCCAGUCAGAUGGGCGGAAUAAUAAUAAUAAUAAUAAUAAUAAUAAUAAUAAUAAUAAUAAUAAUAAUAAAUCACCCUCCUCCUCCUCAUCAUCAUCAUCUAAAGUUCAUGGGUUUCCCUACUUCCCCUGCCAGCACACCACAAGUAAGAGAUUGGAAGCUUACAUAUUUAUUAUCAUUUAUUGUUUCAAUAAUUUAUAUGCCACUUAAAAAUGGUUUCUAAGCAUCAUACAGAAACUGCUUUUUUCUAAUUAACCGGUUUAGCUGUACCUCCGAACAGUAAACUGGGACCUUAACUAUGGUUUAUUGGAAAAAGGCAGCUUCAUAAACGAAGGUUUGAAGUUGGGGCUUGUUUCAGUCAACCAUAGUUCAGACUAAGCACAGUGUAUCUGGGUUUGGACAUAAUGCUAAACUGUGGUUGGUUUAAAAGGGAAACAGAAGCUUCUAAUCUUUUUGCAGCCACAUGUAAGCCACCUAGAGUGGCUGGGGAAAGCCAGGCAUAUGGGUGGGGUGUGAAGAAGAGGAAGAGGAAGAAGAAGAAGAAGAAGAAGAAGAAGAAGAAGAAGAAGAAGAAGAAGGCAUUGUUCUCGAAGCUACGAACAUGAGUUUGACCAAACUGCGGGAGGCAGUGCAAGACAUGAGUGCCUGGCGUGCUCUGGUCCAUGGGGUCACGAAGAGUCGGACACGACUAAACGACACAACAACAACAACAACAACAACAACAACAGCCUGAGGUUCAUUCAUGUUAAUGAUAAACCAUAGUUUACCAUUGCAUUUGAAUACAACAACUAAUUCAAAAUAAUUGGAAUUUGUCCCCAGAAUGCACUGUGCUGAAGAAACUCCCAAGAAUAAUAAAAACCCGCAAACCAGAUGUAAAACCAGCUUGCACCCCAGGUAUCCAGAUGAUAAAACGCAGUCACAAAGGGGGUUUCAGUGGCAACGAAUUAGUAUAGAAAAUAAAUAAAGAUACACUGAAUCUUUUAGGGGAUUCAUGUAUGAUUUCAGUAAGGCACUCCAGUUUUAGGUUACUUUCAACAAAACUCCUCUAUCUAAUAAGAGUAUCUUAAAUUCCCUGCUUUAAGAGUGCACCUUCUCGAAACAUUUUGGGAUCUGUCUUUUAUUUUUAUUAAACCGCCUCUGCUCUCACUCUAUGAACACUUGUCAUCUAACAAAAAACCUAGAAACUGUAAAUCUAAAUUGGGUGGAAUGAGGAAAAACGAAACGAACUUAGUGUACUUUGGCUGGUAUUUGCAGUCAUAUAUUUCCCUCCCCCCAAAAUAAAUAAAUAAAUAAAUAAAUUUGUGAGUUGGGGUGGGCAAUCUUUCCAGAGUUAGAAUUAGGAGUUUGAUCAAAUGGCAGAAACGCAAUUCUCGAGGCCAGGUGGAGGUGGGGGAAAUAUGGUUUCAAUUGUAAAUCUGAUACCAUGUCAUUCCUCUCCUGAACCAGAACGAAAAAGGGCUUUGAGCGUGAAAACACUUCAGGAAAACCCCCUCAACUUGCCUUUUAUCGGCUUUGAAGGUGACUCAACUCCUUUAGUUCUUUAAAAUAAAAAGAAAACAACAAGACCUAACCAAGGUUGAAAGACAUCAGUGUAUACUUCUGCCAUCUGAUAAUAAUAAUAAUAAUAAUAAUAAUAAUAAUAAUAAUAAUAAUAAUAAUAAUACUUGGACUUGCUGCCCACAACCCCUGCCUCCCCAUCAAAUGUAAACAGACAUGAGAAUGUAACCUCGGGGCUGGCUCUGCAUCUUUUCCCUGUAGGUGUGAAAAUCUUCACAAGGGAAGCCACAGUUUGAAACCUCAAACACCAGGAGAAUUUAUGGGUCUGUGGCUUAAAGAGGAGAGAAGUGAAUUUACCUUAAAGGCUCUGUAUCUCUAUGCUUGGAAACCUUGCUUUUCUCAACCAUGAGGUAUAUCAAAGCCCCAUCAGGUUCUACUAAUAAAUGGGCUGCUAACAUUUACCUGUUAAAUGAAGAGUGCUCUUGACUUCAUUAUAUAUACUGUAUGUAGAUAUACCAUGAAUGACUGUCCGGUUUUUCCGUUGUUUAAAAUGGUAAAGUUUAGGGCUAUUAGUAAUCCUUGCCUCUCUUGCAAGUAAUAUUCAGUUAUUUAUUCUUUUUGCGGCUACGUUAGGGGGUGAAACAAAAUAUUUAUUUUUUUUUCUCCUCCUCCUGGGCUUGUGGCAUUCAUUCCAUCAGAAUUGCAAGGUUUGGAGGUGGUGUUUUUAAAAGGCUAUGGCCCAAAGGCCAGCAUAAUUAGCAUUCCUUUGUGUUGACAAGUGAUUGCAUGCGAGGAAAUCGAAUGGACCUGGACAUCUGCCACUGCUCUCUGCCCAUGUGACGUUGCUGGUUGAUUGCCCUUUUAAGGAAUUAAAUCUUCUCCCCGUCCCCCCAAAGUGGAAAAGGUACCUCUCUAUCCCAGUCAUGUCCACACACUAAAUUCUGUCAGUCCGCAUCAGUGGGAGCCAGUGUGGAUAUUGAUGGACUACAAAACCCAGCAUGUCCAGUGGUCAGGGAACAUGGGAGUUGUAGUCCAACAAUGUUCCGAUAAUAUCUCGAGGGUACCAUGUUAGCUACCCCUGUUCUGUGCAGAUGUGUGCGUGCAUCUCUUUUAUAUGCACACCUCUCUUAUUUGAACUGAAAGAGGUGGGUGGUUUGUGUUGUUACUCACAUAAAUGGACAAAUGGUGCCAUUUUUUCCAAUGAAAUCUGUUGUUGUUGUUGUUGUUGUUGUUGUUGUUGUUGUUGUUGUCAUUAUUACUUCAUUCCUAUACUGCUUUAUAUUUUAAAGAAAAAACCUCAAAGCACAUUAAAACAUCAAAUAAAACAAUCCAGAAUAAAAACAAUUUCAAGCUUCUAGGAAAUUAUUUCAGAUCUUCUCUGAGAGAAAUUUUACUCUCCCCACAUUUUAUUUACCUAGUUAAUUUAUAUAGCUAUAGAAGAAGUACUCUAGGAAGCCAUUGUGGUGUAGUGGUUAGAGUGUCGGACUAGGACCAGGGAGGCCAGGGUUCAAAUCCCCACUCAGCCAUGAAGCUCACUGGGUGAUCUUGGAUCCAGUCACCGCCUCUUCGCUUACCUCACAGGAUCGUUGUAGGGAUUAACUGAGGAGUGGGGUGAACCAUGGACUCCUUGCAGGAAAAGGUGGGAUAUAAAUGCAAUAAAAAAAAGCUCUUCUGCUUACCUGCUUAAGAAAGCCGGAGGAGCCAGCCAGAUGGAGAUGUCAUUCUCCAACCUGGCAUCCAGAAAUCUCCACAUGUUCGCUAUUGGACCUGUGCCAGUCGCAAAACACGCCUGGCGCCUGUUUUUUUUUUUUUGGACUGCUAGAGUUGUGGACAAAUCUGAUCUCUCCUCCAUACUAGAACUAAAUUCUCAGAAAACCAAAAUCGUGGUCUUUGCCAAAAGGCCCAAACCUUGCUCAUGGUACAUCAAUGGCCAUAAAUUUGAGCAGGUCACCUGUUUCAAAUAUUUGGGUAUAACGCUUCACUCCUCCUCAGGAAGCAGAAAGGCUCACAGGGAUUAUGUUGCAGGGAAUGCCCAGAGAAGCACAAACUCAGGUACCUCACGACUGAAGGCAGACCAUAUAUACCCGCAGCCCUCAAACUGUUUGAGGCCAGAUCCAUUGCGCAGCUUGUAUACACAUGGUGCCCAAUUAGCCCCACCCCACCUUGCCAAUUGCACACCAUUAGAAUUGGUACAGACUAAAUUCUUAAGACCAGCCCUACAAGUGCCUAAACAUAUCUCCAACGCUACCAUACGUCUUGAAACUGGUAAGAAUCGAGGCUGGAGUAUGGCUUGCCACACUAAAUCAUUGGCUGAGACGAUCCUUCCUCCCGCAUGGCCUUGAUCCCUUGACUAUCAAGGAUGAUUUCCAAAUGAAAUGAAAACUCUUGUGAUUGGGAAGCUCUGUGAUAAAGCAAUUGCUGGGUUUUUGGGGUGGCAGGGUUUUUUUUGUAUUUAGGUAAAGGUAAAGGGGCCCCUGACCAUCAGGUCCAGUCAUGUCCGACUCUGGGGUUACGGCGCUCAUCUCGCUCUAUAGGCCGAGGGAGCCGGUGUUUGUUCGCAGACAGCUUCCGGGUCAUGUGGCCAGCAUGACAAAGCUGCUUCUGGAGAACCAGAGCAGCACACGGAACUGCCGUUUACCUUCCCGCUUGGAGCGGUACCUAUUUAUCUACUUGCACUUUGACAUGCUUUCGAACUGCUAGGUUGGCAGGAGCUGGGACCGAACAACGGGAGCUCACCCCGUUGCAGGGAUUUGAACCGCCAACCUUCUGAUCAGCAAGCCCUAGACUCUGUAGUUUAACCCACAGCGCCACCUGGGUCCUGGGUUUAAUAAAGCCUAAAUACAAAGCAGUUAGAGAGCUACCAUUACUUUGGAUAACUCUUUCUAAUUAUCCAACACAAGUGGUGUGUGGUGUGUGUGUGUGUGUGUGUGUUUUACAAAUAGUGGGGUGUUUUUGAAAUGCAUCGAAAAUGUUUAUCGGUUGGAAUGAGAAAAGCUAUUUUGGUUUGGUCUAGGGUGUGUGUGUGUGUGUGUGUGUGUGUGUGUGUGUGUGUGUGUGUGUGUAAAAUGAUACAGCAUGCAAAGUAGUGGCACAGAGGGGCGGAUUUAAUCUUCACUCAUGUAAAUCUCAUCUAAUGGGACUUCCUACAAUCUGCCAGAGUGGAGGAGAGCCAAAGUAAUAUUUGUGUGCCAACAGAAAAUGCUACUGUGUCCCAUGUCCAGAUGUGAUCAUCUUUCUUUCCUUUUCUUUAAAUACUGCUCUAUUUGCCACACUGGCCCACUGCCAUACCUGCCAAAACAUUUUUAAAGCCCCCCCUCCCCUAGUAAAGGGGCUGGAAAAUGUUGUCCUUCUGGCUCUUCCUCAUUUCAAACUUCUUUUUUAUUUUUAAAAUGCUAUGUAAAUGGAUUUCCAAGGGCCACGAUAGCAGGAGACAUUGGGAGGGGGGGGGAGAAAGAAAAUUAGCUUGCUUUCCUUGCUUAUUAAGGCUUAUAGAUUUGGGAGCACCUCUUUGCGCAGCUCCUAGUUGAACUGCGGAACUCGCUCCCGCAAGAGGCGGUGAUGGCUGGCUGCCAGCAUGGAUGGCUUUAAAAGAGGAUUAGGCAAAUUUCUGGAGGGUAAGGCUAUAUCAGCCACGAUGGAGGCUCGGCUCUGCUUCCACAGCGAGGGACAGUGAUGCUUCUGAAUAUCAAUACCUUGGUUCUCAAACAACUCGGAACCCAAACAGUGCAAACCUGUUUGCCAUCUGCGAACUUUUUUUUGGAAGCUCUGUUUUGAGUGUUAAUGUUUCCGUUCUGAGUGCCAUACUUCUGUUUUGAUUGCUACACUACCCUUUUGAGUGUCACGCUUACGAUUUGAGUGCCACACUUCCAUUUUGAGUGCUAUGCUGAGGUCUGUCUGUUUUUGCUAUUUAUUUUGCGAUUUUGUUUUUGUGGCUCUUUUUGUUUUGUUUUUGUGACACUGUGGAACCCAGUUCAGCUACUGAUUGAUUGAUUGAUUGAUUGUGUGACUGCAGUACAUUUUUUAUCGCUUUCAUUUUAUAGAUCAAUGGUCCCGUUAGAUAGUAAAAUUCAUGUUAAAUCUCUGUUUUACGGGUUGUUUUUAAAAGUCUGGAAUGGAUUAAUCCAUUUUAUGGGAAAGCGUGCCUUGGUUUUGGAACGCUUUGGUUUUGGAAAGAACUGCUGGAAUGGAUUAACCAAGGUACCACUGUAACUGGAAACUGCAGGAGACGAGAGUUCUUUUGUCCUCUGUUUUUGCAAGUUGGCUUGCUAUAGGCAUCUGGUUGUCCACUGUGAGAACAGGGUGUGGGACCAGAUGGGAUAUUGGCCUGAUCCAGCAGGCUCUUCUUGUGUUCUCAUGAGAGUCCUUCUCAAGUUACAUUUUGUCCAGGCAUAACUCCCAAAAACUGUUGACUUCCAUGGAGGCAGAGAGCAGGCAGAGUAAGCUCUGCCUUUGACUAGGCAAGUCCUCGUCUUGGGAUUUUAUUUACUUGUGCUAAUCUGUGUGUACUUCUUAAUACUGUGGUAUCUGAUGGGCACAGAUGACGGUCUGACUUAGUAAUCGCAACUGGACUUUUUCAUUUAGAUCUGUAUCUCUGAAAACAUUCUGAGUUAGCAGCCUGGUCAACAGCCGCUUGCUUUUUGAGUUUGGCUCUUGAAACGCGACAUAGAACCAAAGGCAGAUUUCUGUGCGCCAUGGGUAAAUCAGCGUUAUGGGCGCAGCAACGGAAUGUCUAGGCAGGCUUUUUAUAACAAGAAUACAAAGCUGAAAAUGAAUCAACUGCAGCUAAAAUAUUAUGUUCGUUUUUCACAUGAUCUAGUCUUUCCCCUGCCCAACCCCGUAAUAUUCUUAAGAGGGUCUCUUCUCCGGUCUUCAGAGAAUAGCUGGAUGUGGGGAGGCAGAAAAAGGUCCUCCUUCCCUACCACUCUGCAGUUUUAAUCUGAAAUCUUAGGCACAGUACCGCACCCAAAGCUCAGAAACUGCUUGGACUAAUGAAUUUCUCUGUUGCAAAAUGUGCCUAGAACAAUGGGAGUUUCGAACAUUGGUGUAAACUCACACUUAAGUCUUCAAACCUUGUGCUUUUAGUGAUGUGGAGCACUCUGCUUCUCCCAGGUCUUUGGAUAAUUAAAAACCAUCUAUGGCCUUUAAAACUAAUGUUUCUCAGCUGUGGGCCCCAGCUGUUGUUGGGGACUACAACUCCCAUCAUCCUUAGCUAGCAGAACCAGUGGGCGGGGAUUAUGGGAGAUGAAGUCCAACAAAAGGUGGGAAACUAAGGCUGAGAAACACUGUUUUAAACCAUUUUUGUGGGGCUAUUGUUUUUCUAUGGUAUGCAUUUUUUUGUGUUUUUAUAUUGUAAACUGCCCUUGGAUGAAGGGUAGAAUAAUGAUGAUGAUGAUGAUGCCUGUCCUGUUUUGCAGAUGCUCUGCCAAGGACUUAGCCAGAUAACUUUCCCAGUCCUGGAUUUCCUAACUGCAUGUACUAGGGAAUGAACCUUAGAAGACACCAUGUUGGCUAUCGUUGAAAUAUUCCAGUUAAAUAUGGGGGCUAGAGUAGAAAUUGCUUAAAUAUCCCGGAAAAUCCAGAUUUUUUGCAAAUUUCCCUGAAAAUAGCUCAGUAACCUCUCUCUUUUUUUGGCAACAACUUUGCUCAACAAGUUCUGUGUCCAGAUUUUUCACUCUUGGAAAUAUGGCAACCCUAUCUCAGCUGAAGGCCUUUAAUGGAAUGGAAUAGAAGGUAUUUAAUGCUCACUGAAGCAGUGGGGCAAAGCAUGAGUCAAUAGGAAGGGAGUUCCACAGUUUUGGAGCUAUCAUACUACUACUAUCAUACCAGCAUGCACCUCCGCCACCGCAACCGUUAGCCACUUGUUUGUCCUGGGUUUCGCUAAGUAGUAAUAAAUUGCAAUACAUAAAUGUGCACAUGGUUUUGCUUUAAUGGUUGACUUAUUUGCAUGCAUCGUUGAGACGCGAGCUGCAGAGCAUACUGGGAUGUGCGUCUCUCUCUUUUGAAGGAGCACAACAGUGUUAACAGUGAAGGAUGCAGUACAACCUUCUCUUUUUCUCUCCCCCUGGCUUUUCCAUCUAUUAGACGAAACUAAUCUUUUUAGAGGCAAAAGCUUAUCUGCCUUGCUGGCACGCUGUCCAGUAAACUCAUAAACUUGUGCUCUGAAAUUUUACAGAGCCAUGCCUGAAUGAGAAUGUUUUUUAUGCAAAACGCUAUUCUGAGUAACGCUACCCCAGCUGCUAAUUCUUGUAUCCCAAGUGUGUACAUAUGUAGAGUUGUGUGUGUGUGUGCUGGAGUAGCGCAUAAUAUGUGCCUGGAACCUAUUUGGCCAGAGCUUUCAUUUCACUCUCUCUCUUUUUUUAAGUUCAGUAAGUCCAUGCACCUCAGCUUCAGUUAGCCAUUCAGCUUAGCACAUGCAGGCUGGAAUCGUUUGCAGGAAGGGGACGAGUCUUCCCAAACGACCACGGAGGUCCCUGCCUUAAGGCUUGCAAGGAAGGGAAGCAAGAACGCACAGUUGGCUUGUGGAAAAUUGGGAGAAAGGGGAAGGUGCUUCAGGCUAGAAAUCCCAAAGCCUGAUUGUUAUAAAACUUUCUCUCUCUUUUUUUAAAAUUUUUAAAAAAUGCAGUUUCGGAGGUGGCCACCCAGUAUUGGUGCAGCAUCCCAAAAACAGCUGCUACAAGUUGCGAACUCUCGCCUUUCUGCUUGGCUACAAUUCAUUCAUUCAUUCAUUCAUUCAUUCAUUCAUUCAUUCUCUUUCUUUCUCUUGCACACAUGUAUAAAACCACACGUUCUUCCCCUGCCUCCGCUCUCGUUUCUACCUUUAGUUCAGGGUUUCCCUAGCUGGGGUCUCCAGCUGUUUUUGGACUACAAUUCCCAUCAUCCUUGACCACUGGGGUCCUGCUGGCUAGGGACGAUGGGAGUUGUAGUCCAAAAACAGCUGGAGACCCCAGCUAGGGAAGCACUGCUUUAGAUCAUACCUGUUUGUUCGUAAAGCGGCAUGAGAGGUGCCACUAAUAAAUCUCUGUCUCUACCAGGGCCGGCUCCACCAUGAGGCAGAGUGAAGCAACCAGUUCGAGUCAGUACGUUUCCAAGCACAAUUCAGUGUGUUGGUGCUGACCUUUAAAGCCCUAAACGGGCUCGGUCCAGUAUACCUGAAGGAGCGUCUCCACCUCCAUCGCUCUGCCCGGACACUGAGAUCCAGUGCCGAGGGCCUUAUGGCGGUUCCCUCGCUGUGAAAAGCCAAGUUACAGGGAACCAGGCAGAGGGCCUUCUCGGUAGUGGCACCCGCCCUGUGGAACGCCCUCCCACCAUAUGUCAAAGAGAAAAAUAACUACCAGACUUUUAGAGGACAUCUGAAGGCAGCCCUGUUUAGGGAAGCUUUUAAUCUUUAAGAAAUUAGUGUAUUCUAAUAUUUCUGUUGGAAGCCGCCCAGAGUGGCUGGGGAAACCCAGCCAGAUGGGUGGGGUAUAAAUAAUAAAUUAUUAUUAUUAUUAUUAUGUACGCAGGAGAGGGAGCUGGUGGCUGAAGCGCACAGUUGUACCUCCUGAGCCCUUCAGCUUUUUUUCCAUCUUUUUUUGGAGGACAGAACUUUGGGCACUACACAGCCUAUCCUGCUGUCCUUGGGUGCGGGUGGAUGAAACCAUCCCAUCACGAGUAUCAAAGUAAGAUUCAGCUGCCAACACGGUUGGCUUCUGUACCUGGAAUUCUGUACCUGGAAUUUGGGGUGUGGAAGCCAUCUUGCCCUUCAGCUCAUGCAGCAAAAUGUCUUGGGCAACUGGCCCAGUUUUAAAAUUUUAUCUAAUGCCGCCGUGUUGAAGGCUUGGGCUUCAACAACAGAACUUGUUAUGGGUGCCUUUCAACUGUUCUUGAAGCACAGGUGCCACCUUCCUAAUCCCCGUUGGGUCUUCUGCCUGCUACUCCCUGAUCUCCCCCCCCCCACCUCUUCAGGAUCUGCCCAGCACCUCCAUGACAGUUCCUCAGGGCUCAUGACACUUGAGGGCCACAUUCUCAUCUGAGCAACCUCUUAGGGACAACCUAAGACAAGGGCAGUUGAAGCAACAAAUGUAAUAGUGAGGCAGUUUCUGCACACACUAUCUCUAUCUUCUGUCCAGGCAAGCAGGAAAGUAGGGCUGACAGGACUGUGGCAAAGGGAGAGUCCCAAGCAGCAGAGAGACAAGGCUGAAUUCGGCCUACACUCCUGAGGUUCUCCAUCUCUGUGCUAUCAGUAUAGACUCAGCAAACCCCUUGCAAAUUCUGUUUCUCUCAAGCCAAAUGCAAAAAAAACCCCAAAACACAUUCUUUCUCUUUUUUAUGAAGCAACAUCUGUUUGGAACUGCAAAUGCUCUCUUAAAAUGAAUCACCGCCACAGGAAUAAAAGGAAAGGAAAAAAAAAACCUGUACCUGACAAACUCACACUCUAAAAGUUUCUUGGGUGCUGUUGUUUUGCAUAUGGUGAGAUACAGAAAAAAGAAGAGCUGCUUUUUCAGCUGGGGCAUUUCCGGUUGCUUGCCUUGAAAUAAUAUUGCAGUUUUAGCUCACGUGAGCAUUCCAUAGCCAGUCAAGGCUUUUUUGCAUGCGCUGGGAGUGGUGGUGGCAGUGGUUGUCUACUUCCCAGUAGCAAAACUUUAUUCUCACCCCAAAAGUGGACUCUUGUUAAACUUUGUUUGAUUACUAUCAAAGUGGGUCUGUUUGUGAGAGGGUUGAGGAGCCUGUGUCCCUCUAGAUGCUGUUGGACUCCCCUAAAGCUAAACCCUAUGCUUCAUGGUCAGGGAUGCUGAGAACCAGAGUCCAGCAAUUUCUGGGGAGCCACAGUUUUCCCACACUGGUCUGCACCCGAUCUUCUAUCUAUUAAAUCAUAACCAUGAUAUCAUAAUCUAAUUACUUCUGUUGCUCAUAGCUCAGAUCCUGCUCGCGAGUUCACCAUACUAUAACAAUUCUUUGAGCAAUCCGAAAAAGGCACCCAUUCUUCCAUAAAACAUUCAUCAUUAAAUUCUCUUAGUUUUGCUGUUACUUUUGCCAGUUCUGCAUAGUCUUUUAUAUACCUGGGUACAGUGGUCCCUCGACUUAUGAAUUUAAUCUGUUCCAAAUGCACAUUUGUAGGUCAAAAAGUUUGUAAGUCGAAAAAAGCGGUUUCCCAUGGGAAUGCAUUGGAAACUGAAAACUUCGUAAGUCGAGUAAACCGCAUCUAAAAUUCGUUAGUCGAAAAAACCCCAUCUAAACCGCAACGGUUUUCCUUUCGGAUGUCGAAAAAACGUAAGCGUGCGGCCAUUUUUUCCAUUCGUAACUCGAAAUUUCGUAAGUCGAGGGACCACUGUAUUCUAAUGUCUCUGCCCUAGUUCUGCAACUCAGCUUCUCUCCUCUCUGAAAGUUGUUUAGGGCAGUUCGAAAGCACAUCAAAAUGCAAGUAGAUGAAUAGGAACCGCUAUAGCGGUAAGGUAAACAGCGUUUCCAUGCGCUGCUCUGGUUUGCCAGAAGCAGCUUUGUCAUGCUGGCCACAUGACCUGGAAGCUGUACGCCGGCUCCCUUGGCCAAUAAUGCGAGAUGAGCGCACAACCCCAGAGUCGGUCACGACUGGACCUAAUGGUCAGGGGUCCCUUUACCUUUACCUUUUAUGUUGGGAUUAUUACAUAGUUCAAAGCAAGUCUUAUGGACUUCUUCUUGUUGUCUAUCCUGAGCACAUAGGCAUAUAUAUCCAAUGGUACCCAGUAUGUUAGAAUCACAUUUUCCUUAUCAUUUGCUUUUUUGUCUGGAAAAUAAGCAGGCACUGAACAAGCUUGUAGAGGAACAGCUUUUUGGCUGAGCAUGCUGCAUUAACGCAUUUGCAUUGCAGUGAAAAGAUAUUAGUAAGGUGGAGUGUGGUUUCUCCCACCCUUCUCUAAAAGAAAAUCUGCCAAGUAGGGGGGGAAAGGCAGGGGGGGAAUCAGAUAAACGCCAAGAUUCAAAGAAAACAGCAGUUUUCUGCUGGGACAUCAGAAUUCAUUGGAAGAGCAGGGCGUUCCUGUCACAAACUUUAGUAAAACAAUUUGCAGCUGAUAUACUGGGUCUUCAGGUUCAUCUUCUCUUACUCCUCCUAGUAACAACGGCAAUAUUAUUAUUAUUAUUAUUAUUAUUAUUAUUAUUAUUAUUAUUAUUAUUAAGACAGAGUGGGGGAAAGAGACAUAGAUUUUGCAAUUUUCCAGAAAGAAUUUUGUGUGCAUUUUCUCCUCUCCCCCGUGUUCUCCUGAUAAGAGGAGAAAUAGUUUCCUUGCCAGAUAGAAUGAAUCAGAGAACUAAGUAGGAUGGUUGGAAGUUCAGGUUUUCCACAUUUAACAACUGAUUCCUCUGUUCCAGUGGGGAAGCAAGUCAGUUUUGGAAUCUUCCCAGUAGCUUAUUAGUCAUGGUUUCCAGGAGCCAGGGAAUAUUGCCCAAUCUGCUCUCCGUGCCUCCAUAUGGAGACUUUGCGGGGCAUUUUUCCAUCUUAGCAACUCGAAGGCCUGGGGAUCUCAGCUGCUCUGAAAGAUUCAGGAAAGGGGAACAAUGCUGCCUGGCUGCUGAUUUCAGCUCAGUGAGUGUCUCUUGUUAUUAUGGGAACGAAGAGUGUUUACAACAUCUUGUCUAGAUGGAAAAGCAGAUAUCACAGCAUUUUAAUGUGUGUUUGGGGGUGGGGUGGAAGAGGCCCAAACAUAUACCAGGUGUGAUCGAACCACCUCCCAUUUCAAUUGUUUUUCUGGUCAAAUGUCAAGAAACAUCUUACGAUUGGGAAGCAAUGUCUGGGAUGCACCAUUUUAACACUGCGGCAAUGAAAUGUUGCUGCUGCUGCUGCUGCUUCUUUUUAAAUUGUUGCUGACAUGACCCAAAGCUUAGCUCAUUGGUCUUUAAAGUCUCUCUCCCUCCACUCUUUUGAAACUUGCUCCAAACAAACACUCCAUUGCAGCCAAUUUAUAUCUCUGCAAACAUUGCAUGAAACCUAUUUAAUUGAAAAUGAACACUGGGACACCUGAUGUUCGGCGGUGCUCAGGUUUUGAAUCCGGCCCGCCUGAAUUUAGCCCCACUUUCGCCCCAGUGAGGGGGGAAACACGAAAAAGCCCCGGUUCUGUUUCGCCACAUCUGACUUCAGAUUGUUAGAUGCAUUUCGGUCACUGCCAGAUGUAUGAGAUACUGUAAAACGAGCGUUUCUUUUAGCAAAUUAAGACUUGUUGGCUCAAGGGAAUGAGGUUGGCUGGAAGGGUUUGUUUGCACUGGGACUUUGCUGAGAGUGCUCUGGUCAAUAUAAAUCACAAACUGAUUUAACAUGAGAGACCUGUCAUCUGUAAGCCAGCAAUUUUAUUGUUCUGGUGUUAAGCUACAUUUUGUAAUUUUUUUAAAAAAAAUUACAUCUAGUCAUCAGGUUUCGAUCAGUGUCUGGUAUAAGUGUCUUCCAAGAAAAAUGAUGCUUUAAAUUAUUUUAUUCUAUGGCGCGUUUUUUUUGCCAGGGGCAUGUGAAAUUUCUCAAGCAGAUCUAUCAGGAAGCAAAGCAGGAACACAAGAAGCUGCCUUGUACUGAGUCUGGCCCAUGGGCCAGUAUUGUCUACACGGACUGGCAGCAGCUCUCCAGGGUUUCGAUUAGGAUUCUCUCCCAGCACUACCUAGAAAUGCCGGUAAUUGAACCUGGGAUCUUCUGCAUGCAAGGCAGAUGCCCUACCACUGAGCUGUGGUAUUUUGUAGCGGAUAGUGUUGGACUUGGGUAGGGUAGAUCUUAAUUAAUAUCUAUUGCUUAUUCAGGCAACUCUCUCUGCGUGGCUUUGAACAAGCCACCAACGUCAAAGUGCAAGUAGAUAAAUAGGUACCACUACAGCGGGAAGGUAAAUUGUGUUUCUGUGUGCUGUUCUGGUUCACCAGAAGCGGCUUUGUCAUGCUGGCAACAUGACCUGGAAGCUGUACGCCGGCUCCCUUGGCCAAUAGAGCGAGAUGAGCGCCGCAACCCCAGAGUUGGUCACGACUGGACCUAAUGGUCGGGGGUCCCUUUGCCUUUUAUUAACGAGACAGACAAGCCAAACCAUAGUUUACUCAGGAAAUCACAAUGUCCUUGGGCCAGUCAGUGAAUCAGAUUCCAAUUCUUUGGCUGAAGGAACAUAGGUCAACGGUAGAGCAAAUGCUGGGUUCUUGGAAAGUCUGAAACUCUGGAGUGCUUCUGCCAAUCUAGACAAUGCUGAGCUGGGUUGACCAAUGGUUUGACCUUGAUUAUAAAGCAGAUUCAUAUGUAUGGGAUCUGGAGACAUAGGAUUAAGAUGAUAGAACAGCUGAGAAACUGCAGAGAUUGCAUUGCAUGUGUGCCUGAAAUCUUAACCUUUCCCGAAUGACAGCAAAGGGAGGGGGGGGUGAUGCUUGCAACCUUGGACAAUUUCGCUGCAGUGGGAAAGAGAGGAGCAAUCUAGUCAAGCCAAACUCCUAGAUAGAUCCAGGGGCUAUGGAUGUCUGUUCUCAUGUCAUCAAGCCCGCUGCAAUCUCCUUGCUAUUGCCUACCGACAGAGAGCCAGUUUAACUUCCUCUCAAGUGGUUAUCUAGCUUCUGCUGAUUAUCUUGUCAUAAGACAAAGGGCCUGCAAAAUAGGUGCAUGGGAAAUGUCAACAACAGCAGUCCUGCAGGGAAUUGGAAGUCAAGGAAAGCUGCUGGCAAAGCCCUGGUGAUGCAGGGAGAAGCAACUCCAACAAAGGAUUUUAAUAUCCUGCAAUUGAAAGGGGAGGGGAACGGAAAUGUUUAAGAAGUGACAUAAUCAGGGCUGAAUGGAGUCUGGGAUCAGGUUUAUCGUGUUUAUUGCAUCCAUUUGCCUUGGAAAUUUUAACUUGAGGGGGGGAAAAGAGUUAUGCUAACAAAUAUUUGUUAUCUGCAAAUGCCAUGACUUCACUGAGGUCCUCCUCCAAAGGUCUUCUGCUGGUUCCCUCACUGCGAGAAGUGAAAUUAUAGGGAACCAGGCGGAGGGCCUUCUUGGUAGUGGCGCCUGCCCUGUGGAACACCUUCCCUUCAGAUGUCAAGGAGAUAAAAGAACAACACAACUUUUAGAAGACACCUGAAGGCUGUAUUGGGAAGUUUUUUAAUGUUUGAUGUUUUGCUGUUUCAUAUAUGCUGUAAGCUGCCCAGAGUGGCUGGGGAAACCCAGCUAGAUGGGCAGGGUAUAAAUAAUAAAUUAUUAUUAUUAUUAUUAUUAUUAUAAUACCUCAGGUUGCGAACGUGAUCCGUGCAGGAGGCACGUUCGUAACCCGCAGCGUUUGCAGCCUGAAGUGCUGCGUCUGCACACGUGCGUGACGCAAUUUGGCGCUUCUGCACAUGCGUGUGAUGUCAUUUUGCACUCCUGCACAUGCAUGAGCGCCGAAACCCAGAAGUAACCUGUUCUGGCACUUCCGGGUUCGGCGCGGUCCGCAACCCAACAACGCACAACCUGCAGCGUUCGCAACCCGAGGUAUGACUGUAUUAUUAUUUCUGCAGUCUUGCAUUGGCCAUUCGGUGGCCUGUACAGUAUGAAGCAAACAUUCUGCAUGCUUCUCUGUGUUACUUUACUGUGAGGGCAUUCAACCCACUUGUAGCAUGUAAACAAGUCUUUGGUAGGAAGGUGCUCCCGGAAUUCCCUGGAAAUAGGAUCAACUCUCCUUAGCACAGUUGGGCAUGUGUGGCUGCUUUAAAUAACUAAUUUCAAGAAAGCUAUUUGUAUGAGUAAUGUACAGUGGGCUACGUUUUAUUUUUAAUGUCUCCUCUCUUGACUUUCAAAGGCCAAGUGUUAAGUUCUGCAAAGUGCAAGGCUGCCUUAGUAAACAGUUCAUAGUAGAAUAAUAAUAAUAAUAAUAAUAAUAAUAAUAAUAAUAAUAAUAAUAAAUUAUUUAUACCCUGCCCAUCUGGCUGGGUUUCCCCAGCCACUCUGGGCGGCUUCCAACAGAAAAAUAAAAUAAAAUAAUCUAUUAAACAUUAAAAGCCUCCCUAAACAGGGCUGCCUUCAGAUGUCUCCUAAAAAUCUGGUAGCUCUUUUUCUCUUUGACAUCUGAGCGGAGGGCGUUCCACAGGGCGGGCGCCACUACCGAGAAGGCCCUCUGCCUGGUUCCCUGCAACUUGGCUUCUCACAACUAGGGAACCGCCAGAAGGCCCUUGGUACUGGACCUCAGUGUCCGGGCAGAACGAUGGGGGUGGAGAUGCUCCUUCAGGUAUACUGGACCGAAUAUCAAUUGGGCCAGUUUCUGUUUGGAGAGAGCACCAACCCAUUCUGAUUUUUUGGUGCAGCUGAACCCUGGCAUAGUUGGAUGCAAGAAUUAAUACAGCAGCUUGCCACUCCUGUUCUAGGGUAUUGAGGCUCUUUACAGAAUUAUCCCAUAAUUCACCUUGCAUUGCAAUUCCUUCCAUCAGCAGCCGAAGGGUUAUGAGUGAAGGAGAAGCUGAAUAAGAGUCCUUCUCCUGUACCUUAGGAGAGAUGUGGGAGCAAGUCGGUGGAGACAUUCUGUGUUGCUGGUCCCGAGGCCCUUUGAACCAUGGCUCCUCUUAAAAAAUUGUAGCUGACCAAGGUAGCAAUUUAUACUUUCAUCUGUAUAUUUUAACAGGUAUUUUAUGGAUAAAAUUUUAAAGCAAUAUUGGAGACAAUGAGAGAUUAAAAUAAUUUGAAGCACGUAAACCUGACUGUGGGCCAUCCUUUGCUACUUUUAAAAGAUUAGGGCAGUCACGAGUGCCCAUUUAUUCAGCAAUUCAAACUGCAUUCAGUGGGCUGGAUAUGAAGGGCAAGUGGAAUCUUCCAAGGCAGACAUGCAAAUUCUGCAGGCUGAAAAGUUGUGGACAAACUUAUUCUCCUCACAUUGGAUAAUAUAAACACUUUAUCUUGAAAAAUAGUCUUUUGAAGUGAGACGCGACAACUGGAAGAAGCCCAGAGGUGUGGAACUGAAAAACAUUUAUUUUAGCAGAGUGCAUUUGUGGAUUUUAAGAUAAAUUAGUCAUUUCAUAUUGUGGCGGGGUGUCUGUGCUUCCUCCUCGCCUUUUUGGGAUGCAAAAAGGUGUGUAUGUGUGUAUGUGUGUGUGCAUCCAAUGUUAGAAACAGAGAGAUGAAAGCUAGGAGCUAAAUGGCACCUUAACCCUAGGUUAUGGGCGCAACAAUGGAAUGUCUAGGCACACUUUUUAAAUAACAAGAAUGCAAAACUGAAAAUGAAUGAACUGCAGCUAAAAUAUCAUGUUCAUUUUCACAUGGUCUAGUCCUUCCCUUGCCUAUCCCCCUAAUACAGUGGUACCUCGGUUUAAGUACACAAUUGGUUCCGGAAGUCUGUACUUAACCUGAAGCUCCUAUUUAGUUAUACUCUACUAUACUGGGUAGAGUUGAGUAGUGUGCUCAAUUGGAUUGACAAUUGGAUGUCUCAACUUUGUUAAUAAAGCACUGAGUUUUAAAAUUCUGAAACUGCUCAUUUUGGACAUUAAAGUAUUGGGAGACAAUAUAAAUUGGAAACCUCUAACAUGUCACAGUAUACCUGAAGGAGUGUUUCCACCCCCAUUGUUUUGCCCAGACACUGAGGUCCUCCUCCGAGGGCCUUCUGGCAGUUCCCUCACUGCGAGAAGUGAAGUUACAGUCAUACCUCAGUUUAAGUACACCUCGGUUUUCAGUUUAAGUACUCCGCGGACCUGUCUGGAACGGAUUAAUCCACUUUCCAUUACUUUCAGUGGGAAAGUUCGCUUCAGGUUAAGUACACUUCAGGUUAAGGACAGACUUCCGGAACCAAUUGUGUUUGUAAACCGAGGUACCACUGUACAGGGAAACAGGCAGAGGGCCUUCUUGGUGGUGGUGCCCGCCCUGUGGAACACCCUCCCAUCAGAUGUCAAGGAAAUAAACAACUACUGUAUCCGACUUUUAGAAAACACCUGAAGGCAGCCCUGUUUAUUUAGGCAAGUUUUUAAUGUUUGAGGUUUAUCAUGUUUUUAAUAUUCUAUUGGGAGCUACCAGGGUGGCCAGAUGUGUGGGGUAAUAAUAAUAAUAAUAGGAUUCGUGCAAAUAUUUCUGAAACAUUUCCCCCAGAAAUGAUCCUCCUGGCUGGGUCAUUCUGUUUGGUUGCUAAAAGGCACCCAAGUCCUUCUUUGCUCAACGUGAACCUUGUUUGUCCAAUAGUAAAAGGGUUGGUUUGCCAUGGCUUGCCUUCCUUCAACCCCAUGUGCUGUAACUUUAUAUAGUCCUCCCUCCCUCUUCCUGCCAGAUUGCCUCACCCUCCUGUCCUAAACUCUUUGUCUUCCCUGCUGGGAAGUUUGAUGGUGUCCAGCUGUGUAAGCUUUUCAUAGGAUUCAGCCACUAACUUGCAUGACUUCCCUUUUAGGUAUAAAUCACUGGGGUGGGGUGGAGAGGCAUGUGCUUCUUUGAUGCCCCGUGGCGCCGGUUGGUAGGCUUCCAUGGGCUCAUGUGCCCCCUUUUCAAGGUCAUGAGGACUUGGCAGGUAACUUCAUCCCACAUGACUUCUAAAUAUUGCUAGGCCUGGAGAAUAAUAAUAGGCGUUGCAGUAUGUUUAAUGUUGUACUUCCUACCAGCAGGCGAAGAUUUCAUCCCUUGGCAGCGGGGGGGGGGUGUCUAGGCCCACCCUACGUGCUUAAAUUGUUGCUUUCCCUCAGGAAUCCCUAGGAGCUGUAAUUUUGUAUGGGAUCAGGAUUUCUAAGAGAGACGUUUUAGCACCCUAUGCACAACUCGUGAUUUAUUCCACAGCCUGGGAAGCCUGUUUUAAAAAGCCUCUGUUGUUGGCAGUGGCCGCCAAGACCAUAUAACACCGGUCCUGAGAGAUCUGCAUUGGCUUUCACUACAUUUCCGACCACAUUUCAAAGUGUUGGUGCUGACCUUUAAAGCCAUAAAUGGCCUCGGUCAAGUGUACCUGAAGGAGCGUCUCUACCCCCAUUGUUCAGCCCAGACACUGAGGUCCAGCGCCGAGGGCCUUCUGGUCGUUCCCUCGUUGCGAGAAGCGAAGGGGAACCAGACAGAGGGCCUUCUCAGUAGUGGCACCCGCCCUGUGGAACGUCCUCCCAGCAGAUGUGAAGGCAAUACGCAACUAUUUUACUUUUAAAAGACAACUGAAGGCGGCCCUGUUUAGGGAAGUUUUUUUAAUGUUUGAUGCUGCAUUGUGUUUUCGAUAUUCAGUUGGAGGCCACCCAAAGUAGCUGAGGAAGCCCAGCCAGAUGGGUGGGUAUAAAUAAUAAAUUAUUAUUAUUAUUAUUAUUAUUAUUAUUGGGCUGAUGUUAGAAGACACUAGAAUGGAAGGACCCAUGAUGACCAGCAAUGGAAGAAUGGCUGUUAAAACUAACAGACUUGGCUGAGAUGGCGAAAUUGACAUGUUUAAUCAGAGAAAAGUCAUUGCUAACAUUUGUUAAAUAUUGUAAACCCCUCAUAGACAUUUGCAUGAAAAAGAAACAAUGAUAUCUGGAUCUGAGGAUUGGAGAUAAUGUUUGUUUAUAGAAAGUGGCCUUGUUGGGUGUUAUAUUGGAUUGAAUGAAGUGAAUAAUGUUUGUUUUAUAGCAUACAGAUGAAGAAUAGGAAGUUCUUUAAUAUCUGAAUCUUAUUUUUCUCUUUUUCUCUUUCAACCUCUUUUCUACUCUGUUCCUUCCUUCCUUCCUUCCUUCCUUCCUUCCUUCCUUCCUUCCUUCCUUCAUUCCUUCCUUUCUCUUCCCCCACCCCUUUUGUGUGUUUAUUGUAUCUAGAUAAAAGUCUUGGUUUGCUUAAGAAAAGUGGGAAAAGAUAGUACGUUUUGUAGUUUUCUCUAAAACCGUAAUAAAAUUUAUUUUCCACCUACCCUAAUGGAAAACUCAGCUUAGAGUACAAAACAACACUGUGGUUGAGGAAAACAGGAAGGUUGUGAAGUGAGGAACCAAGGAAAGCAGAAUGAAGACAAUGACUUUAUUUCAUUUGGUAUCAACACCAUCUGUAAAUUUUACUAUGUUGUGGGUGAGGCGAUGUGGGAAGCGCAGCAGUAUGGGUUGGGGGUGGCAUUUUGGGCUGCGGGAAGGAUAAUUAAUAACAAAUGCCAAAAGUUUCCACAUAGAAUACAUUUGCAUGUAUCAUCUCCGCUGUAAAUCUCCUUCUGUGUUCUCAAAGAAAUACAGUGCCGCAUAGAUCCUGCACUAGCUCUCCCCAUAAAUCUUACCGAGGCCGCUCUGGGGUGUGCAUUUUAUGAAGAAAACAUCCAGCUCUUGAAAAAAUUGUCUCAACCCUUCCCAAACUUGGGAUUCGUUGACUUUCUUUCCUCGGCUUGGAGAGUUCCUUAGCUGAAGGCCACAGAUGGACCCCUGACUUUACCAGAGGAAGUGAGGUUUGGAUAAAAGGGAGCAUUGGUUUUCCAGUUUGGGGGGGGGGACAUCUAUUUUCAAUACACCUUCCCAACCACCACCAUCUGAGUGUAGUAUAUUGAUGUUGCUGUAUGGGUGUCUUAGCCUCAAAACGUUGCUUCCAUUUUUUCUACCUUACCUCGGCCAGUCUUCCAAUUGUUCACUAGUGAUUGGCUGGAAGUUUAAAAUCCAGAUACAUCUCCCUUUAAUUUGGAGGGAUGAAUUUGUUCUCCAGCAUGUCCAAUGCUAGGAACGGCCUCACUCAGUGGUUUCAUGUUGAACAGCCAUGGGGAUAAAGUCGAACCCCGAGGAACCCCAAAUGAAAUGCUCACUCCUCAUGCAAACCCCCACCCCCCCCGGAAGCGUCCAUCCAAGCAGGAUGGAACCACCACAAAGCGAUGCUAAACACCCCUAACUUGGACAGCAGCUCCAGAAGGAUAGAAUGGUUGAUGGUAUUGAAAGCUGCACAGAGGUUCAGGAGAAUUAACAAGGACACAUUUCCACCAUUUGCCUCCUAACAGUGGUCAAAGCAGUUUCUGUGUCAAAAUCUGACCUAAACUCCAGUCGAAAUGGAUCUAGAAAAUCAGUUCCCUCCAAGAGUGCUUGGAUCUGGACCCUGCCCAGGAAACGGAGAUUGGUAACUGGCCAGUAAUUUACUUUAAUUUUCCAAAUCCAGGGAGGGAUUCUUGAGGAGUGGUUUUGCCAUUGCCUCCUUCAAGCUGCAAGGGACCGCCCCAUCUCACAAGGAGAUUUUUAUCACCCAGGAGGGCAAGAGUCCAGAGCGCAAAGCGCUUUAUAUCAUAUAAUAUAAAGCGGAUUGUGGUAGGGCUGUUAAGAAAUUUAGCUUAGGGUUUGGUUUGUGUAAGGCCACAGCUCAUGCUGAGUAAUGGGGGGCGUGCGUAUGCAAAUUCCUUGGAUCUGAUUGGUUGUUGGGGCCCCCCUUAAAGCUGCGUCCACCAUUUUAUAGUCACAUUUUUGCCUGGCGUUUGAACCCCUCCCACCCGCCCUUUCUUUCUUGCAGGUUAGCACGACAUUGCUAUUGCCUUCGGGGCCGCCUGUAUUCAGGGGUCAGUAGGAAUUUUUCCAAUUGGCUGAUUGGCUUUGCCUCUUGGUUUUCGCCUACUGCGCUAGCAAAUUGUCACAACGUGUUAGGUUGGCGGUUAGGCUUUUGGUUGGUUAAUCGGUUGGUAGAGGGGGUGGCACACGGAUGCCUACCCUCACCUCCGUUUGCUCCAUAUAGAAGUAUUCCGUUAAAGGAAUCUCGGGGCUUACACUCUUGUCCUUACCAUCCCGCCAUUGGCGGGAAUGGUGGGCCCAAUUUUAAGAGCAAGAGCCUUGAGGAACAUUCUUGGUGAAGGUGAGGAGGGAAUGACUGGGCGCAGCCACCUCCUCACUCCCAGGUAUGUUUACUUGACUUCCAUUCGGAAGUCGGAGCAGGAACUGUCCAAGCGGACAGUGGUGAGUCCUGUCCUAGGGUGACAGCUGAUGUGAGUCCUGCCACGAGGGGCAGAUGAGGUGAGUCCUGUCCUAAGGGGACAGCUGAUUGAGUCCUGUCCUAGAUGGACAGAUGGGGAUAGUCCUUCUUUAGGAAGGACGAGUGAAUAACCAAAAGCCUAAGCCAACACUCGAAUUAAAAUUGUGUAUUUAAUAAAGUUGUGGCCCUAAAUUAUUUGCCAAAAACCAAACCAUAAUUCUGUUGUCAGUUGUGAGUUAUUUAAGGUAAUUUUCUGGGAAGCCUCGACACACAAGUGGUCACCCUGACCGAUCCAAGCAUCUUGUCCGCAUUCUUGAGCCUUACCAACUGAAACUCAUCCAACACAACAGGACUAGACAUUGCUCUGGACACCUCUCGAGAUUCAUUUGCUGUUAACUGCUCUCUGUGUGUACAGAGCCACUGUACAAUGAAUUAAUUAAACUUGAACCUUCCCUUUUAGAAAGAAGACGUUAGGUACAGGAUAUGCCGAGCACCAUCGAAACGAAGUUAAGGACUUUUAAUUCCCAGUGGUAUCGAUGGUAGAGUUAAGCCUGUGCUUUGCUCUCAUAUAGAAACUGGGGGGGGGGGGGUUGAAAGUGGUUGGAUUGUGCCCCAUAAGUCCCAUGGAUUUUAGUGGGAGAGUUCAUAACACUUUCACUGAAAAGAAUGGGAUUUGAAAGCACUUAACCUUGCCUAGAUUUUACCCAUUGUUCUGGCUAUACUGUACUUUAGCGAUAGCAGGUAUUAGUGUUAAGUCAUCUUUCAGUAUGCCCAAUGGGGUUACAGUCCCUUCAACCGGGGACUUUCAGAGGGCAGUACCAAGCAUGGCCCGGAUGCCGAAUAAACACAGUGCCUCUGUUAUAUUAAGAAAAUAGCAGACAACUGCUCCUCUUGCCGUAGGAUCAUGCUCUGCAUGGGCCUGCCCUCUCAGCAUGAUCAUUUGUCUAUACAGGCUCUAAUGAGACAUUGCUCUGUCUGUUUUGUUUAUGAGUUAGGUCAGCGCUUGUAGGGGGGGAGAGAGAAAAAAAUAACUCUUGCCCGUAGUGAGCGGAAUACUUCAUUUAGCAACCAGAAAAAGGACUCUGAAGUGGGAAGGAGAAGCUUGGAGUUGCUCUCCACAUUUGUGAAGCUUUCAUUUUUUUCAAAGAAGUAUCUCUUAGGAUUGCAAAUUCUCUGAAGUCUACAGGUUUUCUUUAAUAUCUCAUAUUUUAUGCAGGAGAGUUUUGUUAGGGUUGGGUGUGUGUCCUAGUUGCUGUUGACUAGUCAAUAAAGCCAUUGUGCUUAUAUGGGCCUUACUUGAAACGCUUUUGGCAUGGUAUUCCAAUUGUCAUAACCUGAUCUGAAACCUUAAGAGCAAAGGGAGGGUAAUUAAUAAAACAAACAAACAAACAUAGCCUUCAUUUAAAUGAAGUCCCACUGUUGUCACUGUAGAGUGAUACCUUGGUUCUCAAACUUAAUCCAUUCCGGAAGUCUGCUCCAAAAUCAAAAGCGUUUCAAAACCAAGGCACACUUUCCCAUAGAAAGUAAUGCAAAAUGGAUUAAUCCUUUCCAGACUUUUAAAAACAACUCCUAAAACAGAAAUUUAACAUGAAUUUUACUAUCUAACGAGACCAUUGAUCCAUAAAAUGAAAGCAAUAAUCAAUGUAUUGCAGUCAAUCAAUCAGUAGCUGAACUGGGCUCCUCACGGUCACAAAAACAAAACAGAAAGAGCCGCAAAAACAGACAGACCUCAGCGUAACACUCAAAACCGAAGUGUGGCACUCCAAUCGGAAGCGUAACACUCAAAUCGGAGCACGUUCGGCUUCCAAAGAAAGUUCGCAAACCAGAACACUUACUUCUGGGUUUGCUAUGUUUGGGUUCCAAGUUGUUUGAGUACCAAUGUGUUUAAGAACCAAGGUAUCGCUGCAUUUGCUUUUGGCUGUUCUUCGCCUUGAGCUUGGAAUUUUGUGCUAUCCACCCUGUUUGGAUUAUCAGAUUGCCUGCCUUAUCAGAAAAGAAUGACGAGCUAUUUCUAGUGAUAUACAGUAUAUUAUAAAUGCUCCCAUGGAUUAAUUUUUCCCCCUGAGUGUGCACUGUGUCUACAUUGCAAUCAUGUGACUAUAUAACUUCAGGAAUCCUCAGGCUUUGUGAUGGGCUGCCCCUGGGAUGUGAUCCUGGCAAAAGGAGGCAAUAUUUGAACUGGUCAGAGGUGUAGCUAAAGACAGAGCGGAGUUCAGGCCAACGAGAACCAAGGGCCAGAGGCAGAGACCUUGAGCACUCAUCCUGAUUUGCUUGCACCCAGUUUUCGUGGAGUUUUAGACUGCAUGCCAGUCUUUACUACAUUUUUUCCCAUUUUCAAAACUUUUGAUUCAGACAUACAUGCAUGCACAUUUAAAAUUUCCAAGAUGAAGCAAGAAGAAAAGAUUUAUAAUUCUUGCCAUAAUCCCACCUUUAAAUAUUUGCUCAGGACUUGCAGGUUCUUUGGUAUCCUUGGGAAAAGUAGCUAUAUCUUAGCAUAUGCAUCUUAGAGGUGUUGUGGGGAUAUAAAAAGAGGUAAAGAUAUUAUGCCCUAUUCUAGGCCAGUGUUUCUCAACCACUGUUCCGCGGCACACUAGUGUGCCGCGAGAUGUUGCCUGGUGUGCCGUGGGAGAAUUACUUUAUAUAUAGUCAAUAUAGGCACAGAGUUAAUUUUUUUAACAUUUUCUAAUGGUGGUGUGCCUCGUGAUUUUUUUCAUGAAACAAGUGUGCCUUUGCCCAAAAAAGGUUGAGAAACACUGUUCUAGGCCAUUCAGGGUUCAUUAAAAGGUGGUACCUCUGGUUGCGAACGGGAUCCAUUCCGGAGGCCUGUUCACAACAUGAAAAGGCCGCAUCCUGAAGCUCCAUGUCUGCGCACGUGCGUGAUGCAAUUCAUUGCAUGUGCAAAGCGCGAUUUAGCACUUCUGCGCAUGCGCAGAACCCGGAAGUAACCCGUUCCGGGACUUCCGGGUUCGGCGCAUCCAUAACUUGAAAAGACAUAACCCGCAGCGGGCGUAACAUGAGGUGCCACUGUAUAUGUAUAUGACCUACCUAAAUCCAACCAAGUUUUGAUAACUUCCAAGUAAUCAAAUGCACACUUCUUCCAAAUUUGCUCUUUAAAUAUGUUUUCUCCAAACGUCAUAUAGAAACACGUGUAAUCUUGCCCCAAAUUUUGGAAAUACAGCACCAAAUCUAGAGAAAUUUGUUGGUUUGUAAAAUAUACAUUUGCAUGGGAAGGAUAUGACUCUCCUAAAAUAAUAAUAAUACAGGUACUUCCGAUUGUAAACCACAAGGCGUUUUAAAAAGCAAACGUGUUCUUUUUCUGCAGCAUUAUUAUAAAUAACCACCAACAUAUAUAUUUGGUAUUCUCCCAGCUGGUGCCACAGUGGGUCUUAUUUAGCUUUUCAGUAGCUUAGCGAAUAAUGUGUAGUGCCUAUUAACUUUCAUUUAUGAGCCAGCUAAAUGAAAUGAGCAGCUGCAUAUACAUCUUGCAUUUUAUGCACGGAGAGUAACUCCCCCCCCCCCCGGUGUGUCUGCGUGUGUGUAUGAGAGGGGGAGAGGUUUCGGUUUGUACAUCUAGGAAGACAUCGUGGCUGCUCAUAUUAAAUAAACUGUAAAGUGGGGACUCAUUUCUUUGUAAUGGCUUGCAGCAACUUAUCAAAAGCAGGAGCGAUAAAAAUAAUCAGAUGAUAAGAUUGUGUUUUAUUUCACAUCAAUUCAUGAGGGGGUCUUUUUGGUAGUGUUUAGCUUCAGUUUGGUGACAAAGUUAGUUCUGCACGCAUGUUUUGUUUCUCUGUGAUGUAUGUAAGUAUUGCGUACCCUCCAACAUGCCCUAGACGAGGAAAUUUAGGACAUGCAUAUUUCAGGGUCACUAUCCCUCAAGAGCCAGGUGACUCGCGUGAGAGCACAGUGCUGAAAAGUGUACGUCUUUUGGGGCCGCGAUCUCAUGGGAGCCAGUUUACUCAUCCCAAUUUAUGUGGGACAUCCCCCCAAAAAUUGGGAUGUCCCACAUAAAUUGGGACAGUAAAAGUAGGUUUCAUUUUUUGCUAAUGUUCAGGUGUUCUCUUUGAGGUCAAAUGUACCUGUUGGGGUGUUUGGUACCUGAAGACCAGUGUUGAAUGUGUCAGGGGUUUUGAAUUUGAGCAGAAGGAAUCAGCUCUGUUAAUUUGCCACAGUUGUCCAUCUUUGAGAUGCAAUAUUACCUGUUGUGCUGCCUGCUUUGCAGGCCUGCUUGCUUCCACUAUGUUGGGCUAGUAGACUUGUAAAUUAACAGAUAUUAUAGCAUAGGAAGCAAUCUCCAGCGCAUGUUCUAAUUACAUGGGAGCAGACUUUGCAAAGACGCCAGCCUUGAGCUUCCUACUGCAUGACUGCCCCCCCCCUUUUGCAUCUGGAUGUUCAUUUAAAGAGCCCCCUCCUGGCUUUGACACAGAUGUUUACACCCUCGCUUCCUCGUCUGAAGGUUCGCUGACAAACAAUUGCUUGAUGUUUUUGUGUUUGCCGAUCUUGUGGGUCCUAAAGUGCAGCAUCUCGAAAACCGGCACUCUUGAUCUUCUUGUCCUCUGUAUUAAUAAACUCCUUCAAGCUACUCUAGACAGGAAGCCAACAAUCAUCUGCACCGUUGGGGAUCUCUCCCAUUACAGCCCAGCUCCCUUUCCUCUAGCGGUGCCCGAAAACUUUGCAUCAUGGUUUUGCUCCCUCUUCAUCAUUGGUACAUCUGUGUUAACUCAUAAGACUCUGGGGGCUGAGAGUGAGUGUGAAGCAGAAAUUAACUGAAAUGAGUCUGCUUAACCAGAGCACCCACCCACCCACCCACCCCCAAACCCCUCUUGUAUAAAUCAGACUGGAUUAUAGAUAUUCAUACAAACAAACAAUGCUUAGACGCCUUUCCUCCCUGCAGCACUCUUUGAUUAUAUUACUCAGUGCUAGGGAGAUGAAAAGAAUCUGUUUACUAUCAGCUCAAAAGAAAGAGAUGUGGGGGGGCAGAGCAGCAGAAAAUGGCCGCGAGAUUGUAAAUCUGUUUUAUAUUGUAGUAGCUUUCCUGGUGCAAUAUAAAAAAUGGCUUAAAUAUUACGCCCAGGUACGAUAGCCUGUCAAGCUACCUCCCCCCCCCCCAUUUACGUUUCUUUUACAUUUGUUUAUUCACAGAUAGAAUAAAUUAUAAAUAAUUCUCUUGUCGAUGGUGCAAACUUAAUUUCAUUUUUUUGCAGCUUGGUAUAGUUGCAUACUUAAAAUAAUAAAUAUAUAGUAUAACUCAGACGGAACUUUAGUGUGUUGGGAGGGUCAACUUGCUGUAAUCCUGUUUUGAAAGGAUACUUCCAGCCCUUGUGGUUUAGAAAAAAAUGCUUGGUUAUUAAGGUCUAGUUCUCAUGAACAUCCCAUCAAAUUAUGCCUAACACAAUGGUUUUUAAUGGAGUAUGCUCCCCCUAUUGAAGUGUUUGGCAGCUGAGCAAGUUUAUAUAUGCUCAGAAAGGACAUUCCCAUAUUUUACUUUCUCAAGGGGAAGUAUCUUGGCUUUAUGCUACCCAUUGCCCCCAUUGGUUUAAACAAAAAAAUUUAUUUACCGUCAUUUUUGUCAUAAUGUCAUUGUUGUAAUGCCUGUUUCCACUUCGACUAUACAGUGGUACCUCGGUUUAUGAACACAAUUGGUUCCGGAAGUCUGUUCAUAAACUGAAGCGUUCAUAAACUGAAGCGAACUUUCCCAUUGAAAGUAAUAGAAAGUGGAUUAAUCUGUUCCAGAAGGUCCGCGGAGUACUUAAACUGAAGCGAACUUUACCAUUGAAAGUAAUAGAAAGUGGAUUAAUCCGUUCCAGAAAGGUCCGCGGAGUACUCAACCUGAAGCAUACUUAACCCAAAGCAUGGGUGUAAUUGGUUCCGGAAGUCUGUUCAUAAACUGAAGCGUUCAUAAACUGAAGCGAACUUUCCCAUUGAAAGUAGUGGAAAGUGAAUUAAUCCGUUCCACAUGGGUCCGCGGCGUUCAUAAACCAAAAAUUCAUAAACCGAGGUGUUCAUAAACUGAGGUUCCACUGUAUGCUGAAGGGUGUUGUAUUGUUUAAAAUCUCUAUGGCAGAAACGAAACCUAAUCCCUCUGAGGGAGUGGUUGAAGCCUGUCACAGCUGUUAUAAAUUGAGAAGAGAGCUUGAGUAAAUUCCUUCUUUCCUUGGGCCACCGGAGUGCGGACAGUACUUCAGACACCUUGCAUUAUAUACCGAAGCGCAGUUGGUAACCAGUAAAGUGUACGUGUAAUUUUGUUUUGACAUUUUAAAACCAUACAGUCUGUUAUAAAGCAGAGAUUUACUCUAUACCUUGUAGGAAACAAUUUUCUUACAAAAGUAGACGCAGCAAGCUGGAAGAAUUACAUUUAACGCAUAACUAUCCUAGAAAGGGCACUAGUGCUCUUCCAUCAUUUAAGCUGGAAUCUGAUUAUAAGAUUUCCCCCAAAGAAUUUGGAGAAACAUGAGAGAGACACUUUGUUGAAAUGGAUGCUUUGCCAGCGAUCCGUAAUUCUUGGUAUUUCCUUGCUAUUUGGGCAUUUAUUUAUAUUAGUACAAUACAGCUACGAUUUGGCGGGAGAGGGAAUUACAUUGGAUAAUAUAGCUGCUGUAUUGCAUUUCAUCCAAAUGGGGUCUCUGUAUUUGUUGUGUGCACAUUUUAUGAAUAGCCUGGUGUGCAUUUUCAUCUACACAAAUGUGCUGAGUUUUGUUUCAUUUUCCUAAAUAACCAUUGCCCUGUAGAAUGAAUCCAUGGCCAUCUUGAAAAGGAGAUAGACCAGCUUCUGUACAAUCUUGUGUGUGGAUCCUCUCUGUAGUGAUCUCAGAAGCCAUUGUAGGAUGUUGGUUAAGGAAAAAUGCCUGCUGGGUUUCACCCACAACAUUUCCUGGUCCAUCCAUCCAUUCAUUCAUAGCAGUAUUUCUGUACAGUAGUACUUUGGUUCUCAAACUUAAUCCGUUCCGGAAGUCCGUUCCGAAACCAAUGCGUUCCAAAACCAAGGCGCGCUUUCCCAUAGAAAGUAAUGCAAAAUGGAAUAAUCCGUUCCAGACUUUUAAAAACAACCCCUAAAGCAGCAAUUUAACAUGGAUUUUACUAUCUAACGAGACCAUUGGUCCAUAAAAUGAAAGCAAUAAUCAAUGUACUGUACUAUAAAAUAAAUAAGAUAGUAUUGUAGAUGAUAAAAAUUAACAUUAUUUUUUCCCCUUACCUGCACUGAUGAUAGUCACUGUUUGGUUGGGGGCUUUUAUCCAUCUCCACAGUCACACAAUCAAUCAAUCAGUAGCUGAACUGGGUUCCACACAGUCACAAAAACAAAUUAACUGACGAAAACGCAAAAUAAAUAGCAAAAAACAAAAACGCCAAACUUAAUCCGUUCCGGAAAUCCAUUUGACUUCCGAAAUGUUCCAAAACCAAGGCACAGCUUCUGAUUGGUGCAGGUGUCCCAGAAACAAUAGCUGACGGCUGCAUCAGACGUUUGGCUUCCAAAAACGUUUGAAAACUGGAACAAUUACUUCCAAGUUUUCAGCGUUUGAGUACCAAGGCGUUUGAGAACCACUGUACCACUGGACAGCAAACAGGAAAAAUGCCUGCUGGAUUUCACCAACAACAACAUUUCCCCAUUCAUUCAUUCCUUCAUAGCAAUAUUUCUUUACUGCCAUCUCAUGUAAAAAAAGGACACCCCCCCCCCACCAACAGUGUCUCAGCAUCUGGACCGAGCUUCACUUGCUUGACUCUUAUCCAGUCCAUUAGUGAGGCCAGGCACCGAUCCAGCACACUUUCAUGAACUGUAAAGAAGCAGAUUUGUGUGUCAUCAGCAUACUGAUUGCAAAUGUCUGGAUGACCCCACUCAGCUGUUUCAUGUAGUAGAUAUUAAAAAAUAUGGGCUAUAAAAUCACACCCUCUGGAUCCCCGCAUCGGCGACUCUAUGGAGCUGAACAGCAUCUUCUGGAGAACCACCACCUUCUGGAACCUACCAUCCAAAUAGGAUGGAACUAAAACAUUGACAAAUGCAUACAUUAAAAUCGCCAACCAUACCACAGGGACUUAAAACCAAAGACAUUUGAGAAGAGAAAAGUUUUAACCUGGAGCCAAGAAGGCAACAGUGUGGGGACCAGGUGAGCUUUCCCCUAGGUGGGGGGAGCACUGGAAGAGCCACCACCAAAAAGGCCCAAAAUAGGGCAGAGAGGAGGGGCAAGCAAAACCCCUUUAAAACAUACAGUAAGCCCGCAACUUAACACAGGAUUGAGCCUAAAUGGUUCAUAGUCAAAACACACUGGGUGGAAUUACCAAAGUCUUUUUUCCCCUUAUGCCCAUCCCAUUCCCCCCCUUUAGUUAUUAAAUUUGCUCAAUGUGUAAAGCUGAAUUUGCAAAAGUUAAAUAAUAAUAAUAAUAAUAAUAAUAAUAAUUUAUUUAUACCCCGCCCAUCUGUCUGGGUUUCCUCAGCCAUUCUGGGUGGCUUCCAACAGAAAAAUGAAAUAAAAUAAUCUAUUAAACAUUAAAAGCCUCGCUAAACAGGGCUGCCUUCAGAUGUCUUCUAAAAAUCUGGUAGCUGUUUUUCUCUUUGACAUUUGGUGGGAGGGCGUUCCACAGGGCGGGCGCCACUACCGAGAAGGCCCUCUUCCUGGUUCCCCGCAACUUGGCUUCUCGCAACGAGGGAACCGCCAGAAGGCCCUCGGUGUGUAACUUGCAAGUGUACUGCACAGACUUUUAAUACACUAUCUAAGAUAGCCACAGAUAACCCCAAUUGGGCCCAGACAGGCAUAUUCUAAUAUUUACGUGCCAAGAAAGUUGUUGAUACUUUAUGGCUGCUGGGCAGAAGGGUUAAAGUUACUGAAACACAUUUAUAUGAGAAAGGGCCUGCAGGAUUUUCUUGGGAAGCCUGAUUCAUCACUUCUCCGCCUGCCUGCCCAGAUGAGAAAAAGGAUCCCGUGGUCUCAGAGAGACACUGAAGCGUGUUUCUAACUUGGCUUUUCAACCACUAUUAGAUGAAUUGCAACCCUUCGGGGGCGUGGAGAAAUGGAGGAACCAUUGCAGAAAGUGAAACACUUUUUAAAUUUUCCAGUGAUUGUGGCCUCUGGACUUUCUCUCUCAUGUGGCUUCUUGCAGGAAGUCUGUCUUCCUCAAUGAAAACGCAACAUCCAGCAACAGUCUUGCAAAAGGCUCUUAAUUAGCCGCCUGCUCGAUAUUGUUCAAUACACAAUUAGAAUUAGCGUGAAAGUGAAAUAUGGCUGCGGUGCAGAGGCUCCCCUCCCCUCCCCGCUCCCUCCUCCCUGUUGCUGCACCUUGCAGUCCGUAAAUAAUGUUUAGGAACAGGCAAGGAGACUUCCUUGGCAGUUGCCUUUUGCUUCGAGCAAAUCCAGCGACUAUUUGUUUCUGCUACGAGGAAAAGUUGAGCUGCUGUAAACUUUCGACAAUGUGUUCUUGAUAAUUUAAAACGAGGGGCGGAGGCGUCUGGGGACCUCGGCUGCUCCAGAGGCUUCCUGCAAGGGCCCUGGGCAAACCAUUUAACCCAGUUUCGCCUUUGAUGUAAAUUGAGAGAUACAUCACAAGUAUCGAGAAUAUGUUUACGGCCCGUAAGCUGCCGUGCUGACGCCAUGGUUCCUGCUAUAAUGGAAAGCCAGCUCCGUCGUGCCGGCGCGGAGAUAUAGCUGCUGGCAUCGAGGUAGAUGUCUGACUUCGUGCCGCGGAAAUCCUUGCCCAGCGCUCUGUCCAUGGAUUACGGUGGAAGCUGGUCCAUGCCUCCCACUUCGGUCUGUCCACAUCAGGUAGCCCAUCUGUGCCUGAAUUCCUACAUGCAACCAGAGCAGGGGAUGGAACUGCCUGUCAGUGUUCUCCUCUUGCAGGGGGGCAAAACUGGAAUUAGUUGGCUCUGCCUGCCUUUAGCUCUGAGGCCACCUUGCAGUGCCCUCCCACUGCCCACUCUUCCUUUGAAGGCAACUCAGAAACUACAGCUAAUUCAGAAUGCAGAAACUAGACUGGUGACUAUCCCAGUAUUAAGGAAUAUGGAGCGAUGCCAUUGGCCAUUCCUGUAUUUGAAAUCCAGUUUAAUUAAUGUCGUCAGAUACUGACAAUGUGUGUGUGUGUGUGUCCCUGUCCCCUCGUGUCUUUUUAAAUGCAGGAAAAAUGGCCUUCGGGGGCUCUAGAAUAAGCUCUUAGGUCCUCCUGACCAGAGAGUCAUAAAUCAAUGUCUCUCUGUGUCCCACAAUGAUGACGAUUCUUUGCUCAGCCCACUCUUUUCAUUCUUAUUCCAAAGCUGCAAUGUGAUACUCUGGGAAAUUGUUGCAUUAUGCAAUUUGGGUGUGGAUGCAGUGGAAGUUAACAAACAUACCGGCUUUGGGAUUUUUGUUUUUUAUUUCCUAACUCGUCACGGUAGAUGCUGCAAGGCCUUAUGCAUAAGGGCUGGGCCCAUGCAUGUUCAGAGCUGCUUCACAACUAAAUGAGAGCAUUCUAAGUUAUGUGAGAAUUAAUUCUAUCUGCUGGAGUGAAAGAGAGCUCAUAGGUAGGGCAUCUGCCUUGCAUGAAGAAGGUUCCAAGUUCAAUCUGCAGCAUCUCCAGGUCUGAAAUCCUGGAGAGCCCCUGCCACUCAGUGUAGCUUAUAGUGAGCCUAAUGGCCUAAUGACCCGAUUCAGUAUCACUCCUAUAACCUGUGUGCCUAGAGCAUCAUAUAUCUCACUCAUUGGGGUUGUGAUAUUCAGAGGCAUGGUGCCUCUGAUGGGAAGUAGAAUGUAGCCAUUGCAGCUAGUCGAUAUCAACUCCAUGAAUUUAUCCAACCUUCUUUCCAAGUGGGGGAUGGGUGAUAUAUCAAUAUCCAGGCAUGGCCAAACUUACUAGGCCCUCUAGCUGUUUUGGGACUACAAGGACCAUCAUCCCUGACCACUGGUCCUCUUAGCUAGGGAUGAUGGGAGUUGUAGUCCCAAAACAGCUAGAGGGCCAAGUUUGGCCAUGCCAUAUUGUGAUAUCAGUUUCAUAUUACCCUUACUGGUACCUUUCCCAGGAAAAUCAGAAGCUCACUAUGUCAAAUUCCUAUUGGAAGACAGGUCAAACGCUAAAACAUUGGCAGUGGCGAAGCUUUUAUCGGUAGUUGCAAGAACCAAUGAUCCCUAUCUUUAAGACUGAACAAAAUGCUUCUUUAACCUGGAGGUAGGCUGUGUAAAUUGUAUAUUGCCUUGUAACGAUUUAUUGGGUCUCUAGACCAUAAUAAAGACUGUUGUUGUUGAUAUCAGUUUCAUAUAUAUUUAUUUUUGCCUUUUUGUGUGUCUUUUUAAAAAAAAUCAUUUUUAUUAGUUUUACAAGUACAAAAUACAAAUAAACAUAAAGUAGUGAAGACAUAUCUAUAAAAAUACGUAGAUUCUGUGAAUCUCAAGACUUCCCCCCAUCCUUGGAGUCUUAUUUUAAACAUCUAGAACUGCAUAUUCAUUCCUUCUCCCAAUUUUUAUAUUAAACCAUAUUGUCCAUAGUAUUAUUCCACAACAAGUGAGUCAAAAUCCUGCUCUUUUUCCGAUCUGCUUACUUUGGUUUCCUAAAUAACUUACAAUUUUUUCAUAAAGUUUUUCUCCUCUUGGUUUCUGAGUUUUCAUAAUUUUUGACCUGGCAAUAUGCCAUGAAUCAUGGUGUGUGCUAUGCGUGUGUGCUAUGCAAAAAUCACAAUGUGGGAAAAACUGUGAAGCUAGCCAAUACUUCUCCCGAUUCCUGCAGCGCUUGUUUCACUCUGCCGGCUCAACUCUCCCCUGCCUCAUUCAGGGGGCCAUGAGACACAAGAGCAGGCGCCGGCAAAAAUCACGAUGUGGGAAAAACCUUGAAGCCAGCCUCGAAGCCUCUACAUAGCUUCAUCCUUAUUUCAGGCAUCGUGAUAUAUCAGGAUAUCGCAGUGUUUAGCUGGUGAUGUGAUGUAUCACGGUGUUAUCGCCCAGCCCUACAUGCAAGUUGGUGACCAUUAUUGCCUCCUGUGGAAGCGGUGGGUGAACAAGUAUUUUUAUCCGUCCCGAAUCAUCUAACGUUCAGCAUCAUUGGAUGCCCAUGUUUUAGUGUGAGGAGAGAGGGAUAAAAGAAAAAUAUAUAUCCACUCUGAAGAUUGCCACUUAAAUUUAUAGCCCCCCUUGCUUUAAAAAAAUCAUAAAGUGUCCCAGACAAAACGAAAGCAAAUUGUCACAAUGCAAAAGCAGCAACGCUACAGCCCUUCUUGUCCUUCUGGAGCAGUGUUUCCCAACCUUGUGCCUCCAGAUGUUUUGGGACUACAACUCCCAUCAUCCCUAGCUAGCAAGACCAGUGGUAAGGAAUGAUGGGAAUUGUAGUCCGAAAACAGCUGGAGGCACAAGGUUGGGAAACACUGUUCUAGAGACACUGGUUGGCCAUUGGGCAAGACAGGACUUUGGACUAGAUAAGCCUUUGGUCUGAUCCAGUGGGACUUUUCUUAUGAAGAAAUAGGUUAUCACGUUGAAAAGAAAGUGACAAUGUGAAGGACGGGGAAUUGAAACCAUUCAUGUGUGCUAAUGGGGAAGGGAGGGUCUGUGCGGCUACUUGUGAUUUUUGCAAGGUGCAGAUGCCGUUUUUAGCCUGGAGAAGAGCAAACCUCAAGAGACCGGUAUUAAAGUUCCUUGCAACUUUUUGAUGGUUUGUUUUUCUACUGCAUUCAUCAGGCAUUAGCUGCCUUGUGUCUGCUGGCACGGAGUCGAGGCAUUGAUUCGGAGAGAGCUCCAAGGGGAGCCGGCUGCCAGCUGAAUCCCUAAUAACACUUCCGUUGGCAACCGGGUCUCUCCCCCCCCCCAACCCACCCACCCCGGAGACCAUAUGAAACGUCCAAUUCAUUAUGUCCGCUCCAUUUCUGAUGGGAGGUUAUGUGUGAAAUUGCAAUGAAAGGCGGAGCAUUGGGUGGAUGGGGGCUUCUUUCUGAGUCUGUGUGUGUUUGGCUGAAAAGUUUAGGAAAUGAAACACGAGAGGUGAGGAGAAAUCUAACCAAAGAGCUCAGCCGCACGGGUGGAAUGAGUCCAGGCCAGUUUUUAAGUGUUGUGAGACCAUGAGAAAAUGGAAACUUAAGUGAACACCUGGGCUUACGUCGAAUAAAAAUCUACAUUAAGUAUGCUGUGCCUGAAAGCGGGCAAAAGGAAACCUCAUUGGUAGAUUAAGAAUAAAAAGAAGUCCUUUCCUUUAGCUAGGAUGGAAUCCAUCUGUUUAUUGUCGGAGAAGCUUAGCUACAUAUUCCUGAUGUGAAGAAUAAAUACGGAGUUUUACAACUCACCCAUGAUUACUAAUUACUUAAACUGAAUUAAUAACGUUGAUGGACAGCAUCCAAAUUCUGUGCAAAGCAUCUCAGUGGAGGAUAAAUCUCAAAUUGACCAAGUGCACAGUUGAUAUGCCAGUUUUCCUUCUCUGCCCACCUCAGGGUGUGUGUGUGGAAUAUAUCUUGAAUAGUUGGGACAUUUAAAUUUCCUGUAAUCAGCCUUUAAUGGAGCCUGUAGUUUUGAAAGUUUGAAUACAGAUAGUAUGUUUUCAAGCUGCGUGCUUUGAGGGAUGAGGAUACGAAAAAGAGGAUGACCCCAUUCCUUUUGGCUCUGGCUGUCCCCUUUUUUGGCUCUUGCUCAUCACAAAUUUAGUGAGCAUCAGGUUGGUCACUUUCUUUAUUUAACCUAGGAAGGACAUCACCAUCUACAGAAGGGAUGGGGAACUGUUGCCCACACCAGCCCCCAUUAGCCCCAGCCAGCAUGACCAGGGAGUUGUAGUCCGGUGACAUUUGGAGAGCUAUUGAUUUGUCACCCCUGAUCUAGAGGACUUGUAGACUCCGUCUUCCACAUGCAUCCUUCCAUGGACUAUUUGGCAGAGGGUGAACUCUCAUCAGAUAGGACAUGCACUUCCAACUCCCAAGAGACUGCAACCUACUCCCAGUGUAAAAAGACUGGUUGUUAUCUACCCAUUGUCAUUCCCAGGAGAUGUUGAGCCUUUUUUAAGGGGAGAAUUGACCACCAAGGCGAUCACUAAACUUAAUACUGCGAUUGACUUCAGACAUCCCUGCGAUCGACCGGUAGAUCACGAUCUACCUGUUGGACAUGCCUGAGAUAGGACAUUCAGAUGUGUAGAGAGACAUGUGCUAUAGGUUUCUGAAACCGUACUACUUCCGCCUUUAGGAGAGGGGCUGGCCAAAUUUGUCCAUUCACGAGUGUCAAAAGUUCACUGCCUGACAUGCUGGCUUUUCUGUGUGCUAGAGUUUGAUUUCUAGUAUAGAUGAAUGCGCAAACAUGUAUUUCUUCACUGUUUUUGAAGUGGUGCAGUCCAGAGCAGAUUGCACCAUGUGAUGUUUAAGAAUAAUCGAACUGGACUCUCUUGGAUGUGUGGGAAAACUGUUGGAAUGGAAAUAACUGGUUUGCUUUUGGGGGCACGGCCAGUUUACUGAGGAGGUUUUUGUCACACCCCUUUGUAAAAAGUAAGAACUGAGAACACACGA